AUGAAGGGACCUGACCGGAGUGGCCUCGCUGCUGAGGUAGACCCCUUGCCCAUCUGUGCCAAACGGCAGCUUCCCCGGAUAGUGGCACGUCUUCUGAAUGUGGGGCGGCUGGAAGGGGAUGGGGCUAGGUGGCCUUAAAAAACCCCAAGAACAACAAAUCUGCUUUUGUCUGAAAGGCCAAAAGUUCAAGAGCUGCAGAGUUUCCCCAGCAUCGUUAUCUGUUUUAUUUCCGCCUGUCGGGAAGCUAUUAGAGGAAAAUGUGCCCGAAGGCAAGGUACUGAUCCUGAGUGUGGCAGGUGACUCCUAGUAGGGAGAGUAUUGGUUUUCAGGAACUACCUCUUUGGUGCUUUAGUGAAAGUUCCUGCUUUGGCACUUUCGUUGAUCUUGCCCAUUCAUUCCUCAUCCAGCUGUGCUGAUUAAAGCAGAAUUGUUUGAAACUCAGAUCUCGAAAGUAUGUGUGAUAGUUCUCUGUAAAGUGUCCAGAAUGCAAUCCUAAUUCCUCAUGGUUGAUUUAUUCAGCCCCUCUGCCUGCUAAAAACCCUGGCAAAUAUAUUAAAGCAAAUGUAAUGUUAACAAAAUUCACUCACUCUUACUGAAGAAUCUUUGUGUUCAUUUGUUCAACUGAAUUAGUGCCCUGCAUUUCUCUAAAUGCUGGGAAUUCAAUCCAGAUGCUGUUAGUUGUGCUAAAAUUCUGUUGAAAUCAGUGGUGAUGAAGUGAGUCACAACUAACUUCUCUCAUUGAUUUCAGUGGGACAAUAGAUCUAGGCCUACAAGUUGGAUAUAAUUGAUAAACUAGUCAGCUAAAGUUUUAAUUGCCUGUUAACAGAGGAAUCUUAGCUUAUUCUUAGUUCUGCCAUGAAUUUACUAUGUUGUCUUUGGCUCAAGACACUCAGUUUCUCGAUCUAUAAAAUGGGAGUACUGCCUGCUAUUGUUCCUAUCUAAGCACACCACUUGUAUUUUUACAGAAUUGGUAAAAUGGGAUCAAAUAUUAUAUGUGUAAGCCCAUCUUGGUUUCUAUUUAUCCACUACCCUCUAGCUUUAGCAUGAUCUCUGGAAACUGGCUUUUAUAUAUAUUGAUACUACUACAUGGUAAGAACUCUUAGAGUAAAUGCAUCAGUUCAGUAAAUCACUAUUUAAAAAAAAUAAAUACUCUUUUAGCAUCCAUUAGAGCAAUUUAUCGGUUUUGUUCUAGUUAUAAGCAGUAUGUUAUUGAAGUAUAUCUUCUAUGAUAUUGAUAUCAGAACAGAGAAAUCUUGUAUUUGUUAACCCCUAAGGAAUCCCAGUAUGCUCAAUAGACUAAGUAACUGGGCAUAGGAUUGCAUCUUUAAAUAACAAAACAGAUGCAUCGUGCUUGAAUAUUUUUGUCUGUCAGCCCAGACGUCUUUCGUUCAACAUUACAUUGGUGAGGAGUCAUGAUAUCAGAACAUUCUGUUCCAAUGCCUAGACUAUAUUCCUGUACACUCAUUUUGAGCACCUGACCAGUUGGGUGUGUUCAAGUGUGUCUAGCCAUUUGACGUAACUCGUUAAAUUCAGACCAUUUUGGUUCAAACUAGCCUUGUAACUUUUAAGUCUGGGCACAUUCCUGUCUUCUUGAUUAAGGUUCACCAGUAGAGUCCUGGUUGCUUUAUCAUAGCACUGUUAGCGGCUGCUGUGGAAAAGGCAAAUUCCAUGUUAAGGAUAAUUGGGAAAGGAGUUGAAAAUAAAACUGCCAAUAUGUCAUUAAACAAAUCUACGGUGUGGCUGCGCUUGAGAGUACUGGGUACCGUUCUGGUUGCCUCACCUUAAAAAUGGGUAUUGUAGAGUUAGAUGGAGUGGCUUCCCAGUUAGGAAAGGUUACAGCAUUUGGGACUAUUUUUGUUUAGACAGAAAUGUCAGUAAGAGCUGACACGAUGGAAAUUAUACAUGGCAUGGAGAAAGUGAUUAGAGAAAAACCUUUCUCCCUCUCUCAUAACACUAGGGCUCGGACAUUUAGAGAAGCUGAACGUGUGAGGAUUCUGGACAUACAAACUUGCUCACACAGCACAGAGUUUAACUAUGGAAUUUGUGCUCACAAGUGGCAGUGUUGACCACUGACUUGUAUGCCUUUAAAAGAAGAUUAGACAAAUUCAUGUAGGAUAAGUCUAUCAGUGCCUACAAAUGAUGUUGGCCAUGUUCUGGUGUGUUGGAGAGUCAGUAUGUUUCUGAACACCAGUUGCUGGAAACCACAGGAGGGAAGAACGUUGCACACAGGUUCCUUCUUGCAGGUUCCCCAUAGGCACCUGGUUGGCCUCUGUGAGAAGCGAAUGCUGGACCAGAUCACCUGUUGGCCUGAUCCACCAGGCUCUUCUUGUUUUCUAGCGUUCACUGCUGCCAUUCAAAUCAAGGUGUCCAUCAACAUUCCAAUCACUUUUGUGCCAGCCUAAAUUCACCUAAAUUAAAGUUACCAUGUUAUGAAGCAUAACAGAUGCAUUCACUUCCAGUUACCACACCUGCCACUUCCUCUGCAUGCUUCCUUAUCCAACUGAAUGAAUGUAUUUGCAAGUUAUGGGAACAAUGUUAUCAGCAGAAUAAAUUGUAGUACGUGAAUUGGGUGUUUGCCUAAUGCAGCAUUAGAAGUGUGUAUGGGAUAACUCCGAUAGUUGUUACUAGGCUCCUUAGCAUUUUCAAGUAUUUUGUUGGUACUUCUUGCACUGGCAAGAUUAGGCUAACACAAUGCUGUCAGUUGCCUUGGGGUUAAAAAUUAUUAACCUUUGGCCCUCUUGCCCUGUGAUGUUGAGCGUCUGCAUUCUGGAAUUUUUUACGGGAAUUUUUUUUCUUUAAACCAUGAUAUAUGUGAAAGGACUCUGGUUUAUUACUGUUCUCAAAGAAUCUCUGCUUUGUAAAAAUGUUGACAUUUUUGUUUUAUGGUUACCCAGUGCAUCAAGUUUUCUCUUCUCAUUUUAAAGGCCCAGAAAUAAUUUUGAUUCUAUUUUGACCUUUUAAAUGUAAAACUUGAUAAAGCCCCAGUUGAGAGUGGCUAGAACUGCGUGAUGAAUCCAGCCGACGGUAUUUUUCAGAUACAAUGUCAGAUGUGAGCAGUGCUUUGUUUUUUCCUGGUGGAAUGCAGAGUAAUGGAACCUUUGACACUUGACACCACAGAGAUGCCAGAUGAUUCACAGGUGGGCAACAACCUGUCAGAAUGGCCCACAGAGAUGGAUGGAAGUAAGGAUCCAACCCACUUGCCAGAAAAAGGUCCCUCACCCCUGCUCUUGCAUUACUAACUAGAAAUUUAGAGUAGGACUGGCCCUAAAAUAUAUUAUUUCUCACAAUGGGACAAGACCUCUGUGUUCAGACUAUUCUUGUUUACCUCUGUGAAUCUUAUAAAAUUAUGUGUGCCAAGACUAAAAACCAGUGUACUGCAAGUAAAAAGAAACAAAACAAAGGAGGGUGUAUAGACACAUUGAGGUCUGGAAACUGAUGACAUCUUUUACAAACAUUUAACUGUCCCACUUGGGGUGCUAGCUGGAUCCAGGCACCGGCCAUAUAGCAAGCUGUUUUUGCUUCCUAUUGGUCCUAUGCAAGUGCACUAAUUGCAUUUCUCAGAAUUGUUUUAGGAGAGACUUAUUCCUUUGAAAGGGUCUAUGAAAAUGCAUAGAUGGUUAUAAGUGUGAAUUUCCUUUCAGGUUGUCCAUAGUCUUGUAGGCAUUUGGUUUCACAGGUGCACACCCCGUAAACACAAACCAAGUGACUGUAAGCUGAUGGAGAGAUAACCCAUUGAAUCUGACAUUCAUGGCAUGUGACAUUCUUUAUGAUGUGGCUUUUUAAUCAAGAUUGGACUAUGGCCAAUAUGCUGCUAGCAGACAUUCUUGGUUCACUGCUACAAAUUUAUUCGCCAUGCUCAUUCUGGCAAGUAUUCCGCCCCUUUCUGGAGAGCAUAGGAUGAUGAGCCCCGUCUCUUCUUCUGAACUUGGGGUUUAAGAAUGCAAGUUAGGUGAACGUUUCUGACCUUGCACUGUGAUUCAGAAGUGCUCUGAGUAACUCAAAAACUUAACACACUGCAUGAGAAGCCUCUACUCGUGAACCUAAGGUACACAUGAGAAGAAAGAUCCUGUACCGGUUUUUACAAUUUUCACAAGUCCUAAAAAUCACUACUUUUAUCUUUGUUUGUUUUUUCCUUUAUUGAUUUAAAAUAAAUACAUUUAUGGAAAAACAAACAAACAAACAUAUAAUCAAUCAAACAAUAGAAAAAUCAAUCAAACAAACAACCACAAUAUAAGGAACAACAAAAUUAGUAUAGCUAACAUCCUUUAUACUCCCGAGACUGAAAACAAUUAUAAAAGAGAAAAGAAUUAAAAAUGACUUCCAAUUAAUCUCACUAUACUUUAUUUGUCAAUUACUUUAUACCGCACAGUUAUAUAUUUCUUAUAUAGGUACACUUGAGAAGAAAGAUCCUGUGCCGGUUUUUACAAUUUGCACAAGUCUUAAAAAUCACUACUUUUAUGAAUGAGGGAAAUGUGCUACAAAUUCUUGGAUUCCCCACUUGUCUAUUCAUAUGAGUAGUGUUCUAAUAAUUAACUAGAGUACUUGCAGUUAUAUAUGAAAAUGCUUGGGACCUGAUUCUGCAAAUUGAGGGUGUUAUUUGCAAAGAACUAUGAUGUGACUGAUUGCAUAUUUUUAGAUGCCAGGCAAGAAUGUUCCUCUUCAGCCUGGAUAGCUCAGUUGGUUAGAGUGUGGUGCUGAUAAUGCCAAGGUUGCAGGUUCGAUCCCCAUAUAGGAUAGCUUCAUAAUCCUGUAUUGCAGGGGGUUGGACUAGAUGAUCCUCAGGUCCCUUCCAACUCUACAAUUCUAUGAUGCAGCCAUGGUUUUGACCUGAAAAAUGUUUUAGCAUACACACAGUGUCUUGCAGUCCCAUGCAUGCAACAAAAACCUGAAGGUCUUGCUGAGCUGUUUUCGGUUUGACAGUUUACAAAUUGGAGAAAUUGGGAAAAUGCUGGAAUCCAAAUUAAUCUUUCAGAAAGUGGGACGUGAAAAAUUUCAGACUCUCUAAAACUGAAAAGAGGAAGGUAUUUGAAGAAGUUGUGGUAUUCGUAGUAACUGAAGAACCCGCUCCUGAUAUUUCAUUUCUUGGCAAAGACCAUUAUGAGGAAUAUGAGAGGGAAAAUAUAGAACACCGUAACAGGUAAUUAUGCAAUAAGCAACCCAAAGAGGAAGUUAGUUCCUAGCCCAAGUUAGUUAGUGGCUUGCUUGCUUGCAUAACAAGGCAUAAGGAUCAGCAGACCUAUAAAGGCCAGUAUUCCAACUGCCUUCAUAUAGUGUUCAUAUGAGAAAUACAACAAUCUUACAGUUGCUCAUUGCCCCAGAAUGCCUUCCCAGUAACUGAGUUGAGUUGAGUUAUAAGUGUUUUCGAAGGUUACAUCUAUGCCAGAUCAUGUAGUUUAAUCAUGUGCCUAUAUUGCCUGUAUUAAGAAAUAACUAACAUACCAGUCCUUUUUUUGUUCUGCCUUUUUCUUUUUCUUUUUUUACUGCUUUCUUCAUUCUUUGUGCAACACCUUCUGAUUUACUGCUUGUAGGCUCUCUCUCCCAAUAAAAUUAUUCGAACACCUAAGUAGCAAUAGUGUACUGGGAUCUUUUUCCAUUGGAGAAGCCUGUGGGGGUUUUCCCCUGCAAAUGAUAAUUAAUUAACUAGCCCCACACCCUACUAUGUGUUGGGGAAAAAAAUCUGGGUUUUGUUGUUUUUGCUUUGAGCCAUGAUCUAGCUAAGGUUAGUCACAACCGAAUCUCCAUCAGUUUGUUUUGCAGCUUUGAGCUAGAAGCUCUUCUACAGCAGAAGCUGAAAUUGUCCUGCUAUUGUCUGAAUUAGGUUAAACCAUCUGUGAAACCUUUUUAACUUACAAGCAUUUCAGCAGAAUGUCACUUGUAUUUCCUAAGGCAGUGAAGUCGCCACUGAAACUCAUCAAAAGCAGAAUAAUUCACGUUAGUUAAGAGAGUGGGCUUUGAAUGGAGGGAAGCCAGAGUAGAUCAAAUUCUUCUGGAGCCUAUGACCUGAUGAUGCAGGAGAAGAUGGAACUGAGUUGGACAGGCUGAACAAUUGGGGUAGUGUUGCAUAGGAUUAGGGCAAGGCAGAGGUUAACAGCAAGCUAAUCUACCUAAUAAGGGGUAAUAAUACCACAGGUGUAGUAGAAAACAUGAGGACAGGGAAUACAUUCAGCGUAUCUUGUUUGAACAAGGGAGAAGAAUGACAUGGAUAUACACUUCAAGGAACUUAAGGCACAAUAAGGCCUUUUAAAAAGCAGGAGGGUGAAAUGGAAGCAAACUCCACCCAGAUUGAAAUGGCAUAUCCUGACUGUCUGCUUUUCUUGCAUCUGGUAAUAAAGCACGCGCACCUCCCUGUCCCUUGUUGUUGUUUCUAAUAUUUAUACCUUGCCUUUCUUUUUUUAAUGUUCAGUAUGGCUAACUAUCAAAUAAGCACAAAGAACAACCAGACAUAAGGAAGUAACCAGAAAUAACCCUUAUUUUUAAAUUUAAAAACGAAAGGAGGACAGACAAAAUGGUCACGGGGCUGGAGCAACCACCCCACAAGAAAAGGUUUGAUUUUUCUUAAGUUUACAAAAAAGGUCAUGGUAGAGGUAUAGAAAAUUACGCAAAUCCAUGGAGGCUAAAACUAUCGAUGGCCACUGGUCAUGAUAAACCAAUUAAUUUAGAGCUUAUUUUUGUGCUCCCUUCUUGCCAGAAGGACCCCGAAGUCAUCUUACAAUGGUUAAUGUAAAUAAGAAAUUAAAGGAACACCUGAAGGCAACAAACUGAAGACACAAAAAAAUCCCAAUAACAUCAUUUUAAAAAGCAACAGUUAAAAGCCAAAUAUAAUCUAUCCUGCCUAAAGGUAAAAUUCACCCCUGCCCACCCCACUCAAAAUAUCAAAGAGAUACAGUAUUGGUCUCAAGUAGAGGGAUGGGGCAGAGCAGGUCAAAGAGCACGACCUUUGAUUGUUCAAACAUAACCUCCCCCCUGCAGCAACAUUACCUCCAGGGAGAGAGAGGGGUAAUGUUUCUUGAUAAGAGAAGGAGAUGGUUAUUACACUCCUUUCCUGCAUGCAUGCUUCCCUAGAUUGUCUCUGUGGGACAGUGUUCAAAACUCCCAUUGCUCAAGGUGCACUUUGCGACAAGAAGUUUCAUUAGCGCGAGCAGUUUCUGAGCUCUGGGCGCAGUGCUGUACAUAAGACGUCAGAUUAAAACUGCAGAGUGGAAGGAAAGGAGGACCUUUUUCUACCUCCCCACUUCCAGCCACUCUCCGAAGACUGGAGAAGAGACCCUCUUAAGAAGAUUAGGGGGGGCAGGCAGGGGAAGGACCAGACCAUGUGAAAAAUGAACAUAACAUUUUCAUUCAUUAUCAGCUUUCUAUUCUUGUUAUUAAAAAAGGGCACCUAGCCAUUCCAUUGUUGCACCCAUAACCUAGGUUUAAGGUGCCAUUUAGCUCCUGGCUUUCAUAUCUCUGUUUCUAACAACUGCUGUGGGGAAACAAUAUGCUGAACUACGUAUACCUCUAGUUUGAUCUAAUAGGACUGUUCUUACGCAGCUUGAUCAUCAGGAUUCCAAGGAAAUGCAUGCUGGUACAUUGCUCCUCUGGCAGGGUAGCAGAAGGCAAAUUCCAGAGAACCAAUCUCCCUGUUUCUGCUGUUGUACGUUAGGUUUGUGUUCAGCCCCCACCCCGCCAAUCCCGUAAAACAAAUGCUAGAAUUUCUGUCCCUCACUCCCUGAAGCACAUGUUCUUACCGGUUGAGCCUAGUAUAUUAUGUAUACAGGUAUUCAAAUACUUUUCCACUUCACAAACAGUUGCUUAUCUUGUUUGGGCAUAACUCGUGUAUUUAGUUAACGUUAACAGUUGGGCUGUUGACGUCUUUCGUUUUACAACCUGAAUCUCUCUGUGGAUGCAGAAUGCAGGUGUUGAGAGACAGAAAUUCUGGAGCUUAACUUCUUGCCAUUGUGCAAAGAAGAAGAAGAAGAAGUCUUUAAAGUGGUGUUCAAAUGCCACAAGAAAUGUAUUAUUCUUAUUCUUAUUCUUAUAUGGUUGUUUUAUUGUAUUGUAUUUAUUGUAUUUAAAAAAUGUAAUGGUUAUCUCUGUUUAGCUUUGGUACACGUAGAAGAAAAGUUGUUAAUUGCAGGAUAUCCGCUUUCUGGCAGUGAUUUGUGUGACCAUAGCUGUUGCAAGAAUUUAUUGGCACUCUUGUGCAAAUCGGUGCUGAGAAAUAUCAGUAGCAACUGCAAGGAGAUGGCUCAGCUGUUCCUCUGUUCAGCUGCCUCCUUGGGACUGCUCAGGCCACUACAUGUGAAACAGUUCAGAGAAGUCUGAACUAGGCUUGUGGCAGUGGUAGAGAAUGUUCGACACAUUGGCCUAAUUAGGCUUAUGGCGAAGUUAGCAUAGGACCUACACUUCUCUGGGUGAAUACCAUCGGAUAAAAUAGUGGCAAGUCGGCUCAUCUUGCUGAGGGAUCCAAGCUCUGUAUAACUUCUUUGGCCUUGCUGAUGUGGUCCAAAGGAAAGCAGAGCAAUAUGUUUGGCACCAGCUUGGCUGCAGGAGUCUCCAGAAGGAGAUGUACAAGGCACCACCCAACCAUCCUGGGGACUCCACUCCGGAAUUCUGUAGGGUUUAUACUCCUUAGCCUUUCCAAAGUUAUCCCACAAAGCAGCAGAGGUUUAGGAUCAGAGUUUUCCUUCUCGUAGAUGGGCUACCUUCCCAGUUUAAUGAGCCCCAUCUGCCCCUCACUUCCCUCUGCAGCACAUGCAGAAACUGCCUUCUUCCCUGUUGGGCCUGCUAUUGGUCUAGUCUGCUCAAUCCACCAGAGCCUAUCUUCCCAUGCAGGGCAAGACCCUAACUCACUGAGGGUUUGAGACCUAUCAGCUACUCUCACCUGGUUUAGCUGGCCAGUCAAAGCUGUUUUCUGGGGUGUGGUCGCUGUUGCAUGCUGACAGCUUCUUGGAGGCACAGGUGAGAACUGAGUGCAGGGUGGGGACCAAAGGUGGACAAACUAUCCCAGAAGGAGCAUGAUGUUUCGUCCCCCCACCAGAGGUACUACCCAAUAAACCUGAGGCUUCAGACUGCUGACUUGUAAUUUUACACUGUAUUGUCGCUGCUGAGUAUUUUGUUUUGCGGGGGUGUUAUGUUCAAAGAUUAAGAUGACUUACACACACAAAAGCCCUAAUAGUCAAUUACUGACUUAUAGCAACCACAAUAACAGACCUGCUUUUCUCUAGAGAUCAUGUUCAGCUCUUGAUUGUUUAUGUUCUUUACAGUUGGUUCCUAUUAUGGCCAUUUUUUUUACUUAAUUGUUAAAGGUAUUUGCUUUCCUCUUCAAAUAUUUGCGUCUGGGAAUUAAGGCUUUGAUAUCAGAUUUAUCUGAUUAACUUGUUGUCCAACAAAACAAAUCUGGAAAUCGUUAACAUAUUUAUGCUCUCUAGUCCAACUACAUUGAAGUAGUAAUGAUUAAAUUCUUUAGGAGUGUGUCUGGUGGAGUUUUAUUUUUUAAAAAACAACAACUUUGAUCUUACAUUUCUUAGUCUCAAGAGCAUUUUUUUUAUCUUCACAUCUAUUCAAAUGUGAGUUGUAUUUGGUCUAGCAGCCAGGUGACAGGAUAAUAUCAAAACCCUGAACAGAGAGCAGGGAUGAAUCUGAUAUGGAAAAAUGUUUGAUACUAUCAAGACGUACCAUGACAGUGGGUCACCAAGUCAAGUCCCUAUGCUAGAAUUGUGAAAAUUCAACAUUCUGAUGCAUUUAGUUAUUGAAAUCCUAUCACACCUGUUGACAUGAAUGUCCUUAAGGCAGUUUACAACAGUCAGUGUAAAGCAGUCAAAGACUGCAAAAUAUAAUAAUAGCAGGAAACCACUGAGACAAAAAAAGAAGCAGAUUGAAACAGUGGCUAGAACCCAAUAAAAUACACCUAAGUACAAUUAAUGGCAGGGACCCAGGUGGCGCCGUGGUCUAAACCACUGAGCCUAGGGCUUGCCGAUCGGAAGGUCGGCAGUUCGAAUCCCACAACGGGGUGAGCUCCCGUUGCUCGGUCCCAGCUCCUGCCAACCUAGCAGUUCGAAAGCACGUCAAAGUGCAAUUAGAUAAAUAGGUACCAGAAGCGGCUUAGUCAUGCUGGCCACAUGGCCCGGAAAAACUGUCUGCGGACAAACGUCGGCUCCCUCGGCCAGUAAAGCGAGAUGAGCGCCGCAACCCCAGAGUCGUUCACGACUGGACUUAACUGUCAGGGGUCCUUUACCUUUUUACAAUUAAUGGCAUAGGAACACAGCUCCAUGUUGGAUGAUUUGUGUGAACUGGCCAUUACUUUGCAUAGCUCACACUGCAUUUGUGUGUGCUCCUUCUGUGAAUUCUUUAUGAGAUGCUCCCUCUCUUUAGAUAUUUGGUUGCUUUGGACUGAUAGGGCCAUCCUUGGGUUGUGUGGCCCUGGUUUGAAUUCCAUCAUCCUAGAAGAAUUCUGCAGCAGUGCAUUUGGAGUAUGUUGCAGCACAGGAAGGAAGGAAGGAAGCAAAUAUAAGCUGAAAUUUCUAUUCCUCACACCUGUUUAUAAAAAUGCCUGGAGUGUGCUGCUGCUGCUGGCCUUCUGUUCUCUUAAUAGCUCAGUGCAUGUUUAUUAGGCACAUGACCCAUUUCAGAGAGUUUUUUCCUUUCCUUUUAGAAGUCACAUGUAUUUCCUUAUAGAAGCACAUUUUAUUUAACAGUAUUUCCUUGUAGGAGAUAAAUUGGGCAUAGUAGCACCAAAAGCUGUGAGUUGCCUGUGUGACAUCUUGCACAAGCCUAGUGCUUUUUUUACCAGUUCCUGUCUAGAAACCCCAAUGAAGCAAGUGUUUUAAUUUAGGACACUGUGCUUCUAAGUACAGUGGUACCUUGGUUUAUAACCAUAAUCCAUUCCAGAGGUCCGUUUGUAAACCAAAACACGUUGUAACCCAAGGUGCGCUUUCGCCAAUGGGGCCUCCUUAAAAAAUUUGUUCGUAAUCCAAAAAAAAAGUGGAUUGUAAUCCAAAAAAAGGUGGCAAACUGGGACACGCACUUGCGGGUUUGACAUGUUUGUAAUCCAAAACGUAUGCAAACCAAGACGUACGCAAACCAAGGUACCACUGUAUUGUAUGGAACAGCAUAGAAAGUGGGUAAAUGAAAUGCUGUACAAAUGAAAGAAAUUUGUCCUUUUCAAUUCCUGUAUUCUCAUCUAAAGCAAUGGUUAAUUUUCAGGGCUGAUUUCUAACUUGGAUUCUUGACUGCAUUCCAGCUUGUGUUAGAAGCAGUAAUGGCAGCAGAAUGCAUCAAGAACUGUUGCAGUGCAUGUUUGUAUGUUGAGAAAGAAAAGCAUGAUGGUGAGUUCCAUUAAAUUUUGCAUGUUUUUUGACACUGGCGUGGGUAUAUUGGCAGCUGUCUUACAAUCGUUUUGAUCACCAGAAAUGCUAUGUUCUAUUUAGAGCACCAGCCUUUCAAAAUUUCAUUUAUACUCUAUUUUUCAGGUUGUAUUAGUAGGGUGAAAUGUUUAAAUAUCCUGUUGACAUUGUAAGGCAAUUGGGUGAUAGCCAACAUUGCAGGAAUGGAAGACGAGCUCAUGCAAUAUAUAUUUCCUCCUCCUCCUUCAACACUGCAACCCCCCCCCCAAUCCCUCUAACGUAUUUCUCUUGAAGCGAUUUAUCAGUUUUGUGGAAUGAAUUGUACUAGCUGCAUUAGAAGGAGGAAAAUUACCUUUGAGUGGUACUGGGGGUUUCAGGGAAGAAGACUAGAGAGGGAAAUGUUCAGUGUGCAAGAUUGUCUUGCAUUGGCAGUGUUGGGCAUCACUCACUGUUUGCAUAUUUGUCAUUGAAGAUUGCAUUUAAGUUGUCAUUUGUUGACUAAUUACUUUGUCAUAACUGCAGAAUUUAAGGAGUUUCUCUCUUCCAUUCUGUAGCAGAGCACAUUUUGUAAAUGUGUACAAGUGUGAGGGGUAUGGGAGGGAGGGAGGAAGAGAGAGAGAGAGAGAGAGAGAGAGAGAGACUUGAAUAGACACGGGGUAACAACCCGGAUUAUUAACAUUUACAGUGGUGCCCCGCAAGACGAAUGCCUCGCAAGACGGAAAAACCGCUAGACGAAAGGGUUUUCCGUUUUGGAGUUGCUUCGCAGGACAAAUUCCCCUAUGGGCUUGCUUCGCAAGACGAAAAUGUCUUGCGCGUCUUGAGAUUUUUUUUCCGCUCCCCCCCUUUAUCUAAUCUGCUAAGCCUUUAAUAGCCUUUAAUAGCCUUUUAGCAGCUAAUCCCCUAAGCCUUUAAGCCUUUAAUAGCCGCUAAACCGCUAAUAGCGCUAAUAGCGCUAAUCCGUCAAUGGGCUUGCUUUGCAAGACGAAAAAACCGCUAGACGAAGACUCUCGCGGAACGGAUUAAUUUCGUCUUGCGAGGCACCACUGUAUUAUUAAUACAUGUAAUAAUUUUAUUUAUUAGUUGCUUUUUGCAAAAAUAAAAUAAAAAUGAAACUCAAAGCAACUUACAAAUGAAUGAGCAUUAAAAGCAAGGAUAAAACAUCCUCAGUUCCACAAGUAAUAUAUAUACAUACACACAUACAUACAGAUCCAACGCCACCUCACCUUGCUAAAAGAUAAGCAGAUCCAGAUCUUGGCAACCAAAAACAGAUAGAUGAUGCCAGGGGUUGCCUCCAUAGGAAGGAUAUUCAAUAAAUGUGGAGCCACCACUGAGAAGGCCUGUUCUCUUGUUGCCAUUCUCCGCACAUCUCUCUGAGAGGGCACACAGAGAAGGGCCUCAGAUGAAGAACAAAGGGUCUGGGUUAGUCCAUGUGGGGAGAGGUGGCCCUUGAUGUAUUGUGACCCUGACCACAUAAAUCAAAACCAGCACUUGGAACUGGGUCUGGAAACUAAUCACUAGCCUGUGCAGAUGGGCCAGGAUUCUGCACCAGCUGCAAUUUCCAAGCCCUCUUCAAAGACAGCCCCAUGUAGAACACAUGUGUAGAUGGUGAAGGUUACAAUUUAAAUUUUGCAUUUGUGAUGUUGAGUUUAAUGGACAGCUUGCUUCUCAAUAAUCACCUUCUAAACCUUCUCCGAAGCAGUUGUGUGAACCGUGAAAAGGAUUGAUUUACAGCACUUUAGAACCACUGCAAAUCUUCCUGAGAUAGAUAUACUUACUGCCUGCUGCUCCCUCUCUGGGGAUGCAGUUUAACAGGAUAGAAAAACCUAUUUGCCUCUGAUCCUGUUAAAAACACAAAAGAUCAUUUCAGACUGUUCAUUCAAGGCUUGAAUGUGCUUCUCAUGCUUUUUUAUGUUAAAUUACAGCUUCUCUGGAGAAGGAGUCUGAAGUUACAGCCAAAUAUAGAUCAAAUGUUGUAGAGAAGCCUCCCUUGUCUUCUGUGUUGGUGAAACCUCAGGUUGGCUGUUCGGAGGAUUAUCUUCUCUCCAAGCUCCCACCAGGUGGCAAGGAUGUGCCCUUUGUGGUUCCUCAGUUCAAGCUUGCCUACAUUCAGCCCAGGAACCUUGGCAAUCCACACAUUGGAGGAAUUCAAGGUAAAGCACUGGAAGAAAACAGAACAGACUUAAAAGCAGCUUGUUUAUGCAAUUGUAGUUUCAGAGGCACUUGGUUGAGUUGAGCUGCCUGCAUCCGCAAUGCAUGCCAACUUGUUUAAUACCCACAGUGUUUCAGGCCACUGUGUGUCUUUGGGAAAAUUCUACACGACAUGCAGCUCUUAGGAUGAAAAACCUGCUCUUAGGACCCUCCUUCUGUUUGUAUAACCAUUCACACCAAAAUGAAAGCCCCUGGCUUUUGCCAAGAAUGUUUUUAGCCUCUUUGGCUUCUGAUUCAAUCAGAGUUUGGCAUUAGUCAUUCCCUACAACCCCUUCAAAUAAUUAGACCUGUGUUUUUCAGGCCAUCAUUUGUGUUCCAACUGUUUUUAUUUCCACUACCUAAUCUGGGUUGGAAGGUAGAGCCAAGGUCUUGUUUCAUGCAGAUAUGGUUCCCAUGACAAUGUAUUCUUUUGUGUGGUGGAUUUUGUGUGUGUGUGUUUAUGUGUGUUUUGGAAGCUCCUUCUCGCCCGUCCCCCCUCCUUGAGACCUUUGAGUGAGGAAAUAGUAUCCUGUUGUGAAGUACGUGCACCUCAAGGACUCUCAGGCCAGGGAGUGUUCUGCAAGUCAGGUGGUUUAUCAGGCAAUGCAUUCUUGAUUUUAGGAUCUGCAAAACAACUCAAAUAUGUUGCCGUGCCGAAAAAGUUAGUCCUUACCUGUUUGUAGCUAAAAGUCUUAAAGUAAAAAAGUAGAUCAUGCAGAAUUAAGGCUAAGACUGUCAAAAAAUAUAUUCUGUGCCUGCUGAUUUAAAACACACAAAAUUAUUGGGAUCUUCCCCUUUUCUGCAGGGUUUUUCUGGAACAGAUACAGAUUUUACAAUCACAUUGAUGAAUUUCAUUCUUCAAAAGUGUUCUUUCGUAGUUUUAGUAGUAGUAGUAGUAGUAGUAGUAGAAGAAGAAUUUUAUUAUUUGUUUGCCCCAGCCACUCUGAGCAACUUCCAACAAAUACGAAAACAUCAAACAUUAAAAAUUUCCCUCUGGAAAAGGUGGCUUGUAUGCUAGUAUUUUACUCAACGGUGAAUUGCUUGCAUUGCCCAUAGCCCAGAGGCAGAUAGCUGUCACAUUUCUUUUUCUUUAUUCAUUUGGAUUUUAACGCAAGAUCCUGCCCAUUCCUCUAGGCAGUAUCAGAAGUGAAGAAAGAGCAUCACAGAAAUCGUGCAAUCGACCUAAAAGUGCUCCUGUUGUAUAGGAAUAUUAGGAUAAUGAAGCCUGACUGCCACCCAGUCAUUGGUGCUGUGUCUCCUCUUUUCAACUUUGUCUGCUCAGGAUACAUACCCUGGCUUCAAUCCUAUAUGCCUUUUCUUGAGAGAAAGACCCACUGAGCUCAGUGGGAUUUGCUUCUGAGUAGACGUGCAUAGGGUCAGGCUGCCUCUGUUUACUUAGUGAUGCUAAUACUGAGUGAAGAUCACUUGCCCAUAUAGGUAUUUGGUGUGAUUAGCAUCACAUUUAAAGGGCACUUGAUGCAUAUGUGUAUUUGCAAUGCGCAGGCAGCAUUGUCAGCAUUGGCCUUGGCGGAAGCACUUCUGAUGUGCACUCUUUGAUGUGAUGUCGGAUAUACCUACAUGGUUACGUGCUUUUCAUGUCGCAGCAGUGUAUCUAGAACACCCCUUUGACUGCACACUUUUCUUGGACACAAACCAGCUCUUCUCUGUGUUCUGCAUGACACUGAGCAUACCAUACUCUUGGCACAAAUUAAGUGUCUAGUAGCAGCUCCAAGUAAAGCACUAGGAUACGCAAGGUAAUUUUUAAUGCUUUGCCAAUGUCAAUAACCAUGCAAAGUAAUGCACCUCCCUUCUCUAUAUUUGUUUUCAGCUUUUUAUGAAUGUAAUAUCCCUUGGUAUCAAUACUCAAUUAAAAGUAUUUGGGUCCUGGAAAACCUUUUAUAACUUUACAGGAUUUCCCAACUCAGCCACUGACCUUUGCACAGGCAUGCAACCUAGGAAGAGGAAACAUGUGUUUUUUGACUCUGUAGACUGACCCGCUGAUAUGUUACGCAACACUUAGGUGAAAUGCUGACUUGCCUAAUAAUGUAACUCAUGCCUUGCAGGUUCUGCUAUAGCACAUUUUGGUGACCGGAAAGCAGAUGUUUCCAACACAUACCAGCAAAGACCUCUUGUUGAUGUGGUGUAUAAUCCAUUCUACAUGUACCAGCAGCCUUCUCUCUCUCCAGAUUCGACUCAGUACUGCCCAGAAAAAUCUAACAAAAGAAAACUAUACGGGUCAGGUAAAUAAUAAACUAGUGGCAAUACUAUUCAUCCCACCACUGCCUCUUCAUUAUCUGCAACUGAAAUAAAUAAGUGACCUGGACAGCAGCAUUGUAAAGACCCUUUACAGCCAUGAACUCAGUGGUUUUUGGGAGCACACCACUGUUUCAUGUGUUUGAGGACUUGCAGCCAGCUCCUCUGAGGCCUAGGGCAAGUCUGCCUAGCUGCCCCUCACCUUGCAUGGGCCUGUCAGUAUUCCAAAUGCCCAGGUUCUCACCCUGAGCUAUAAACACUAAGUGCCCUACCACCCAUCAGGCCCAAGUACUGCACCCUCUGCACAUUCAGAAACAAACAAAGGGAGACAAUGAGAGACAGAGAAAAAAUCUCCAAUGUUGAGCAGCACUCGUUCAUUUAGUCAAUGGGCCAGGUGUUUGAAACUGGUCACAGCUGCUUUGAAUUCCCCACCCACAAAUGCCCAGGUCAGCACAGCUGCUAGCAAACAUCAAAUGGUUUAGUUGCCCUGGUCCCCUGUACCUUGUCACCAGGCAGCAAUCAGACAGUGUAUACAACACAGUUAUUCUUUGUGUGGACACAAGUUAGUGGAGAACUGUUGGGAGCUGGCAAGAAAACUCCUGCAGGAAAGUUGUGCAGCUUCCCUUCUUUUUAAUGGGGCUGGCACAGUAAAAUACCUACCUUAUAAAAAAUCACAAGUUAUUCUGAGUUGUCACUGACGCAGAACUGUCUGAAUGAGACUAGUUUUUUUACCUACAGAUGCUUAGGGUGAGAUACUAGGAUCUUACUUUUGAAUCUACUAUCUAUGUAUUUAAUUGUUUUGAAUAAUACAAUCUCUGCCCCAGUUGUGUGCAGCUUGUACAGGCUCCUAUAUUGUUCCUGAGAUUUAAACAAAGGGUCUCUCUUCGUUUCUUUUCAGUUUGUGACUUAAGGAGCUCCACAUUGCCAGCCUCGUCUUCUCUAAGUCACUCUAUGUUUGACCUUACAAGUCCACCCCACCGAUUUAUGCAGGUAAUAAAUUCUUUUCAUAACUUAAAGGCUGCACCCACCAAGAAGCAAGCUUUCCUCUCCUACAUUGUUAACCUUAUUCUUUGGGUGCUUCCAAUGGCUGACUCAGUUAUGUUAGAAAUUAUCUCAUCCUUUUUCAGAGUCCUACUUCACUGGAUUCAAAUGCAUUUUGUUUGUGAAAAUUUGUGGCUGUGUUAGCAAAAGUAUGGAAAGUGAUUGGCAAAGCACUUUGCAUCUAAUUUCAGUGCAUAACUGGACAUUAUUGCCCUUAGAAGUCAUUGUAACGUGCAUUGAAAAAAGGAGACAUUUAUAGUCAUAAUACCCAUAGUAGUGUACACCGGGAACAAUUCCAGAAUGCCUAAAUGGAGUAUAUAUGGGCCACACCACUUGCUGGGUGGCAGGUAGUAGUUAAAAUAUGAUUGAGGGGGAAAUCAGGAGUGAGUUUAAGACUAUCCAGUGUUCACUGUCUUAAAUGCAUUUGCAAGUCCCUCUGGAAUUUUUCUUGUUAGGCCAAUCUGUAACUACUUUUGUGAUGCAUGAAAUUAGUGAAGGCGCUAGAGAUGUUCUCCUCAACCUUCAAUGGGUUUCACAUGCCCUUUCAAGAGGUGCUCACAAACUGUUGUCAGUGCAUUUGGAGAAUCAUAGAAUUGUAAAAUUGAAAAGGAACCCCAAGGGUCAUCCAGACCAACUCCCUGCAAUGCAUGGGGAUAAAGCAACUUUGGCUUAAACUCUGACUAAACAGCAUUUACAGUUUGGCUCAGCUUCCAAGUUACACCUUCCAAGUUGUGGCAGCAACAUGAUAUGAAAUUGGAUAAAUAUGCACGAUACUGUCAUAUGCUACAGUCCAGUUGUAGGGUUUUGCUACUUUAGUCCCAUUUACUUCAAUGGGAUUUAAGAAGCACCAGUGUGGGCUAGAUUGUGGCCAAAUUCCAGUUUUUCUUGCUUUGCAAUAGCAUUUCAGGUUGGAGGGAAGAGCCAGUGUCUUCCAUAGUAGCUCCUUUUCUAUUGACAAGCUGUGUGAGUUUGUAUAGGUGGUCUUGUAUCUCUGGUUGUUGUUGUUGUUUUCUCGUUGACUGAUCAGGUACAUUUUUGUUUUUUUGACAGAGGUACGAUUCAGUCUCCAGUGUUCCAAGCAGCACUUCAUCCAGGAAGGACUCGCACGGUAGUAACAGGAGUCUAGGUAAUAAACACUGUUUGUUCAUCUUCUUUCAAAUCUGAAAGUAAAUCUGAGGCUUAGACAUGACAUCAAGCAUAUGGACAAUUUGUCCAUAUGCAAAUACAAGUCAUGUGUUGCUUAUGGAAGUAUUUCCCGAAAACACACCUGUGUCUGAUCUGUAAAAAUGCAAGCUCAGAGCUAAUCAUCCAGUUACUUCUUUCUGGGGAGAAGCUUGUGAGCUUGAGAACAUGGAGCUUUUCCAUGCGCAAGUGUGUCAGAGACACGAGCCAUUAUAGUUUAUAUAUUACGGUUUUACAGAUCUUUCAGGAACAACUAAGGUUGUGCCUCUCUGACUGAAACUUGCAGAUUUGUUCCGCUUCAGCCUUGUUAUUCCUACCAAUUAUUAGUACUGUAGCUCAGCUACAAUGACUUCAGUGCUCCAGAGCAUAAGGAUUUGCAGUUCCAAAGAAGGAUACAGCACAGCCAGUGUGUGGGAAAGUCUUUUGCAGAAAGCCAUUUGCAAUCUGUUUAAGAACAAAGCUCUGAAGGACAAUAUCGUCUCAUCGGAAUAACACCUGUGUCAGUAUUGCCCAGCCAGGAAAUGGAGAAAAGCACUGCCAGCGAGCUCAUGGCUUGCUCAUGGUAAGCCAUUAAGCAAUGACUGGCUGUAUAUUGAGCCACACUGCAGGUACAGUUUAGUCAGAGCUCAAGCCCGAGUUGCUCUAUCCUCAUGAAUGUAAGUUCUAGUUCAAAUAUGUAGAAAUAGAAUGUCUACUUGCUCUGUUUAAUCGAUACAUGAGGGAGGGACAGGACGAAAGCUUACAUAUUUGAAUCCUUCUCCAUGUAAUUGGAAAGCUAACAUGUCCAAGUGGAGGGGUUUUGACAUGACACUGCACACAGAUGGAGCCUUUUCAUGGAAGCACUCGAAUAUGGAGGUCCCUACAUGCAGCCUGAAUUGGUACAAACCAGAAUGGACUGUACCAUGUGCUUUUUCUGAAUGUUUGAUUCUGGUCCAUGGAGAGUCUGUUCCUAGAGAGGUUCAUUUAGUUGGAAGCCCACAGUAAAGGCAAUGGCUGUAAGCUGAGUAGUCAGGAUCUGUUGUAAGCAGGGAGCUGGGUAUUGGGCAAAUAUGAGAUGACUGAUUGGAAUACAACAUGGUUAAGAAAAUACAACAGAUUUUCAGGAUGUAGUAGGUCAGGUCAUUGUUGCCAACGUGAUAAAUCAGGCAAGCAGUCAUCUUGGAAUCAAGUUGAAGUGCUAUCCCAUCUAAUUAGAAAAGGAUAAGUGCAGUUGCCUUGGCUUUUGUUUUAUUAUCACCUUGUUAUUCUGUUUGGACAGCCACCUGGUGCAGGUAUCCAGCUCAGGAAUACAUCUGUCCUGAGAUUGCCCUUUUUAUAAGGCACUUUUAAGGGAACUUACCUUGCUGUGUGAUCAAAACAUGGCUUCCAACUUGUGCCUUACUAGGGCGAAGAAUUUAAUGAAAUUAAAUCACACUUAAAUGAAAUUAGUUGUAUGUGGCGUGUGACAGACAGGAAGAUAACUACCCCAUAAAUGAAGGAGAAACAUGAAAGCUCCUUCAGGAUCAGAAUGUACAACAUUACCAAGUUACAGCUGCUAUUUUCAGGCAAAGGUUCUGUGCCUUUUGGCAAAACUUUUAUGGGGGUGGAUAUACAACAGUGAAAAGGUUCACCUGUUUUGUCCUAUUAGUAUAGAUGUUCACUACAGAGCUCUCCAAGAGGAAAAAGUUGCAACCUUAUGUAAUUUGUUAAUAUAGUUUCAAGAAGCCUCCAACAAUGCAUUUUUACUUGGGAUUAACUUACAAAUAGUUGAAACAGCAGUAGAAACAUUUGCAGCACUUCAAUGCACAACUGCUAUAUUUCCCCGUGGGUCAUACAUCCAUGAAUCCUGACGAUAACAGGAGCGUGAUGAAUUAUAAAUGGAAAUAAAUAGUGAGGCUGCUCUUUUACAACAAUAACAUUGCUGAUAAUCCUGGUUCACCAAUUUGAACAGUGCUUUGCAGUCUUUGAGAACAAGUCCUAAAUGAGUUCUUGGCUUUAUCCACAGAUACCAUUACGUUAUCAGGGGAUGAGCGAGAAUUUGGCAGGCUUAAUGUGAAGGUGUGCUACGUUCCUCACGUCGAACAGAUCUGGAUCACAAUCUUGAAAGUAAGUGAGCCUAGCAAGACCUCGAGAACUGAGUUCACAGUUAGUCUCACAGUUACUCUUCUUUCUGUCCGUGGCUGUCGGGCCAGCAUACCACACUGUGAUACAAUAUGAAAGGACACUUUCUAUUGUAGACCAGUAAAAGGAGUUCAUCAGUUGUUGUUUAACAUUAUUCUUUCGCAAGACCCUGAGGAAAUGGAGUCUCUUUUGGGCCUUUCUGACUACCUGAGUUACGUCGAUUUUCCAAGUGAGGUUCUCACUAAGGUAAACUCCCAGGAAUUUAAAGGAGGAGACUCUCUCCACACAGCCCCCCCCCAUAUACAACGGGGCAGGUUCCCCUCUCUUCCUCCGGAAGUCCAACACCAUCUCCUUUGUCUUACUAAUACUUAGGUGCAAGUUAUUCUCUGUAGAUAAUUUUUGAACCUCCCCCCUAUACACUGUUUCAUCUCCGCCUGCAAUUGGGCCCAUUAUGGUAGUAUCAUCUGCAAACUUAAUAAUUACUGUAGAUGAUAAGAAAUGGAAUUACCUUAUACCGAGUCAAUCAUUGGUCCUUCUACCUCACAAAUGUCUACUAUGACUAGCACCUGCUCUGUGAUAUCCUUGUAACAGGAGAUGUGAGGGUCUGAAUCUGGGCGCGUGUGCAUACAAAGCUUCGUCUCGACAACACCAUGUGUGUUAUUUGGAGAGGAAAUGUUGUUUGGAGGGAGGGGGUUUCCUACUGGUUUAAGCUAACAAAUAUUCUGUGGUGAUUUUUAUGUUGUGUCAAUCUGUUAAUCUAAUGUUGACCAGCUCGGUGUUGGGGUGAGGCUUGCAUGCUAACAAGCAUCUUGGAGGGAGACCCAUUGCAAAAUGGUUUCUCCGCCCCCCAGCUAGUGCUCUCUAAAUCUGCAAAAGUUUGCCUGAGAUUCUGUGAGGUUGGAGAACCACAUUCUUAUAGGGAGAGGGUUGAAAAUAGCAGUACCUACAAAUAAGGCAGGAAUGUUAAAGCAAGCAAAUAAACCAGACAAGCAGUUUGGUUGCCAGUAGGAUAAAAGCCGUUUUCUAUUUCCAAAAUUGCAGUGCAAAGAUCUGUGCUGGUCAUCUAGCCUUGGAGAAAAUCCCCACAUUUCCAUCAAAGGAACUAUUACACUGCCCAAGCCAGUGCAAUUCAGAUGCUCACCAAAGGAAGCUUCCAGUGUAAGUGACACUUUAAAAAAAUCUUGAUUCCCCCCCCCCCAUCCCCAUAUGUGAAUCACUGUUUUCAAGAACUGCUAGAGAUCCCCCCACUGAAUCUUACAGGCCAAUAGCCCUAGUCAGUCAAGAUGAAGGAAUCCUGUCUGCUGGUCUUGUGCAGAGGCUAAAUUGUUUUAUCACUUAAUUAUAUCCAUAGAGACCAAACCAGCUUUAUGCCAGGGUGUCAUGUAAGGAACUAUUCAGUGGCUACUAAACCUUGUAAAUUUUUGCAAACACUUGGGGACCCCUGUUGUCCUCUCUCUGGGCAUUUUCAGCGCUUUCAAUAGUUUUAAGUUUCAUGCUCUCUCUGUGUUAGAAAAGCUGCAAAAUGGAGAAGGGAUUUUGCACCUGGUAACAUGGCUCUAUUCUAGUUCAAAAGCGGUAAUUAGAGUUGAUACCUUUGAUUACUCACCAGUUGCUCUGGAUAGGAUGGGUGGUGCCCCUUAUUGCUUCCCUUGUUCACAGUGGCAGAGUCUGGACCAAGCCUGACAUUAAAAGGCACACAUAGACUCUUCACUGAUCUUAUAACGUUAUCUGACCUAGAGAGAGGUCCGCAGGAGCAGGAGUUAGAGUCUUUUAAGAGCGUAGCAGGACUAGAAGUCAAUUACACCGAUUUGAGAGCCAUGUGCUUCAGUUUAACAUGAGAAAAUGAGUGUUUGCUGGUCCAUAGGGCUGAGCUUACCUUAAAGGAGGCUACUUUUAAAUAUGAGUGUUGGUGACUCUAAAGAUAUUGCACAACUUAAGAGGCAAAAUAAAGGCCCAUUGCUGAACCAUCCCACCAGUGUAACAACUUUGCUGUCCAUUCAGUGCAGUAGAACGGUCUGUGUGCCUCAUUGCUUAUGGCAUUUGCCGUCAUGUGGAUAACUUGGGCAGCAAUGUGAUUUUGGGAGGAUUACAAACUCUUACUGGUAGAGUCUCUAUGCCUCUAACAGCUGCAUUAAAAAAUUUAAACCUCCUUCCAUCUCUGAAUCCCUAUAGCAGAGUAAGUUUUGCCUACUGAUUUCUGCCUGUUAUGCAGCUGUUAAAGGCACAGAAGCCCUGCCAGGGAAAAAAUUGACAACCCUAUGUUUUUCCAGAGUUCUGUUUUUCUAGGGUCCCUCCCCUUGUGCAUUAAAACAUACCAUGCAGCAUGUUGCUGUGAUCUUUUUGUUUUGCUUGAGCUUAAGCCAGGGACAAGUGUCAACACCUAUCACUUCAAUUACAUCUAUCUGUCACAGUCAGAAUCUGGGGGAAAUUACACAGUUGUGUGCAUUUAGGUUUUUGAUUUGGGCUUCGUUUUCAGAGGCUUCCUGUGAAGUCUUGAGACCUUCUCAGAACUGUUAAUAGCUGCUUGAUCAGUCCUGGCAUGAGCCUUAUGUCCAUACUCUUUCCCCUUCAGUUCUCCACGUGUAAACAAUGACAUUCCAAAAAGCAUCAGGCUUUGUUCUCUGGGGAACUUUCCACCCCAUGAGUUCAUCACAGCAGAUGUAGCAUUAUCCAUUAUCCAGGCAGUUCUAUAGGACCAGCCCACGCUUUAAGAUUGACAUCUGAACUCCUGCUUCCUAUCAUGUUGUUACAUGAGAUUAUGCAACCAGUGGAGAUCUGACAGGUUCCCUCUUUUUUGUUCUGUUCAUAAGAAUCUUUAUUAAUUUCUGCAGUCUGCUGCUUUUAUGGAAGCUUAUGGAUCGUUUCUCCUUAAUUUUUUGGUCCUGCCUUUGGUCCUGCUAGUUUUAAAAGGGUGCUUCCCCACUGCUUUUGGAUGACUGCUAAUGUACAAAUAGCACCAGAGAUGAGAAUCUAGGUGUUACAAUCAACUGGAAAGCUCCUAUUGUUUAUUUCUAAACUGCCAUCCGCUUUAAUAAAGCGCUAUAGUGCUGCUGGUGUGUUUGCUGUUAGGAUUAGGUUCACCGUUUUGAUUGCUCCAUUAUAUAAUUAUUAUCCUUUCCUUGUAGGAAAUUGAAUUCAUGGAAACAUUUGUAUUUGCCAUCAAACUGCAACUUCUGCAGACUGCGAGGCUUGUCUUCAAAGUACAAGCUCAGAUUCCUAGGAAGAAAACUAUCGGGGAAUGUGUUUUGCCGCUGCGAGAGCUCAGCUCACAAGAAACAGACAACUGGCUGGCAGUAGCACCUCCUUCCAAAGCUUCAGUAAGUUACUGUGUUCUAAGGAGCAUUGGAAGUCAUCUGGAAUGAACAUUGCUUAGGGCACAUCUGAGUACUGACUAGGAUUCUGAAACUGAUCCUUUAUCAUCAUUUUAAAAGCAACUGCAUUGAUCCUGAAAAUACAACAAACAAAUUGCUGUUUACUUCUUGUGCCUUCUACUAAGUUAUUCCUUGAUAACUAUCAACAUGAUAACCUGAAUGAAGAACCCCCUGGCUAUGUUAACUGCACUUUAAUAAUAGGUUCUGCAUUCUGAGGUUGGAUCACAGAAAAAGACUCUGCCCUUCCUUGAUGCAAGAUGGGUAAUCCUAGAUAACUUGGAAUGUAAGAAAACUAAGGGCUUGUCCACACUUCUGCUUGUCCUGUGUUGUUAAUAAUAAUAAUAAUAAUAAUAAUUUAUUACUUAUACCCUGUCCAUCUGACCGGGCCUCCCCAGCCACUCUGGGUGGCUCCCAACAGAAUAUUAAAAACACAAUAAAACUGCCUUCAGAUGUCUUCUAAAAGUCAGGUAGUUGUUUAUUUCCUUGACAUCUGAUGGGAGGGCAUUCCACAGCGCAGGUGCCACUACCAAGAAGGCCCUCUGCCUGGUUCCCUGUAACCUCACGUCUAACCAUGAGUCCGGGCAGUUUUGUCUUUGCCCUGCUGCUUUCCUGCAGGAAAAAAACACUCUUUAGCACUAACUCAGAACAAACAUAAAUCUGGGGAAAACACAGUUGAUGUUUUCUCUGAUUCAGCAGUAAACAGUGGGAUUUCCCCAGGGGAAAGCAGUUGGGGAAGCGUGGAUGAACACUAAAUUAUUGGUUCCCUGUAGUAUACAGCUGUUGCAUCUCAUGCAAUACACCUAAGCACAAUUCAGUAAAAUUAAUUUAUAUUCUAUUCUGAAAAAUCUAUGAACGUCAUAGAAUAUCACAACCUUGAAAUACAACUGCUCUUUGGCUGAUGGGUAACAAUCAGGUGUUCUGAAAACAUUUAAUUCUUCAUGAAAUAAUGAUUUUUAAAUGGAUUUUGGUUCUUAGUAGUUCUCUGUCCUGGUAAUCAGCUCUUCCUUUCCUCCCUGAGAUUGUGUGCUCUGAAGCAAAACUUGAUUUAGGGAGAAAACCUCCAUAAUCUGUAGCCAACAACAACUGGUUGCUAAGAGUUCUGAGGAAAACAUUGUGAAUCUUUGGCUAAUUUAUGGUGUAUGCUGAAUCUGAAACUGUUACAGCUGCGAUUGACAGAGGCAAUAAACCUUUUCUUUAACUGUACUUGGGCAUGCUUAUGACACAGAAAAAUAGGGAUUAGAUAGGCAGAUGUAUUCAACCUACCAGGUGGUGGGUGGAUUUUAAUUAUGGAGCCUUGCUACUAUAGAGUUUUACACAAAGGAGUCAUAUUGUGGCCUCACGUAUUAAGCUUUGGUGGGACAGGUUCCAAAGAACCAUGAAAUUAAUUUUGUGAGUCCAGUGGAAUUGCUUUUCUUCUAACAACAGCCUGUGGGAGUGGAGGUGGGAAUCCUGCUGUCUAAAGAAAAUAGAUUCCACAUUGCUGGUGCAAGCUUCUUUCCAUGAGCUUAUGUGGCUGUUUGGAUUCUGGCUUAGAAAUUCUAACACAUUUGGCAGGGUUGUGACAUUUCAACCCAGAAUGUGCACGAGCCUACCGGUCCAACACUCCCAAGUAAGCUGGCAUUCCUCGUAUGCGUCAUAACAGAAAGUAAUUCAUAACAUCUGAUCUCUUCACUUAUAAUAUAGACCUUCUGUUUCAGAGCUGUACAACUUGGCUCAGAGUUAAAUGGAAUAUGACUUUGCAUUCUUAUUUUCCGUCCAGGUCUCCCCUGCAGAAAUGAAAAUAGGCACCUGUUUUCAAGCAGUAAACAGUAGGAUCCAGUUGCAAAUUUUUGAAGCCCAGAACCUCCCAAGCUCCACCACACCACUGUCUUCAAGUAAGUAUUGCAAUGAUUUUAUAUGUCCUUUUCUAGAAUACUUUGGCAGCGUAGACAAGCAGUUUGAUUGCCAAUAGUAUAUAGAUCAGCCAUUGUCAGUAUUUGACAUAAAGUCACCGGUGGAGUGCUAGCUAAAUUUUACUUCCGUUAUAUAUAUAUCUGUUCCAGUAGAUAUUCUACUGUCUGUGUUUGGUAUGCAAAGCAAGCAACAUGUUUGUUUUAAUUCUGUAAUAUAAGAGUAGUAUUUAUACAGUACUCUGAUAUGUAUGGAGAGGUGCUCUGCCCUGUGUAUGAAAAUAUGAGUAAUAAGGGAAGCAACUAUACUAUUCUUGCAACCCCUCUCUUGCUCUUUUAUUAUAAAUAAUCUAAUUCAUAGGUUCUGCUACACUCUCUGGUGCAAGUCUGAUCAAAUGCUAAAGGUUUAAGAUGUCCUAAAUUUUAGUUGCACCAGUUCAGUUCUAUGGGAGAAAACAGGCAGGCAGGACUGCUGAGGAUAAGGGGAAGUCCCUCCUUUAGAAAACUGUGACUGUGAAGAAUAUUUUAGUCCCUAUUCCAGUGAUGAUGAUGAUGUUGUUGUUGUUGUUAUCAUCAUUAUUAUUUAUUUUACCUGCCUGCCUGCUAUCUCUUACUGCCAUUUUCUUCCAUGCUAGAUUAUUUUGUAAAGGCUGCCAUGCUUAGCACUGAAGGGCUGGUUGAUAAGAAAAAGACCCGGCUACUGAAAUCCACAAAUGGUCGAGUGAAGUGGGGAGAAACUAUGAUUUUUCCAGUGAGCAACAAUGAACAUGGGAUAAACUUCCUCAUCAGACUAUACAGCAGGAGCUCAGUGAGAAGAAAACACCUUCUGGGACAGGUUGGUUUAUUUGUGUGUGUGUGUGCGCACACACACACACACACACACACACACACACACACUAUUAAGCUGGAAAUUAACAUGAGUCUGAAGUUUUAGAAGUUGGUUAGGUCACAUCUCUGCUUUGGCGCUAUGCUUUUUAAAAACAAAAAAAUUCCUUCUGCUUAUCAAAUCUUGUGAAUUUCAGCUUCAAGCUUCUUCCUGUGAAGUGCUAGUUAGUUAGCUCAACUUGAGACUAGAUCUGGGAUCCUAAACUCAAAAUCCAAAUGGAAUGGACUUUGGCUUUGAGUCCUGGGGGACCUGCUCCUUGCCUUGCAGGCCUUUUCCCACUUGGCCAGAGGGUGCAGGGCCCUGACUGACUCCAGCUACAGAAGCUGAGGAGGCCAGAGACCAUAUUGUCUGUCUCUUAGUACAUACCCAAGUCAUGGACCCUCAGCCACUGCCUGCCAUGGACCACCAUUGGCUGGAUUGGCAGCAACAGCUGCAGAUAUGUUCUAUAAGCAUAGAAGACAUCUGAAGGCAGUCCAGUAUAGGGAAGCCUUUUUAAAGUUUAAUGAUUUUAUAUGUUGGGCAACCCAAUCAGAUGGGUGGGAUGCAAAUUGUUGUUGUUGUUUCUUAAUUAUUCUCUUGUUAAUUAUGCUGUUUUAAAUAUGCAUUUUAUCUCUGCCUUCCUUUAAUAAUGUUUUAUUUUGAAACGUUUAAAAUAUUUUUUUUUGUUAACUUUGCUAUGCUAAAUGUGCAUUCUGCAGUUGACCUCCAUUGUAAUAUUUUAUUUUGAAAUCUUUUAAGAUAAUAUUUUAGUUUCCUGUUAAUUAUGUUGCCUUGAAUGUAUACUUUAUAUUUGACUUUCUUCAGUAAUGUGAUGUUUUAAUGUGCUGUACAGUGGUACCUUGGGUUACAUACACUUCAGGUUACAGUCUCUGCUAACCCAGAAAUAUUACCUCGGGUUAGGAACUUUGCUUCAGGAUGAGAACAGAAAUCAUGCUCCGGCAGCGUGGCGGCAGAAGGAGGCCCCAUUAGCUAAAGUGGUGCUUCAGGUUAAGAACAGUUUCAGGUUAAGUACGGACUUCCGGAACGAAUUAAGUACUUAACCUGAGGUACCACUGUAAAUGAUUCUGAGAUUUUUUUCCUUAAAAAUAUAAAGUGAUACAGAAAUGAAAAUAUAAUAAUAUUAAUAAUAAUAAUAAUAAUAAUAAUAAUAAUAAUAAUAGGUUUCCCAACCAGUGGCUCCCAGAAUCCACAUGCAUCAUUUCCCCACAAAAAAACCAUCAAGCUAGCUGUUUGUUCAGGUUAUACCCAAUGCCUAUGCACAUACCCUAUUACAGGGUGCCAUAUUACGAAAGAUUACCAAAGGCUGCCCCUGCCAAGUUCCUCCCCAGAAUGGCUGAUGGAGAGAGGAAUGUCCUUUCACUAUAUUAGCACAGUACGGAUCUUUUAUAGCAAAAGCCUAAUCCGUCCCUGAAACCUCUACCAUAUCCAGUGCAGGUAACACCUCUAAUUCUGCAUUAAUUGUUCCUCACAAGUAAUGGAUUUCCUCUAGCUAUCAUGAGGAAUAUGGGAAAGUGGCAAUGAAGCUGUGGCCUUAUUUGAUCCAAAAGUAUGUGCCUUGACGUGUUUUUCUCCCCUGAGUCGGGGAAGUGGGGGCCGUGGCCACGCAAGCUGCAGAUUCUGUACAUUCCACUGCUGUGCCCUUCCCCUUGUCCCUCUUACGUUCACUUGCACCGCUUGACUUGUGCUGUUCCUCAGGAGGGGACAAGGAUGACUCCUGCUUUGGCAUGUAGUAGAAGACACUGGUGACUUAGCCCUUUUGUCCUACAAAGGCAGCAGAUUAUAGCCCUGAAUAUGUAGAGUGUGGAAGGGGCAUACCCCGUGGCCCCCCCACAGGACCUGAUAAAGCCCCUGGACCGUACAUUUCAUACUAGUGGCCUGGCAGAGGUGGCCAAUUGAUGUGAACAGGAGCAAAGAGCCCAACAGACUCCUAACAUAGGCUUCCUGAAAUGAAACAAGUCACACAUUUACUAGUGGAGGGCCAUUGAUGUACAAGGAGCUGGUUAUCUGUUUGCAUUACUCCUAUUGAGGAGGAAAUGUCAGCUCACAAUUCCUCCACCAGCUGAGUAGGGCAAAACUGUGUUUUUAAAGUGUUGCUUCCUGAUUGUAUAAUAGAGUAAGCCUUCCAGUGUAAGGGAAGCUGCUCCCUGUGAGUAGAUAGGAUUGUCCUUCACCAAACUGGCUAAUAAAACGUGAACUGCGACUCUCUCGUGUGAAAUAUUGAAACUAACUGACAUUUAAUCUUAACAGUCUUGCAUGAGAUGCAUAAAUCAUGCACACUUCCAAGUACGGUAAAAUCUCAUUUUGCAAUCUCCCCUACCUCUUGCCUCCUUCAACAACCCAGAAAGCACAAUUGGACAGCUUUAAUAACAUGUUCUGUUGCAGACAUGUGCUUCAGGGAUGUUUCCAAAGCACAGGCGUCCCCCAACUUACACAAGGGUUAUGUUCUUGGCCCCCGUGUGCAUAAGUGAAAUCGGGUAAAGUGGGGAGCACCCUUUAAACGCUCUCUCUGCUGCUACUGUAUCCAAAAAUAUCCACACAUAGAAUUAAAGAGGCUGGGGGGCACGUGGGGGAAAGCAGCGGCAGCUGUUGCACAUCAGCUGUUAGGCAGGGAAGCUGAAAGCCUCAACUUCCGCAGAGGGAGUGUCUAAGCAGAGCGAAGGUUAAAGCCCAUAAAAGCUGGGCUGGAGGUUAGCUUUUUGUUUGUUCUAUACUCCUAAGAACAUAAGAGCCUUCCUGGAUCAAAGGCCUAUCUAGUCCACCAUCCUAUUUGCCAUAGUGGCCAUCUAGGUGCCUGUGAUGAUAACCCUAUAAGCACGAAGGCAAUAGCACUCUUCCACUGUUGUUCCACAGCUAUUGGGUCAUGCUGCCUCAGACCUUGGAAGAAGCAUGCAACUAGUAGCUUUAUAUUCCAUGAAUUUGUCUAGGCUUCCUUUUAAAGUCAUUUUAAGUUGGGAAGCCAUAAUUGAUAGCAGUGAAUUUCUUCUGCAAUGGAGCAAUAUUAUUUAAAAACAGCAGCAGCAACAGGCCAUUAUAGUAAUCCUUUGAACACCCCCCUCCCACAAAAUACCAUAGAAAUAUAAAAUCAGAUAACAUCCAUGGAAACAUGCCAAGCCUUGAGAGGUUAUCUGGCUACAAUGGUUGUUUGCAUUUCAGUCUGUUUCUUUAUUGUGAUGUGUUUAUACUUACCUUGUUUUAACGUAUUGUUUUCUUAUGUUGUGUAUCUGCUGUUGUAAACCACCUUGGGGAUUUGCAUGAAAGUAUUUUAAACGAUCAGAUAAAAUGGACAACUUACUACAACCCACAGCAAUGAUCCAGAUUUUAAAAAACAAACAUGUAUAGACUGUUCCCCGCGUGUUUUAGCUUUUUCUUUUCUCACACUCUGUAUUUAUGUACAGUUUUUUGUUGGUAUGGUGACCAACAAGAUAAAUGUCAAAGAUGGCUUUUUGGUGUGACCUUUGUAAUGACCCCUGUGAUUUCUCUUCCUCUGCAGGUCUGGCUAAGCAGUGACAGCAACAAUCCUGAAGCUUCUGCUCAGUGGAGAGACACAAUUGCCAAUCCAGAGAAGGUUGUCGUUAAGUGGCAUAACGUCAAUCCAGCAUGACGCUGGUGUGGGCAGUACUUUGGGAAUUCAUUGGGACUUGAGCCAAGAGGCUUUUGCACUUACUUAAAAUAAACAGUCAUCCACUAAGACAGAAGGAAAAUAAAUACCUGCGUUGACUGGUGUGUAAGGUCACCUCUGGAGAGGAAAGCAAGAGAAGGUGCUGUAGUGCUGAAAAAAAGACACAAAGUGAAGAAUCUUCACAAUAUCCAUGGAAUACAGAGGUCAUCUUGGGAAGUUAAGGGCCCAACUACUGAUCCUUUUGAUAAGGAUUAAAAGAACUUUCGUAUAUUUAUGUUUAUGUUAGCUUUUCUUCUAACUUAAAGAUCUAACUCCAAAAUGACUUUGAAGACAUUUUCCUUUUCUCCAUUGAAAACCCUGCCUCAGUUACUGUUUUCUUUCUAAAACUGUUAUGAGGGCACCGCUUAAUAAUUAUUGCAGACAUCUCUUAGCAGUCAUCCCUUCGUGUUGAGCAAGAGAUCUAAGACAGGCAGCAGGGGGCAGAUUAGUAUUUUACUGUUCAGAAUCUUGGAAUAAACUUUUUAAAGUAAUUUUGAAGAAUGCUUGCUUGUCAUGAGCAUUGGGCUUUAACGUGAGGGAGGGCUGGGCAUUUCAAGACAACUCUUGCUGCAUGCAGAGAGGCUUUCAGUGCUUCUUCAAAGUGCCAGAUCAUAGUAAAAAGGUAAAGGUAAAGAGACCCCUGACUAUUAGGUCCAGUCGUGACCAACUCUGGGGUUGCAGCACUCAUCUCGCUUUAUUGGCUGAGGAAGCCGGCGUACAGCUUCCGGGUCAUGCAGCCAGCAUGACUAAGCCGCUUCUGGCGAACCAGAGCAGCACACGGAAACGCCGUUUACCUUCCCGCCAGAGCGGUACCUAUUUACCUACUUGCACUUUGACGUGCUUUCGAACUGCUAGGUUGGCAGGAGCAGGGACCGAGCAACGGGAGCUCACCCCGUCGCAGGGAUUCAAACCGCUGACCUUCUGAUUGGCAAGUCCUAGGCUCUGUGGUUUAACCCACAGCGCCACUCGCAUCCCCCACCAGGUUAUAGUACUUGCUCCUAUUUGGGGGCCUAAGACUUAACUCACUGUUGUGAGCCAAGAGAUGGAGUAACAGCAAAUGAAAGUCUUUGCUCCUGUGAAGAAUGAAAGUAUUCUAACCUAGGAGGAAGAUUGUGCAUUUAAUAAAUGCUGGCUUGUGGCGCUGCAUUGUGAAAUAGUGAAAUGUUUACUGGCAAAAAUGCUCGUGAAAUGUUCAACCCUUUAAAGUGCUAUCAUAUGUAAUUUUAGCAGGCAGAUGUGAAUAGUUAAUUGUAAUAUGGAUACAAUAAGUUGAAUAUGAAGACACUAUGGCUAGGAUGGAGAACCUUUAGGUCUCUAGAUGUUGUCCCAGCCGGCAUGGCCAAUGAAUGCUGGAGCUGUAGCUCACCAACAUCUGGAAGGUAACACGUCAGCCAUCCCUGAUGUAUGAACAUGCUUAACUGGGUCAAUAGCUAAGGUUUCCAGUUGUAAAUCCUGUACCAUCUAACUUCUUAGAGCACUAUGGUAAAAGACUGCAGAACUGCCGUGAACAAAGGAUGCCGAGAGUGCAUGUCUAGUUUGUCCUAAGUUGAUGGUUCCCAUCUAGCUCAUAUCAAUCAUGGCUAAACAGUUUAUAAUUUUAUAAGUAUUUAAGUAAUUAAAGCUGAUAAUCUCAGUUCUUUGUCUGGUUUGAAAAUUAUGUCUGGGACGAUAUACCUGAAAGGUCAAUGGUGAAUGAACCAUAAAUGGUAGAUUAUUGUGGGUUUAAACAAACAGAACAGUGAUAAAACAGAGGGAUAUUUUUACAAGAGACAACACAGCUGUUGCACUGCCUGUACUGGAAGGAAAUAAGCUGUGAUUAGACAAUUGCAUUGACAAACAUGUUUCUUCUAAGCUAGAAAUAAACCAGGUGACAGACUGCCAAGGCACAUCAGAACUAGUGUAGGAAAGGCUGUGGCUCAAUUGGAAGCUGUUCCUACAUGAAGGUCUGGGCACAUUCCGUUUGAGAGAAUGGAGGGGAAUUUGGUUUCGUGAUUAUAUUGUUAGAAAAGUUGGUGCCUCCCCCUCUCUCUGCCGAGUGGUGGCAAGAACCCAUGGGCUUCCACGCACUCACCCAGGAUCUGUGUUCCUUUGGAGAACUGAGACAUGGCAGAGACUGUCAUAGCUUUAGUAAAUAUGGUCUAUUCACCUAUUUACACCUCCAGUCUACAUAAAGGGAGUCCAGGUCUUGUAGCAUGGUCAUUUCAAGAGGGGUUUGUCCCCCACAGCAGUGCAGCCAGACUUCAGCCAGCCUGCCCAAAAUGGAUCCCAGUCUUUCUUUUCUUCUUCGUUCCAGCAACCCUUGCUCAAAACUCUUUUCCUGUCGCCUCGCACCCAGUUACCCUGGCAAGCUUCCAAACCCCCAGUCUCUGUUCACACCUCAGGGUAAGAGGGGAGGACAGAUCUCAUGCAUUGCCAAUAGCCCUCUUGUUUCUUAACGGCCCUACCUUGUAUGGGUGCUGGACAAACUUCCCAGGAGGCUGAGGUGCCCCUAAAUUUAUUUGACCUGGUGUGAAUCCUCAUGCUGGUUGCUUCCUGGCUAUAUUUCUGCUUCUGGGUAGCUACUAGGACACACAGCACACAUGUAUGCAGGAAUCCUAAGAGUUUGGGCCACUUGAAACAUUUUGCAACUACAACUAUUGUGGUAAAGUUGGCAUCCCCCUAUAUUAUUUAUGGAUUGCCAGUGGCGUAGGGUGGGUUGCCAACACCCGGGGCCACGUGGAGGGAGGGGAACUGACAAAAGUAUACAUGCACAUUCCACUGCUUAACGGCAUCUGUGUCACCCAGAAGAUAGCUGCCACAGAGAUAAGAAAAGAAGAGUCAUUCCAUUGUCUGGAGAGGUAACUUCCUGGUUCACAUGGAGAAGCUGUUUUCAAUGGAGCCCAUCGAUGGAAGUGUGCAGCUGUAUUGAGGCAACACCAGGUAUUGAAAUUUUGCGCCCGUAACAAUUUUGUGCUUGGGCAAACACUCCUGUGCUCCUCUCCCCAUGCUACGCCAUUGUAUAUUGCUACAUUUCAGGAACACUUUCCACAGUAUAAAGCUUAUUUAGGAAGCCAAUUUGUCCAUAUUUAUGGGAAGAAGAAGAGGAGGAGGAGUUUGGAUAUGAUAUCCUGCUUUAUCACUACCCUAAGGAGUCUCAAAGCGGCUAACAAUCUCCUUUUCCCUUCCCCCUCCACAACAAAUACUCUGUGAGGUGAGUGAGGCUGAGAGACUUCAGAGAAGUGUGACUAGCCUUAGCAGCUGCAUGUGGAGGAGCAGGGAAGCGAACCCGGUUCAUCAGAUUACGAGUCCACCGCUCUUAACCACUACACCACACUGGCUCUUCCAAGGCAAGCUAAUAUGUACAAACUGAAACCUCCAGUUUAAAAUGGAUACAGGCUUCAGCAGGUGGCAAAGGACAAAAGCAAAUACACUUUUUAAAAGCGUUCCCUUGUGGAAGCAGGUUGCAUACGGUUGUCAUUACUGUUUCUGAUUCCUAUUCUAAUAUCUGAAAUUGUUUAGGGAAGUUUUUAAUGACUGAGGUUUUAAUGUAUUUUUAAUCUUCGUUGGAAGCUGCCCAGAGUGGCUGGGGAAACCCAGCCAGAUGGGCAGGGUACAAAUAAUAAAUUUUUAUGCUGGAUGCUGCAAUAUUUGAGCAUCAAGCCAUGUACACGUUACUGACUUGAAACGCAGUGAGGUUGUUUUCCUCUUCAGGUCGCAUUUGCACCUUGCUGUACACAUCGGAAGACUUGAGUGGAUUUAUUUGUUUGUUUGUUAUUCUGCCCUUCCUCCCAAAGAAGCCUUGGAGUAGGGACCUAACAGACCUUCUGUUUGCAAAGCACUAUGUACAUAAAUGGUGCUGUAUGAACAAAUACUUGAUUUGUAUUUGCAUCGAAAUCUAUUACAUUUAAAACAUACAAUACAACAUACAUUUUGCUCUCUGCAGUGGUUAUUAUAUGGGCUAUUCCUAUUUCACAGACAGUGCCAGUGCUGGCCUUCAGGGUGUGUGUUUUUUAGCACAGCAUUUCUGAUGCCCUCCCCAUAAUCCAACAGAACCCGUCCAUGCUUUCUCUGCUGCAGUUGUGAUGCCAGCUACUGCCCUGGAUCAAGCCCUUGGUCAUGCCUAGUGCAAAACAGGAAACAGUGUUUUGAAUGGGAGCUAAGUGCAAGUACAAGCUUCCUCCUGAUUCUUGAUCUCUGUCAGCAUUUGAUACCAACGGCCAUGAUAUCCUCCUAAUCUGGCUUGGUGGGUGGAAAUUGGGGGCCCUGUAUUACUGUGGUUCCAAUCCUUCAGGACCAAGUCCAGAGAGCAGCACUGGGAGAGUAGCAUUGGCCCCCUAGCAUGUCAUGGAUUUCUGCUCAGUAUUGAUCCAGAACAGAUUCCAAUGUAUAGUUAGCAGAGUAACAACUUAAACAUGUUGUAGGAUUCCCAAAAAUAGAUCAGAGGCAAUUAAUAUUUCAUCCAGCAGAGCUUUACUGCUACUGAAGGCAAAUGAAAAUAAUGGUCACAAAUCCAAUACAUUCAGGAUUGGCACUGUCCGUAAGAAAUCCAGUUGCUACAGACUUAACUUAAACGUAAAGGUGUAAAGCUAAAGGUAUCCCUGACCAUUAGGUCCAGUUGUGGACGACUCUGGGGUUGUGCGCCUAUCUCUAUCUAUAGGCCAAGGGAACUGGUGUUCAUCCGCAGACAGCUUCCAGGUCAUGUGGCCAGCAUGACUAAGCCGCUUCUGGCGAACCAGAGCAGCGCAUGGAAACGCCAUUUACCCUCCCGCCGCAGUGGUACCUAUUUAUCUACUUGCACUUUGAGGUGCUUUCAAACUGCUAGGUGGGCAGGAGCUGGGACCGAACAACGGGAGCUCACCCCGUCUACAAUAACUUAUAAGUCUAAAUCUUAACACUAAGCAUACUAUGUACAGAACAACACACCAGAAGGAAAAUAGAAAGAGAAAAGUGAAACCCAGGCUCCUUCUGGCCUUACUUUUUUAGUCAGCAUGACCUUGAUAACAGAACCAGUUUAAGCCAGCUGUGCUCAGCUUCUCUGAAGGAAUAACCAGCGCUUUGUUUCUGGGGGGAUACAGGGGUAGACAAACCCCUAAACAUUUUGUGAGUCUACGUUUGGCCUCAUUGAGGGGCAGUAUUUCAAUCUGAGUAAGAAAAUGAGAGUACCCCUAAACAUUUUUUUAAGCGGGGAAAAGCACUGGGUAUAACCCAAACCUUCUGCUUGUUUCUUUCACACAGAGAAGCUUCCAGAACCCUCUUGAAUUUAUUAGAAUAGGAAAGAUCUCAACACAUCAGAUCAAUACUUUCUGCACUAAGAAAUGCAAACUGACAGUAGCAAUGCUGGACUAGAUGAAGAGGUUCCUCUCUGCUCUUCGGAUGGCUGAUUUGUAAAAUUCCUUAAAUUGUAAGAGAAAAAUGUCACCAGAUCACAGCUGUUUACCCUGCUUCCCCAAUUUGCAGGAAAUGUGUGUGCUUGACUCACUUGUGAUUAUCCUUUUACUGAAUGAAGCUAAACUAAGCUGAGGCAAGGAAAAGCCUUUUCCUCCUCCAAGCUACCACCAGGUGCCAGUUUGAGGCUUUCUGAGUGAUCCGGAAUCACAGCUAGUUAUGCAACAGGCAGGGCCAGACGCCAGUACUUUGUUUAAGAAGGGAGUGAAAGGAGCUGACUGACGAGCUGGUGAUGCCAAUAGUGACGUCAUGUACACACCUCAUGAAUAAUCCCGGAUGCACACAGAUGUACUGCAUACCUAAAGCCUCUUUAUAAACUUAGCCAUCUAUAACAAACUAGCAUGGACCUCUGUUGCAUUUGGAUACUAUUCUGAAGUCAUUCAGAACAAUUGUAUUCUACAGCCCUGCAAGGACUUGCCACUUCAUAAUGGUGGAAGAUUGCAUGACUAAAUUACAGCCCCAUGUAAAAAAAAAACACCUCUCCCUGCUCAAAUAUUGUGUGGUCUGUUGUUUUUCUUUUGCCUCUGAACCUUUUCCUUCACAAAUAGUUUGACAGAAAUGUUAGGAGCAGUCAGUAAAUGGGAGUUCACACAAAUCGCAAACCAAGCACCUCAGCUUUUAUAACCUUUCAGUUAUUUUAAACCAAAAAAUAAAAAUAAAAAAAUUAAUAGGAGGCAGUGGCAGACAAACUGGCACUUCUCAGCUAGGAAGGGGACACAGCUUCUAACCCCAAAGAAUGGAUAAUAUCUUACAACACAUACUCUCCAACUCCAGUUUUCCUCAGCUCUCCCAUACACCAUGGGGAGUGAGAGGUAAAAAAAAACCCUACCAUGAACCGUACUGAUGAAGCCCAUGGCUAGAUAGGCAGUUUCCUGUUCAUGUCACCAUUAGCAGUCAGUGCUAUAUACUGGAGCCAGAAUGAGGUAUCUUGGCACCUGGGGCAAACAACAUGAAAAGUUCCCCUAAGCAAACCCCAUAUUUUAUUUUAUUAAAUAAAAUAUCAACAACAAUUCACAAAAUCGUAGAAUUGUGGAGUUGGAAGGAAUCCUGAGGGCCAUUUAAUCCAACUUCCUGCAAUGCAGGAAACUCAACUCAUCCAUGACAGAUGACCAUUCAACCUCUGCUUAAAAACCUCCAAGGAAGCAGAGCCCACCACCUUCCAAGGGAGACCGUUCCACUUGUUCCAAGUGCUUUUUAUCGUUUUAUUACAAGUAUGUUUCCAAGUUUGGCAAAGACUCCGUGGAUUUCAGGAGGUCUCAACUUCUUGCUGACUCAGAGAGAAUUGAUAGCACUUGGGCGCUUGAAUCUUUGGAUAUCUGAGGACAUUUCUGUAGGAUAUAAAUCACACUUGUAUUUUAGCACUAAAUAAUGUUGUUGUCGUUGUUGUUGUUUAGUCGUUUAGCCAUGUCCAACUCUUCGUGACCCCAUGAACCAGAGCACGCCAGGCACUUCUAUCUUCCACUGCCUCCCACAGUUUGGUCAAACUCAUGCUGGUAGUUUCGAGAACACUGUCCAACCAUCUCGUCCUCUGUUGUCCCCUUCUCCUUGUGCCCUCCAUCUUUCCCAACACCAGGGUCUUUUCCAGGGAGUCUUCUCUUCUCAUGAGGUGGCCAAAGUAUUGGAGCCUCAGCUUCAGGAUCUGUCCUUCCAGUGAAUACUCAGGGCUGAUUUUGUUAAGAAUGGAUAGGUUUGAUCUUCUUGCAGUCCAUGGGACUUUCAAGAGUCUCCUCCAGCACCAAAUAAUAAUCUCACCUAAAUGUUAAUUUUGUAUAUAGUGUGCAUAAUGUCAAUAAUAACAACAAUAACAUUAAUCAUGAUUUGGGUGCCCCCUUCACUCACAGGACCAUGGGGAAAAGUUGCUUGCCCCACCCUUGUUUUGGCCCUGUUAUAGAGCAAAUGGAUCACAGGCACUAGGCUGCUGCGUUUCAAGAUGGGGUGAACUCUUGAGUCCAACAGCCAGUGGUGUUGUACAGUAGGAGGGGGGAUUUUCUAUGUCUCCGCAUGACUUGUUGCAAUCCCCAAUUAAUAAUUCUAUUAGUCACCAUGAACCUUUCUUUUGCUAAACAAAUAUGGAACAUAAACAUGGAAGAUGAGCAAGACGCUUGUAUUAAUUCCAUUCUAAGUGUUUUACUGCCACAAAAAGUUAUCAGACUCUGACAGAAUAUAACACGUGUCUCUAUUAUUCUGCUCAGCUGGGCACAGGCAGGAGCGGAACUCUCUUCUCCCAAGUUGCCGAAAAUGUUGUGCUUUGCUGCCACAAAGUGUCUGUCGUAGAGAACAGCAAUGUUGUUGAGGAGCACACACACACAUCCACACACCUGUUCAGCUAGCUGGGAUUAUGAAUGCAUUGAAUUCUGUAUCACCUGUGCACUCCACCAACUCUUUUUGUCCUAGUCACUUAAAUGUGAGUUUUGCAGCAAACAGUGGGACAUCUGGGUCUCUCUUCGUUAAGAGGGUGUUGGGGGUAGGCGACUGGCAGGCCGAGGUUUGGGUGCCUGUAGCAGGUCACCACUGCAUUGCAACCAUCGUGUCCUAGCUGAAAGGAGCCCUAGGGAACUACAUUUCCCAGGCUCCCUGCUACUGCAGAUGUUGCUGUUGCUGUUCAUGGGCCGUAGGUAGAGGCUCGUGAGAGAGCAGAAGUAAGACAAAGUGAGAUGUUGAUGUUGCUGCAUGCUGCUCCUGUCCCACCAGAAAAAAAUGACACAGAAUUGCCUCCCCCUGCUGCCUUUUCUCACCAGAAGACACCUCUGUUGUCAUAGUUAAUGUGGAAUCUUGUCUGGUGAACCUGCUAUAUACUAUUGUUAUCAUCAUCAUCACUUUUAAUUUGUAUACCGUCUUUCUAUUUUACAAUACUCAAGGCAGUUUACAAGCUGAAGAAACAAAGAUAACAAUCUAAUGCCAUACAAAAAUGUGAUAAUAAAACAUAGCUUUAAAAUAAACAACCUACAUCAAAUAAAGUAACAUUCAACAAUUGUUAUGUUGUUGUUUGCAAGCUGAAACACCCACAAAAUGGAUGAAAGAAAUUUUAUUUUUUUAAAGAGAAUUGCUAAUGGAAGUGAUUCAUUUUUAUGACUAAGAAGGUGUUCAGCUAAGACAAGUUAUUCAGAGACCUGAGUUUUUUCUUCCAUUUGCUUACCAGUCUUUUAUUAGCUUCCCCUCUGCCCUAGCUGGAGCUCUCACUGGAUGGGUGGUUGAAGAUACCCUCCUGGCGUUCACUUUAGUCUCGCAACUGUGGGGGUUUUUGUUUUUGUUUUUAAUUUGAAAGACUCCCACUUCAUAUAGCUGCAUCCUAUGUGGUUCUAGCAACAGAUGAACUGAAGAAAUUAACAUGGAGGACAGGUCUCCUGUGUAGUUUUUGUAUCAGAGCCACUGACCCUUAUUUUUAUGUGAGGACUAUGGGAAGAUUUCCACGUAGCCUGUUCCAGCCACAUAAUUUUAAAUUCUGUAAAUCUAUCCCCUGUACUAGCCCACAAGCAUUGUGUGGACAGGCGGAGUCCCCCCCAACUCCAGGUGACUCCUGAGUGGAAUAAUGACUCAAGACAACAUGCUAUGGGAUUAAAAUUGGCCACAACUUUAUUAGGUUUCGGAUGUAGGGAGACCUUGGCUCAGGCAUUGGGCGUUUAUCCUUCCCAGUCCCCAGCCGGGGAUCUGGGAGACAUCAGGGUUAUCCAGAAUGUGUGGGGAUUGGGCUGGCUCUGGAGAACAUAUCUUCAAGCAGAGAGCCCGCCCUCCGUUUCGCCGCCGUUGGAGGGGAGAGCAAUGACAACCUCUUGGCGUAUGGCCAAUGCCUCCCUUCAAUACCCCUUUAAAGGGAAACCCUGGGAUCACCGCCACAAGGGUGGUUCACCGCUUCAUCUCCCCCCGCCCCCAAUUUAGGAAGAUAGACUAAAGGAUUCCGCCCAAGGCCUGAAACCACCAAGGUUGUGACGUUUUGCUACGGGGAAGGCAAAACCUGCCAAUGCAGGAAAAUUCCUUUCUGGCCCUUCAACAGCAACCAUGACGUAGCAGCGCCUGCGUACCAGUGGAGAAGAGGUUAACCUGCAAAAGAAGAAUUACGGUAACUGAGGGAGGGCAGGGUGGGAAAAGCUCUGGAGUCAACUGACGCUUCGCAGGUAAUAUUCACCUUCUGUCGUGUUGGCAGGGUGGUCCCUCCCCCUACCUGGCCAAUCCCCUGGCAACGCCUCCCCAGGCGGGAUUGGGCAGCUGGCUGAGGUAGGCAGAGACCUCCAGGUAUCCAGCCUGGGGAGGGCAAACCAGCCCGUACUACUGGGAGCCACACUGGGAUCCAGGGGGCUGCGUGCGACCACGCAAAAGGUGCCCCCCAUUUGAUGUGGGGAGCGGUCAUUUCUGAAGCUGGAUCAGUUUAUGAGUCCUGCUGCUAUUAGGAGUCACUGUGACGGAACUUGAACUCUUCCAACUGUCAUCCUCUGGAACCCAGGAUACAGGCAAACAGUUGGCUGGCUCUCUUGGAAGUGGGAAAGAUGGCUCAGCAAAACUGAUACAGCCUUGGCAAAGAAGGUACUUUAAAAUGUGAAGCGGUAUAGAAAUAGUUUAAAGAAAGAAAGAAAUGCUUCAUUUGGGCACAAGAUAAUGCCAAGUAUGGCACCCCCAUGCCAAUAAUACGCAAUAUCGCAAUUCAUUAAUCUGAUGAAGUAUUCACUCUUUCUGUUUAAUGAUAAUAAUGAUAUAAUUAUCUAUAUAAUUAUAAUUACAAGUUGCCAAUAUGGUGUAGUGGUUAAGAGUGCUUUAUAAUAUUAUUAACAUUGUAGGAAGGACAAAGAGAUUCUUUUGCAUAUAUUGAGAAUAUUAAAUAGGUCUUUGUUAUUACUUUGGUUUUAUCAUUAUGCUUGAGGCCUUCAAAUGAGUUUUUUUUUAAUGCAAAGACCCAUAUUUAGCUUUCACUUGUUCUACCAUAUGUCUCCAUUGAAAAAACAGGAGAAAUGGAGGUUGAGCAUUAUUGCUGCCUGUUCAUAAGAAAUAAUUUGAUCCUGCACAAAUCAGUUGCUUAUAGUUUAACAAAGUAGUCCAAUUUUUUAAAUCUAUUAUCUUUUCUUUUUUAAAAAAUAUAUCUUUAUUUUUAACGUUCAUAUCCUGCCUAUUCAUUCAUUUGAGAUCCGCACGGCAGCUAUUGACUGUAUGAAACAAACAAACAAAACAGAAAACAAAAGUAAUCCAGUCAUACAGAGCAGGAAUAGGGAACCUUUGUUUCCCAGGUGACAUUAGACUUCAGCUCCCAUCACUCCUAGAGAUGGCCACCGGUCAGAUGAAGUAGUAGAACAACAUUAGGAGUACAAGUUCCACAUCCCUCACAGAAACAAAGAUUUGUAGAGUUGGAAAGGGACCCUGAGGAUAAUCUAGUCCAACCCCCUCCAAUGUAAGCAUAUGCAGCUGUUUCAUACGGGGACUGAAUCCUUAAAUCCAAGACUUUACUUUUCCCCAGUGGCAUUCACAUGUAGUAGAGAAAGGCAAGGCAUUUAACUCAGGAUUGCAUUUGCAUACCCUCCAGCAUAUCUUCAAGGAAAAUAGAGGGACAUUCCGGAAUCAAAUCAGAAACCUGGAUGGCUUCUGCAAAUCCAGGACUGUCCCUGAAAAAUAGGGACACUUGGAGGGUUUGCAUCUGGGGUGGGAACUAAAUCUUCUUUCUGCCAUAGGUGAACCCAGGGUUUGGAACAGGAUGCAGGUUUCAGCUUGCAGUUUCCAUAGCACCUAAGGCGACUCUUUGAUGACCAAGCAUGUUGCUUUUACCUGCAUCCUUGUUGUCUUUCUUGAUCACUGUAUAUAUUGUGUGACUAUUGGGGGACCAGCUUUAUAUAUAGCUUUGAAUUAAAUGCACAUUUAUAUUAUUUUUACAAUUACAGAUGGCGCUGUUGCAGCUUUAUCUUGUGCUUACAGCUGUUCUACAGCUUUCAUCAGGACUUUCCUACAAUGUAAAUAGUAAGUUGUAUUUUACUUUAUUUCACCUUCCUAUUCUUGCGUACGGGUUAGUUACUAGUGCACUGAAUCUCGCAGCCAUGCAUUUGCAUGUGCUGUACUGUAAUCUGCACAGGACUCCAUAAAGAUCAGAACUUUAUUUUGUCCAAGUGAUGAUAGGGCCCACCUUUCAAACGGAAAAGUGUGCACACAGUUUUGGGAACUGAAUCCAGGAUUUUUUAAAAAAAAUUUACUGCAGCAGAUGCAAGAAGCUUCUUAAAAAAACCCCAACCUAUUAAAGAGCAAGAGAUAUUUGCUAAUGAUGUUGAAUGUGUGUUGUCUAGGAGUCAAGUGAGCCUCAGUGAGAGAGCUUGGGAAGAUACUGACUGAAGCACAAAGGUUAAUUUGGUUGUCCAAACCCAUGCAGUCUAGCCUUGGUUUAAAGAUUACCAUAAAUAUAUUAUUUAUUUUCUUAUUGCCCACCCUAAACCCUACGUCUCCCAGUAAAACUUCCUUCCUGAGACUGCCAAUAAUAUUGAAUGUUGUUACUGUGAUUAUUACUACUGUAUCACAAAAGCCAAUGCUAUCCAUUUCAGCCCACAAUUUCACUUUUGAUUUGAGUUUCAGUAUAUUCUAGUUCUGUAAUAUCAUCUUUGAAAAUAUUAGUGAUCAUAUUUUUUUCUCACUCAGUGGGGAGCAAUUCGAGUUUUUCUUGCUACACAGAAGAUUACUCUAUGACAUCUAAGACAAUUAAAUUGUUUCUUUCAGAUGGCACUUUGGUAAGUUUCCAGCAAUGUAUUUCCAGUUGCAAUUGAAUGGGGAGUAGCUCAGCAAAUACAUUGGUACCUUGGUUUACAACCAUAAUCCAUUGUAAACCAAAACAGGUUGUAACCCAAGGCACGCUUUCGCCAAUGGGGUCUCCCCCCCCAAAAAAGGGUUGUAAUCCAAAAAAAUGGACACGCACUUCCGGGUUUGACAUGGUUGUAAUCCAAAAAGGUUGUAAUCCAAAACGGUUGCAAACCAAGGUACCACUGUAACACACUUGUAUUAAGGCAGUGGGGAAUAACUCGCCAAUGCACCAUUCUUUGGUUCGGCAGAAUAAGUUAAUCAAUUCUUUUAUUUUCUUCCCCAAAUUUAGGAAAAGGAAAGGGAAUGAGAAAGUAAUUAAAAUAAGGGCAUGGUAAUAUUAUAUAAAUAAAUACAACAGUAAGAAAGAACUCAUCAUCAGUUCACAUUAUGGAUACAUAAUGUGCAUAAAUCAUAGAAGUUCAUUUAAGUUCUCCAAAUGUCCAGAUAGAUAUCCACGCAAAGUUGAUAUCUAGAUGAAAUAUGUUUAAAUGGAUUGUUAGCUGUCAUCACUAACUGAAUCGGAAGCGGUUAGACGAAGAAGCUUAGCUAAAUGGAGUGAACUAUUAUUGGUUGUUCAGACUCCCCUUGGAUCUAACAACACUGUAUGCAAUUUAAAGAAUUUUUAUUUAUUUAUUGGCAUCAAAACAAAACAUAGUCUUGCAGUUUGUUUAUUUAAAUAACAAUAAAAGGGUGUUCUAGUGUAGCACCCUGCUUGUGGUUAAUGCUUAGCUGGAAUGAAAUAUUCAACGCAGCAAUAGAGAAAUUAAAAUAAUAAUUUAUUUGUCAGACAAAUAAAUGAGAGACACAGUGGUAUAUGGUUACCAAAGCUCUGCCCACUCCAGCCCUGAUGGCCAGCACUUAUAUUUCCUCAGCCCAGCCCCCUUGCUCCCCCUUUGGCUGCCUCUGUCCAAUCAGCCUUGUUGAAAUUCCUAUUGGCUGUUUGCUAGAACCAAUCAUAAAAGAUACACCCAUUUCCUAUUACCUUUUAUGGGAGACAAAGAGCUAUAUUUCCUUCUAUCCAUAAAUGGCAGACAAGUAGCCAUAUAUCUUACAUUUGCCUCGACAAGGCACCUUAAUUACCAGAUCAUCUUUGCCCUAUUGCCCUAUUGCCCUAUUACCCCUUCACUCCAAAACAGAUGGCUAAAACAGAUGGCUCAUGGUUUUAAUUUUUUUCUUAAACAGAGAUCUUGGGUUCACCUUCUCACACACCAUUAAUGAAAUAAGAAUCUAACAUAAUAAUCUAACAUUUCUUACUUUCUAAAUCCUUUGCAUAAUUACAUUAAGCCAAUAUAUUUCAUACAUUAACAUAUAUAGCUUUUUAGAAGGAAAGGAACUUAGUAAAAACAGUUUCCAAAAGCAACCCCUUAAAUUUACACCCCCUUUCAAGCCAGCUGCUGUUCCUAUUAGCUCUUGCCCUUUAACCUUAUGAAAAUAUGGCUCAAGUCUAAUGGGAGGCACCUAGUAUUAUUUUCUGUUAAACAAUAAAUCUCACUAUUUACCAACUCUUAAUUGUGUUUUUGCAGCUUGAUUGUAUUCUGUAAUUUGUAUGGUCAGUAUAACCUUUUGCUCCCAGCCUGUAAUUUCCCUUUUACAACUUAGAAACGUGUCUCCUGCUAUAAGUCGAGGGGGGGGCUGUUUAGGAAGAUAAACAUCUGCCAAAGUACUUAGCCAGCUGGUUUCUGCCUGGCAUGAAAGAUACAAACAUUUACAAAUAUAUUUUUUAAGCUCAUUUUAAAAUGCAGCCCUUGAUCUGAUGCCUCAUUAGCUUCUGAACUUGCUGCAGCUAUGAAUAUAGCCAGGUAAUUUCUUUUACGUGCUGCAGGGCUAAUGAGUCUGGAAUCAAGAUUCUCAUGGAGCUAAACUAGCUCAGGGGUUGCCAACCUUUGGGGGGGGGCAGUGGGCACAUUUUGAAUUUGAAGGAAGUUCUGUGAGUACCAGUCACAAGAUGGCUGCCAUGGGGAGUGUGGCACAACACAUCUUGGCUGCUGUGGGGGGCAUGGAAAAACACAUAAUUAGUCACAGUACAGCCAUUGCUGCUGCUCCCACCCGCUUCCUGAACAGCCUCCCCGUGGUUGGCAAGCAAAUAGGAUGGAGCAACAGGCAAGAAGGGAAACCAUCCCUGCCAGUUUUUGCCCUGUGCAAAUCCUUCAAAACCAACCAGAUUGUGAGGGGGCAUUUUUUCUCUUUUGAGAUACAUUGGUACCUCGUGUUACAUACACUUCAGGUUACAUAUGCUUCAGGUUACAGACUCCGCUAACCCAGAAAUAGUACCUCAGGUUAAAAACUUUACCUCAGGAUGAGAACAGAAAUUGUGCUCCAACGGCGCAGCGGCAGCAGGAGGCCCCAUUAGGUAAAGUGGUGCUUCAGGUUAAGAACAGUUUCAAGUUAAGAACGGACCUCCAGAACGAAUUAAGUACUUAACCCGAGGUACCACUGUAAAACUUAAAAUAAAAAGCCAGAAGAAGGCCUUGCCUGAAGUAGUCUCUCCCCUCACAGGUCUUCCUCCAGGCAUUGCUCCCUUAUGAGGAGUCCCAGGGCUGGAGGGUGGGGUAAGGCAGGUGGAAGAAGGCCUGGCUUGGUGAAGAAAGCCUUGCCAACACUGCCUCAGGAUAUAGUCAGAGAAAGGAAGAGGAAGGAUGGCAGGAAGGGGCCUUGGGGUGCAACAGAAGGUCAAACUUAAACAUUUUAGGCGUUUUGGCUCAUUAAACCAUCUAUGGCCUUUUAAAUGUGUCUGUGGGGGAUUUAUUGUGGGAUUUUUUGCCAUUAUGUUAUGUAUUUUGUGCUUCUCAGGUAUAUUAAUUUGUUAAUUAUCAUUUUCUAUACUUUAACCCUAAACUUCCCAAUUCUCCAUGGCACACUUGCCCAUGCCAGCCAAAAGCAGGCAAAAUCACUUGAGAGAGGGCAAGGGCAAGUUUAUGUCGCAUAGCGGUAAAUUAAUCAACGCAGAGUCUUUAUAAACAGAAUAAAACUUUUACUUGAAGAAAAUAAACUUGUUCAGAAACAGCAUCGUUAAAGAGCAUACACAGAGUGCUCAUAGCAGCUAUCUUAGUCUUCAGAGAGGCACAGUCUUUAGUUACUGAUUAAUUGGAAUCCUGGAGCCGCUCGCUCUGUCUGCAACAGCUAUACGUUCACAUACAGUGGUACCUCGGGUUAAGUACUUAAUUCAGGGCUUCCUGUUUCGGGCGGUGGAAAAUGGCGGAUCCCACACGAUCGGACCUCAGCCGUUCCGAUAAUUCAGGGCUGAUAUGGGGGUAAUUAGCCCUGGCAGCCUCCCCAGGGCAGGGGAGGACUGUCUCGACGACCCGCGGUUUGCCCCAGAUUGCCGAUGUGGCAGACGGCAGGAGCACUGGGCACUUUUUUUACUGAGGUAAAGUUCUUAACCCGAGGUACUAUUUCUGGGUUAGCGGAGUCUGUAACCUGAAGCGUAUGUAACCUGAAGCGUAUGUAACCCGAGGUACCACUGUACUGAGCUGAGACUGACUCUGCUAGAGACUGCUAGAGACUGCAUUACAGACUGACGCCCAGAGAGAAAAUGGCUGCUUUAUAUAGGAAGCUUUAUAUAGGAAGACUCAAGAUGAGUCACGUGUCACAAUGAAUCAGCAAUUUACUGUUAGCAGUUACAGCUAGCAGCCAUGAAAAGAUUGUGUAGGCCUUGUUCCGGGCCUAUGCCUUGCCAGCUUCUGCCCUUAAAAACAUUUGUCUCAUGACAAGUUGUCCCACAAAAACGAGGAUUUCUACCCACCUUUCCUUUAUGACUCCUUUAAUUAUUAUUAUUAUUUAUACCCCACCCAUCUGGCUGGGCUUCCCCAGCUGCUCUGGGUGGCUUCCAACCAAAUAUUAAAAUACAGUAAUACAUCAAACAUUAAAAGCUUCCCUAAAGAGGGCUGCCUUCAGAUGUCUUCUAAAAGUUUGGUAAUUGUUGUUCUCUUAUUUAUUUAUUUAUUGCAGCUUCCGCUUUUGAAAUCAAUGCAGGUUGCCAUUUAAAGUUUUAAUAAUUCCAGAUGUUGUGGAUAUGUGCUUCAUAUGUUAAUCCUGGUUUUUUCCCCCUGUUAAAGACUGUCCGCUGUCAUUUGUAUAAUAUUAAUAAACCCGACACCGAGGAGAACAGACGGAAGAAUCUAGUUCUUUUUACUUCAGUUGGUCUUGCUCCCAGCAUCCAGAUCUUCAACAGUACCUACUCCAAAGUCUUCUACUUCAAAAUGACUCUGGUAAAGCAUUGCAGAAGGGCUCAUAGCACAUCAUUUACAUGCAGAAGGUCCCAGGUUCACUCCCUGGCUAUUUCCAGUUAAAAGGGAUCAGGUAGCAGGUGGUCACCUCUGCCUGAACUCAGGACAGCCACUGUCACCGGAUACUUAUUAAACAAUGCCAUAACAUUUGGCUGGAAACUUACAGUGGCCCAAUGUGUAGCCCAAGGACCGCAUGUGGUCCUCAAUACCUUUUCUGGUGGCCCUCAGCAACAUUUGACACCCCCUCAGCCCUUGCAUUGCCUUCCCAAAGCCAGCUAAGUGAGGUGCUGGGUUUGGGAAAGGAGGCGCAAAGGCUCUGCCAAGGUCCUAGAACCCUAUUACCUCCUUCCCAAAGCUGGGAAAGCGCUAACUGCAUCAAGGCAGUGUGUGGCCCACAGAUUACAUGGUCAGAGUACUCUUGCGGCCCACUUGGUAUAAAGGUUGGGCCGGCCUGAGCUAGAUGGACAAGCAAUCUGACUUGGUUUAAGGAAGGUUCCUGGGGUGGAUCUACACUCAUGGUUUUUAACGUUAAGGAAGGCUUAAGGAACGGUUUUAAUAACCAUAUGGACACAUCACGUCCUACUUUUAACGUUCAUAAUGCUUUAUUAAAAUGUGAUACCAGAGGGUGCUGCAGAGCAACCAGCAACUGGCAGUAGGGAGACAGCUGUUUUGAUUUUUAAAAGAGGUAAAAAAAGAAAAAGAAAGAUGCUUUAUUUUACAAGUAUGCCCUGUGACGUUUUGUAACGAUAUAUCUAAUAUCGUUCUAAUAACGUUAAAGAAAUCAGUGUAGAUCCAGCCCUGUAUCCCCUUUGAACUAUGGUGUGGUAUUAUACAAUUUUUGAAAAUGUGGGUUUUUUUCUUUUAUUAUGUAUUUAGUGUUUUUAUAUUGUGAUUUUAUUUUGUAACUGCCCUCAGAUCUGUGGAUAUAGGGCAGUAUACAAAUGUAAUAAUAAUGAUAAUAAGCAAUAAGCAAUAGAGUGGCAAUUUUAACUUAACCUUUUCCUUAAAAGAAUGCAAACCCCACAUGAACUCUGCAAAUAAAUGCAUGUGAAAAGCAUUAGCAGGAAUCAAGUAUCAUAGUCAUGGAGUUUUUCCUGAUGUGCUUUACAUUGUUUCCAACAGUGUAAGGUGCCAGUGGCAUUUUCUGUAUUAGCAGGAGCCGGGCAACUUACUCUCUGGAUCAUGUUGCAGCAUGCCAGAAAGGGGAAGUUUCUGCUUGCUCUCUACUACUUCAAUGGAGGAUGUCUACUGGUGGCUACUAGCAAUGAUGGAGGCGAUGCUGUGCCCUCCAUGGACCAUGGAUGCAAUGCUCUGCUUCCACAGUUGGAGGCUGUAUGCUUCUGAAUACCAUUUGUUGUGAUCCGUAGGAAUCCGUCGUUCCAUGUCAAGUUAUCCAAAUUUUAUACCUCAUGUCAUCCAAUUUUCUUCAUAUUUUGCACACUUGUUGAAUGAAGAAAACUAAGUUUAAAACUUUUUUUAAAAAUCUCAGCCCAUUUUUUAGUUAUGAGGGUUUGAAAUUUUAAAAAAUUGACAAUUUUAGCCUUCCUGGAUUACACAAAAAGCUUAAGAGCUCAGUCCAGAAUUGAGAUACAUCGAAGCUAAAAACACCAAUCUCUUCAGAACUUCAUGGGCUUUAAUAGCACAUGUCACAUAAUGGACUUACUUUAAAUUUUAAAUGUCAGCUAAAAAAAUAUUAAAAGUGAUUAAAAAAAAUUAAUAUGGUUUUGAAAAAUCCCAAAACAUUGUAUGGAUUAUUUAAUAUUUCUAAGGGCUACUUGCAAAAUUUCAUCUUGGAGUCUCACUGGGAUCACACACACACACACACACACACAUAUAUAUAUGGAGAGAGAGAGAGUACAUACAUGUCUGCCAUAUUGAGUUCUAUUUGGGAUAAAUGGGUCUUUUGGGAGUAAAAUAUAACAGAAAAAAGCAAGACUUCAAACUAUAAUAUCAGUUACUUUAGGCAUUUCUUUAGAAAGUUUUUCAAUUGAAAGGUAUCUGAAAAGCUUGUCAAGCUUUUCUUUUAAAAAUGUGUUCCAAAGCCAAGUGAUAGCUUUCUGUUGCACAAUAGAAUUAACACUUUGAAAGAAUUCUUGUUAGUACUUCAUUUCAUGAACAUUAACAACAAAAUACAUAUCAAACCACUGUGAGAAACAGUUCUUAAGCUAUGAGACUAUCAGCUAUGAAAAUUCAUAAUUGGAAAAUCAGUCCGCACAGUAGUUUACCUAAAUGUAUGUGACUCUUCAAGUAUUUAAGACUAAAAAUCUUGGGUUGCCAUCCUUUUUUUAAACAAAAGGGAGAAGGUGUGGAUUCGUGGAGUAUUAAAAUCAACCGAGAAGAGUUAACAUAUAAUACAGGUGAGAGAUUUAUAAUUUCCACUUAUUUAUCCUCACUGGCUAUUGAUGCUUCCUUGUGUUGUUGCUGCUGUUUUUGUACUCACGUAAGGUGGUGAGUACAUCUCAUUUCAAAAGAAAAAUUUUGCACAAAAUCCUGCUAGCAGGGGAGAAAUUUGACAACUUGGUAGUGAGCAUUUGGCACAAUCUCAAAUGGUGCAUAAGUAGUAUACCAACUUCAGUGGAGAGAAAGCCAGUUUCGGGAUAAUGUAUAUUGCACUUAUUUUUGUAGCUCACUCUAUUUGGUGAAGGGUGUGUUAUAAGUCUGAAUAGAAAAAAAGAGAAAAAUAAAUUGGCCAGAAAAAAUAUGCAGGAAUGUUCAUUACUAAGAAUUCAGUUGAAGAGCAGUGCACCAUCGUAGGCAACAUUUGAGAAGAGCAUGUAGUCGUCAUCAACUUUGGCGAUCUCUCGUAGCCGAGUAAUAUUGAUGUAAGCAUACAGCAAUAUCCACUUGUGUCUAUCUGCAAGUGGAAUGGGUUUCCACUUGUGCAACAAGUCUUUGCCCCCUGAAAUUUGCUCCAGAGGGUUUGGUCGUGGGGAUUGCAAGAGGGAGGAGAAAAGGAAACCAUGUUGUGCAAGCAGAGGCCUGUUUGCUUGAUGUUGGAUAUCACCCAUAAUACUUGUGUACUUAUAGGACUAAUCUGUCUCUGUCUUUCUUGUACAUGCCGCUGAAACAGAUAUUAAUCCAGUUGAGGAAUGGUUUGUAAAAUUUAAUAUGCAUCAUGGUUUAAAUAUGUUCACUACUACGGGAACCUUGUUGGAUGUCAUACGAGGUACGUCAUCGCUCAUAGGGAGUGUUUGUGGUUUUGUAAGUAAUUGUGGUCUCGUGGAAAUUAGCACGGACAUUAAGUUUUCUGAAUUUAUUCAUAUGAUAUGGAAUGUUUUAUUUAUAUUCCGCUUUUUUUGGCCCAAAGGCUCCAAAGCAGUAAACAACAUUGAUACAUAUGCAUACAGAAGAAAUGAAUGAUAAAAUUGCAACACAUAAAAUAUGUCAAUCAAAACAAAAUAUAAUACUGGCAGGAUUUCCAAUAGCCACCCACCAUCAUGAAAAAAGAGAGUAUCCCGUGUGUGUGUGUGUGUGUGUGUGUGUGUGUGUAUUCUACUAAGAACAGGUCUAAGGAAGGUACUCAUUACUUGAAGCGGUCUCCUAGUACUCUUCAAUUUCCAGCAGACUUAGACAACCUUGUCUCUUCUGUAUGCCUUCACCCACUUCUGUAUUUCCCCCUACCUUCCACCACAGUGAUGGCAGUCCCAUUCCCAUCCCCCACCCCAACCCUGGACCAGACUGAUAACAUCCCUUACUCACCUCCAAGGGUGUCUCCACAAAUUUCAGAGAUAGUCGCAUAUUUCCUAGAAAGAAUUUUUGAUUUCUUAAACAUUAGUGCUCUCUUGCAGAUCCUCUUCUUCAGUGGUAUUGGACCCUUGGUGAAUACCUGAAUAUUAAUGAUACAUUGUCUGAAGUAUCCAAUAUCCAAAUAGCAAAAACUCCUUGUGCAAGUGAUGUAGCAUUACUUGGUCUGAUCUAUAAAACUAAAAAUAUAGGUAAGUAUCUUGCAUUUUUACAUAAUUAGCUGAUCCACCAGCUUCAUUUUCCGACUGGGUAAAGUGGGAUGUAACAUUUUAAAAUAAGUAUACUUGUUUACUCAGAAGUAAGUCCCAUUGUGUUGACUGAGUUUCUCCCAAAAAGCUCAGCAACUUUUACUUCUAGAAAUAUGGCAACCCUAGGCAGCAGGGAAAGGCCUUCUUGCUGCCAUGUGCUUUGAAAGGAGUAGAGGAGCAAGUUCCCCUUGGAGCAACAGGACUGAGGACAUUCUGUUGUUCUCAGAGGGCCUGGUGCAGCUUUCAUGGACAAUUCCCUCUCACAGCAAUGGAAAAGACUUUGUUGUUGUUGUUUACAAAAAGAUCAUUUGCAGUUUUGCAAACCUUGUGCAUCGCUGGCACUAUUUUAGCUCGGCAAGCAAUGACACUUGCAUACUGAGCAUUCAAAAUAGAUGGAAUAAAUGGUAGGUAUGCAUUUUUUGAAAUGGUAUCCCCUCCCCCAAAAAAGAAACAAUUAAUUUGAAUUAUUUGCUCACUGGUUUGUUUGUUUUUAGUCAAAUAUGUGUGUGAUGGUGAAAAGCAUGACUGCUAGAGCAUUUUGCUGAGAAUCUCAGGUGGGAAGGAGAGGACAGGACACAACCACUACACUGCAGCGUAUUCUACAAUAACCACAGGAAUACACCAGGGAUAUGUUUGCAACUGUCCCCCACCCCACCCCAUACUGAACCACCUGCUUGUGCUUAUUAACUUAGAUAUGUGGUACUAGAAAAGCAGGCAGACAUGCUUUCUUUCAGUGUGUGCAAGUAGGUUUGAGCUGAGUAUUUAAGGUCUGUAACUACAUCUGUGGAUACAGGGGCACUUAUUUCCUGAUUUUGCUGCUGUUGGGGUGAUAAGUUGUGCUUCUACCUAGACUCAACAUAUAUUUGUAAAUAAACUCAAAUAUCACAGAGAAACCUCCGAACCAAACCAGCUGCUGAAAUUUCUGGGAAAUAUGAAGCUUUAUAACAGUGUCAUAAAUACACGUAGCCUGGCUUUAUACUGUGAUUCAGUUUUCAUGUAAUGAUUAGUUUUCUUUUGUAUUUGAAGGACUAAUUUUAGGAUUGACUGACAGUGGAUUUAUGGGUGGGGAUACGGUAUGGUUUAACUUGUCUGCUACCAUUUGUGCCAUCUUGGAAAACGGUAAUUCUUAUUUUCAAUUGUUUAAUUAACCCAUAUGCACUUCCUUUUUAUUUGUAGCCUGUCCUACCCCAAGGCCUUAGGACACUUUGCACUUUCAUAGAAUGUACAGGGUUGGUCCGAAUAUAGACUACACCCCUAAAAUGAGAUCUCUCAAAACAUAGAUUUUCUACUUAUAAGAUUGUCACCAUAGACUGCACUCAAGUUUUAUGUGAGCCAGAUUUUGGGGGGAAGUGUGGCCUAUAUUCAGACCAAUACAGUAAUUGUAGGUCUCAGAGUGAAGGUUGUGGUGUGAUGUCCAGUUCAAAACCCUAGCAUCUGGAGAGCCCUCCCUCAUGCCUUUUCUUUGGACAGUGAUAAGAAAGAAUCUCUGCCUCCUUGGGUCCCAAAUUUCAGCUUCUUGGAGAUGGGAACCCUCAUCCCUCAGCAUUUAGGGUCUUCUCUCCCUGGGGUGGGAUUGACAGGUCAGAUUCUACAGCCUGUUUAGGGCUUUAGACUGACGCCAGCCUUGAAUCUGGCAUGUUGGGCUACUGAGUGCUUUCAGCUGUGGUUCCCAGGGUUGCCAUUUGUUUUACUCUGGAGUGCAGAACCUUCAAGUGUCUCUAUUUUCCAGAGACAGUCCCAGAUUUACAGGUGCUGUCCCGGUUUUUAAUUUGAUCCCAGAAUGCCCCACUUUUUCUUAGGAUAGCCCUAUUUUCAUCUGAGAAAUACUGGAGGGUAUGGAGUUAUCUGGCCCCCAAGUCAUCUGAAGGCAGCCCAGUAUAGGGAAGGUGGUUUUUUAAAUGUUUAAUGUUUUAUUGUUUUUUAUAAAUGUUGGAAGCCACCCAGAGUGGCUGGGGCAACACAGUCAGAUGGGCAGGGUUGGAAAAGUCAGCCUCUAUUCUUGCUGCCCCCUGAACUUGCCUUUGCUAUACAGUGGUGCCUCGCAAGACGAAAAGAAUCCGUUCUGGGAGUCUCUUCGUCUAGCGGUUUUUUCGUCUUGCGAAGCAAGCCCAUUGAUGGGAUUAGCGGAUUAGCGCUAUUAGCGCUAUUAGCGCUAUUAGCGGCUUUUAGCGGCUUUUAGCAGCUUAUCAGCUUAUCGGAUAAGCAGAUAAGCGGCUUAGCGACUUAGAAAAAGAGGGGGAAAAGGAAAAAAAAAAACCCAGGAACUCGCAAGACAUUUUCGUCUUGCGAAGCAAGCCCAUAGCAGAUUCGUUUUGUGAGGCACCUCCAAAACGGAAAACUCUUUCGUCUAGCGAGUUUUCCGUCUUGCGAGGCAUUCGUCUUGCGGGGCACCACUGUAUAUUUUUUUUAAAAAAAAUGCAGCAAAGGAGCAGGGUUCGAAAGAGCAGAUUUCAUCACUCCACCCUCUCUUAAAAGCACAUAGAUCUAGACCUUCUUCAAAUGCAUAUCAGGUGCAUGGAUUGCCCAACAGAUCUGGGUGUCUCAAUAUGGGUGUAAUUUGCCAUGUCUAUAACAAGUAAUGAUGGAAGUCUGAGAGAUGCAACUCAGGUUACUCACAGUGCCUUUUCUCUCCUCAAGAUUGUUACGGACUUGCGCUUGUGGAUCUCACCGUAACAAAUACUCGUCUUAUACUCCUCACCUCACUAGGAUUAUUUAUCAGUGAUGAUCUGCGCAUUGUAACUGGAAAGCUGUUGCAGGUACAUAUGUGUACUUCUAAAUAUCCCUGUGUCCCCUUCCCCCAAUCAUCUAAUGUUUUAAAAACCACUGGUAAGCAUACUGCGAAAAAACUACCGUAUUUUUCGCUCUAUAACACGCAUCUGACCAUAACACGCACGUAGUUUUUAGAGGAGGAAAACAAGAAAAAAAUAUUCUAAACGAAACAGUGGAUGUAUGAUUUUUAUGGUUCAUGCUGUGGCCACAGACAUGUGAUCUGAUGGUGAGUUUGGGGUAGCCCAAUGCAAAAAUCCUGAGGAUCCAUGUGGAUCCGUGCUAUGUAACCACGUUUUAAGUGGGGAGGGAAGGAAAAGCACUCAAGGGACAAGGAGCACGCGUGGAGAAGGAGCUUUUCGGGGAGCUGAGCGGGGAGGAGGGAGGGAAAGAGCACUGUUGCUUUAAAGGUAUACUUAAGGUAUUUGCCCUGUGCCUGGGUUUUUUUUCCAUUUAACAGUUUGCAGCCUUUUCCUUCCGCUCCUUGUUUUGAGGCAGAAUAGAUUUGAGCAAGUGAGGAGGACUUGGAUUGCAGGGGAUUCGCCAUUAGCUGUGUAAAAGUGCUCAUCCUUGCAGCCUGAGUGAUAAGCAGCCACCAGCAGCAAUAGAAUGGAGCACAAAAAAGCGGUAGGGGCACUAGGACCCAGACAAUGCCUCAAUCUAUCCUGCCUGAAAACAAGCUGCUCUGUCCCAGCCGAUCAGCUGAGACGCUGAGACACGGGGAUUUGCAAAGUUUUCCCCUCUCCCUCAUCCCCAGCCUUUUUUUUUUACUUCCUGGUUUUCACUGUGUGGCUCAGAGCUCGAGGUUGGUUUUAUUUUGCUGCUGGUUGCUUAAAUUUUAUCUUUCCUGCCGUCCCUCUGCAGCCUCACUGCUCUGUUUAGGGAGCGCACGGACCUUUGCUAGCGUCUGUCCCUCCUCCCGUGUAAGCGGCUGCUGCCCGCUUUGCUGCCAUGGCUCUCCUUCCCUCCCUCCUCCCCGGCUCCAGGUCGCUUUAAAGCAAGCAAAGCGAGAGCCUCGUAGAGCGUGUAAGCGGCUUCCGCUUUGCUUGACUGACGGCAGCCAUGGCUUCGAUCCGUGCAUUCACUCCGUAACACGCACAGGCAUUUCCCCUUACUUUCUAGGAGCAAAAAAGUGCGUGUUUUGGAGCGAAAACUACGGUAAGUUUGGAAGAUCUCCUCCUGAAAUCUAUUAACAGUUCAAUGCCAUACAGGUCUGCUCAGAAGACAAUCUCGUUCAGUUUAAGACUAUAACCCUACUACACACAUUUCUCUGCAAGUAAGUCCCAUUGAACAUGGUGAGAACUAUGUCUGGGUAGGCACAUCUAGGAUUGCAUUGUUAAUCUGUGUACUAAUCAUUCUCUCUCCAGUUCACCUGAUGAACUAAGUGUAUGAAGAGGCUAAGCUGGUUGCUUCAUAUGUGAACCAUUUUAACCUUACCAAGGUCUUUUUCUAUGCUAGGGGAAGUGGGAAACUUUGGAAAGAACUUGAAAGGAUAAAUUUUAAAGGUCUUGACAGCCUGGAGCAACCUAGCCAGAUGGGCGGGGUAUAAAUAAUAAAAAUUAUUUUCAUAUUCCUGUGUUUCACUUUUGCUGCAUAUUUUGUGAUUUUAAAUAUCUGCCGGGGUCUCUCAAUAAAGAGUACUUGCCCCAAACUUGGAUCUUGGUACCCAGGACUUCUCCUUUCUUUUUUUUUCUUUGCACCAAAAGUAGCUUUGCUGCAAUUAAUAGAUACCUCUUAUAUUAAGAUCAAUCUCUGUGGCCCUGCUUCAGGAGUGCUACCUUUAGAAGUGAAGGGGAUUGUGACAGGGCCUUUUCUGUUGUAGCCCCUUGUCUUUGGAAGCCUCUCCCCAGAGAGUUUUGCUGGCACCAUUGUUGAAUUCUUUUUAGUGAUGGGUAUGGUACUUGAUUUCCUUUUUUUUUUUAAAUGAUAUUUAUUAAAAGUUUAAAAAUUACAGAAAAAAUAAAAAAAAACAAUAAGAAAGAGAGGAAAAAAAUAAAAAAACAUAUAAAAGCAAUACAAUACAGCAAAAAAGAAAAACAAAGAAGAAACUAAAACAGACAUCCAAUAUUCCAUAUCUUUACCUUUCCUUUACUUGUUUCAUCGACCUCCUCACACCUCCCUUUUUUGUAUUCUAGUUCAAUUCACUAUUUCAGCAAAUUCUUCCCAUCUUUCUCAAUUUUUAUUCUAUAAUUUAUCUUAACGGUCUAACCUUGAAUUUUUUCAUUUUAACCCAUUAUCAAUCAGCUUUUACUUAAUUCUUUGUUGCAUUUCUACUAAAACCAUAUAGCUUCAUUCCAGCAUCCUUCUAACACUCAUUAAUUUUACAAUGUUUCUGUAAGUAUGCUUUAAAUUUUUUCCAAUCUUCUUCCACCGACUCUUCUCCCUGGUCUCGGAUUCUGCCAGUCAUUUCCGCCAGUUCCAUGUAGUCCAUCAGCUUCAUCUGCCACUCUUCCCUGGUGGGUAGAUCUUGUGUCUUCCAAUAAUUUGCAAUAAGUAUUCUUGCUGCUGUUGUAGUGUACAUAAAGAAAGUUCUAUCCUUCUUUGGCAGCAAUUGGCCAACCAUGCCCAGGAGAAAGGCCUCUGGUUUUUUCAGGAAGGUAUAUUUAAAUACCUUUUUCAUUUCAUUAUAGAUCAUCUCCCAGAAUGCCUUAAUCUUUGGGCAUGUCCACCAAAGGUGAAAGAAUGUACCUUCAGUUUCAUUACAUUUCCAACAUUUAUUAUCGGGCAAAUGAUAGAUUUUUGCAAGCUUGACUGGUGUUAUGUACCACCUAUAAAUCAUUUUCAUUAAAUUCUCUUUUAAGGCAUUACAUGCCGUAAACUUCAUACCAGUGGUCCAUAACUGUUCCCAGUCAGCCAUCAUAAUAUUAUGUCCAACAUCUUGUGCCCAUUUAAUCAUAGCAGAUUUCACCAUUUCAUCUUGAGUAUUCCAUUUCAACAGCAAGUUAUACAUUCUUGACAGAUUCUUAACUUUAGGGUCUAAAAAUUCUGUUUCCAACUUUGAUUUUUCCACCUGGAAGCCUAGUUUUUUAUCCAAGUUAUAUGCCUCCAUUAUUUGGUAAUAAUGGAGCCAAUCCCGUACUCUGUUUUUUAAUUUUUCAAAGUUCUGCAAUUUUAAUCUGUCACCCUCUUGUUCCAAAUUUCCCAAUACUUCGGCCAUUUGGCCUCCAUAUUGAGUUUUUUCUGAGCCUUUGCUUCCAUUGGUGACAACCAUCUUGGGGUUUUAUUUUCUAACAAAUCCUUAUAUCUUAUCCAGACGUUAAACAGUGCUCUUCUUACAAUAUGGUUUUUGAACGCUUUGUGUGCUUUAACCUUAUCAUACCACAAAUAUGCAUGCCAACCAAAUACAUUAUCGAAAUCUUCCAAAUCCAAAACAUCCGUGUUUUCAAGAAGCAUCCAUUCUCUCAGCCAGCAAAAAGCAGCUGAUUCAUAAUAAAGUUUUAAGUCUGGCAGGGCAAAUCCGCCUCUUUCUUUAGCAUCAGUUAAUAUCUUAAAUUUUAUACGAGGCUUCUUGCCCUGCCAGACAAAUCUGGAGAUAUCUCUCUGCCACUUCUUGAAACAGUCCAUUUUAUCCAAAACCUGCUGUGUUUGAAACAAAAACAGCAUUCUUGGCAAUACAUUCAUUUUUAUCACAGCAAUUCGGCCUAACAACGAUAGCUUCAAAUUUGACCAUAUUUCUAAAUCUUUUUUCACUUCAGUCCAACAUUUUUCAUAGUUAUCCUUAAAUAAAUUCACAUUCUUAGCAGUCAUGUUAACCCCUAAAUAUUUCACUUUCUUAGCCAGUGUCAGUCCUGUCUCCUUCUGAAACUUAUCUCUCUCAAUCUCUGUUAGAUUCUUCUCUAAAACCUUAGUUUUCGUCUUAUUCAACUUAAAACCUGCUACCUGACCAAAUUCUUGAAUUAAUUCUAAUACUCUUUUAGUGCUGGAUUCUGGCUCCUGUAAAGUCAAUACUAAAUCAUCAGCAAAUGCUUUCAAUUUGUACUGUUUGGCUCCCACUUGUAUACCUUUUACCAAUUGGUCCCUUCUAAUCAUAUUUAACAAAACCUCCAAGACCGAUAUAAAAAGCAAUGGAGAGAUUGGGCAACCUUGUCGUGUUCCUUUCUCAAUCUUAAAUUCUUCUGUCACUACAUUGUUCACAAUUAAUUUGGCCUUCUGUUCUGAAUAAAUUGCACUUAUACCGUUUCCAAAACCUUGACCCACCCCCAUCCCCAAUAAAUUCUUCUUCAUAAAACUCCAGGAAAUGUUGUCAAAAGCUUUCUCCGCAUCCACAAAUAUCGAAACUGCUUUGGUAUUAAUCUUCACUUGUAAUUUUUCUAAAAUAUUAAUUAUAUUCCUCGUGUUGUCAGACAAGUGUCUGCCCGGGAGAAAGCCCGCUUGAUCUUUAUGAAUUUCUUCUGUUAACACCUUUUUAAAUCUUUUAGCCAAAAUAUCUGCAAAAAUUUUAUAAUCCACAUUAAGCAAUGAUAUGGGGCGGUAAUUCUUGAGUUGUGUCUUUUCAGUCUCUGUUUUCGGUAUAAGUGUGAUGUAAGCUUCCUUCCACGACUCUGGUGCCCUUUUCCCUUCCAGUAUUUCAUUACAGACUUCCUUUAAAGGUUGUAUUAACCAUUCUUUCAAAGUUCUGUAAUAUCUUGAAGUCAAUCCAUCCGGUCCUGGAGAUUUACCUACUUGCAUAUUCUGAAUGGCCCCUUCUACUUCCUGUUCUGUUAUUUUGUAGUUCAGCAUUAAUUUAUUUUCUUGAGAAAUUUUUUGUAGUCCAUUCAUUUUCAAAAAUUUGUCAAUGUCCAUUUCUUUCUGCUUCUCCUGUGUAUAAUUUUUUUUAAAAUACCUCUGGAAGCACUUUCUAAUUUCCACUGGAUUCUGUAUGUUCUUUCCUUCUACUUCCAAGUUCGUAAUGGUAUUAAGUUUUUGUCUUUUUUUCAUUUGCCAAGCCAACAAUUUACCACACUUAUUUGCCGAUUCAAAUGUCUUUUGUCUCAUCUGUUUAAUCUUCCAUUCUAUUUCCUGAUUCAUCAUUUUCAUGUAUUGUACUUGAUAUAACUUUAUCUCUUUCAAAAUCUCCUGGGACUUUGGUUUCACCCUCAAUUUCUUCUCCCCUUCCUUUAUUUUUUCCAAGAUUUUGUCUUUUUUCUCAUUUUGCAUUCUCUUCUUAAUUGCAUUCUGUUGUAUCAAAAAUCCUCUCAUGACAGCUUUACUUGCAUCCCAGAUUACUCUUUUUUCCACAGUAGUGCUCAUAUUUAUCUCAAAAUUGUCUCUCAAAGUUUUUUGGGCCUCUUAAUAAAUUCUUCAUUCCUAAACAAAGUAUCAUUCAUCCUCCAUCUAAAGGAACCAAUUGGCAUCAAUUUCAUUUCCAUCUUCACAGCAUUAUGAUCGGAGCAGGUCUUGGGGCAAAUUUCAACUUUACUAGUCUUUAGAGCCAGACCUCUGGUUACCCAAAUUUGGUCAAUUCUUGUCCAUGUCAUUUUAGCCUCGGAGAAGAAAGUUCCCUCUCUUCCCAGAGGGUUCUUCGUUCUCCAGAUAUCAACUAAGUCCAUAUUUUCAGUCAUAUCAAAGAAAGUUUUUGGUAGUCUUCCAUCCUUAGUUACUGACUGUCUUUGUGCCUUGUCCAUAUUUGUAGACACAACGCCAUUCAUGUCUCCCAUCAAAAUCAUGUUGUAAUCCAUAUAGUCCAUCAGAGUCUCAUGUAGCUUCUUAAAAAAUUCCAUUUUCCUUCAUUUGGUGCAUAAAUACCUAUUAUCAAAAAAAUUUCUCCUUGCGUUUGAAUUUCAAUUGUUACAAAUCUUCCUUGAUCAUCUUUGAAUAUAAAUUUUGGUGAUAAACUCUCCUUUGCAUAGAGGACCACUCCUCUUUUUUUUACUUUAUCCGAUGAGAUAAAUUCUUGGCCUAAUCUUUUAUUAUUCAAUAACUUCCUGUGUAACCUUGUCACAUGUGUUUCUUGUAGACAAAUCAAGUCCAAAUGCUCUUUUUUCAAUAAAUGAAAUACUCUCCGCCUUUUUUCAGGGCUGUUCAGUCCAUUCACAUUCCAGCUCAAGACCUGCAACGCCAUCAUGUAGUUACUUUGGUGCCCCCCCAACUGCCCCCAAAGCUUGCUCCUCUUCUGUUGGUGGUGGUGUUGGCACGUUCGCUGGGGGGUCCAAUCCAAAAGAUAAUGUCGUUAUGUCCAAUGUUUCCCUGUUUGGUGAUCUUCUCUCCAAUGCUGUUUGCUCUGGUCCUCUAUCUGGUGAUCUUCUGUCCAAUGCUGUUGGCUCUUUUCCAAUUCCCUUCUGUAGGUCUUCUUCGUAUUUAAACAGAAACUUUAUUUUAUCUUCUACUGAUCUUAUUUUUAUUUUCCUUCCUUUGAAACUGAAGGAUAGGCCUUGAGGAAAUUCCCACCUGAAAAAGAUUUUGUUCCCUCUCAGCAGGGAAACCAAAUCUCCAAAGUUGGACCUAAGGUCCAGAAGAUGUUUUGGGAUAUCUUUGAAAAUUUCCACUCUUGAUUGAUUUAUUACCAAAGUCUUCUCGUAAUGCCAACCCAAAAUUUGAUCUCUCUCUUCUUUAGAUCGGAGGGUAAUCAAACAAUCUCUUAUUCUGGUCUUCUCCUUCUUCCCUCCUCUUCCCAGUCUGAAGGCCCUCACAAUUCUAAAUUCCUCUUUUUCCAAAUCCAAGUCCCAAUGAUCUGCAAAUGCCUCCGUAAGAUAGUCUAUCAGGGAGUCUUUUUCCAGUUCAGGUACAGCUCUAAUUCUCAGGUUUGUCUGUUUUUCCUUAAGCUCAAUCAUAGAAAGCACCAACCUAUGGUCCUCAAGUUGUUUCUGAAGGUCUGGGACUCUCUCUGUUUCCAGCUGGGUUACCUUUGCUUCCACAGCAACAACCUUUUCCUUAACUUCCUCUGCGAUCUGUCGAGUUGAGUUAGACUCCUGGAUCAAUUUCUCAAUAGCUUCUGUAUUUGAAUUGACUUUUUGUCCCAAACUAUUUAUACUUUGUGUAUUCUGAUUUAUACUUUGUGUAUUCUGAUCCAAUUUUUUGUUUAUUUGUUCCAGUGACUCAUUUAUUUUACUUAAGGCAAGUACCAGGGCCUCUUCUGAAGUCAUUCCUUUUGGUUUAGUUAAUACAGCCACAGAAGAAGCAGGAGGGCCGGAUGUGGAAGCUCUUCGCCAAAUCUUCCCAGACCUUGUUGUCUUUUCCAUCUGCCAUAACAGUUAAUCCUUUCAAGGUCAAUUUCACAGUCCCAGAGUCUUAUCUUUGGAGUUGGAAAAUUCCAAACCUUGUAGCAAUUUCAAAGUCUUCCUCUAGAGGGAAAUGGUUACUAUUUAUAUUAUAUUAGUCCAAAAUGUCACUUUUUUUCCAGACCACUGUUGCACCAGUAUAUUUAGUAUCAAAUCUCAGCUAUUAUUACUCAGUUUCUUUUACUCCUUUUAGUCCCUAUUGAGUCAGAAGAGGGUAGUUGAAACAAUGUAUCACUCUUGUUUCACUGGCUGUCAGUGAGUGAUCUAUUUAUUCACAGUCUAUGCAGAACUCCAAAAUACAACAGUCUUAAUGGUAUCCCAUUCCCAGGUUCUGAGCAAUGGAAAUUUAGCUUCUUUCCCUCUCUUUUAGCAGGCAAAUAUUGUCCAAAAACUCUCCCCCCUCUUCUCCUGCUUCCAAAGGGGGGUUUGCUAUUUUUAGUGCUGGUAAUUUAAACGUUUAAAGUAAACUUUCCAAGGCUUUAGCUUAAGCCUAUUUGCUUCCGACUAUUUACAAAAAAGGGAGGCGGACUUCCUGUUUUAAACCUCCCCCCGUUCGUUGCCAAAUUCGACUUUUAAAACUCCAAUACUUCGCUUUACUCACAGGUAAUUACUUUUAAAUCCAAUUGUCAACAGGAAAAAGUCAGCGCUCUCUGGCAAUGGCUGUGCGGCUUCACUCCGUGGAAGUAGCAGUCGAUUCAAAGCACUACGCCACUCACCCCACUUCGCUCCGGAUCCCCGAAAACGGGUUUCCCCGCGAGUAGGGGGGGCGCUGAUGGUGCCCGCCGAAUCCCACGUUCACAGGCUUCACCCGCCUGUGAUUUUUGAAGGGUCCCCGCCUUCGCCGCUGCAGCCAGACCCGAUUUCCGCGGAGCAGAUUCCUCUGAUUGAGAGGAAAUCCGCCAUUGCCGAUGGUGCAAACCCGGAAGUCUCGGUACUUGAUUUCCUUAGGUGUUUUAGCUGUUGGUUUGUAGCUAUUGGUUAUUUCCUUUUAUCUCACAGGACAAGUACAUGCCCUGGCUAGGUUGCCCCAGGCUGUUGGUGGAAACAGGCUUCUUAUGUCACUCAAAACAACCAAUGGCCAUGUUAAUAAUAUUGAGUGUAAGUGGUAAAUGACUAUGUAAAGUAAUACACUUGUGAAAUUGCUUGUGAAAAGUGUGGGAAAGAAAGUGAUGAUUCAUACAAUUUGGUCUUAUUGUGUUUUAUUUCAGUUCAACAAACCAACCUUAUGUGGCUUUGAAAUGGUGAGAAAUUGCUAAAUGUUGUGUUUGUUGUUCUCAGUGGUGUAUUUUUGUAACAUCUCACAAAUAAUGUUUUCUGAAACUCUUUCCGGCAUUCAUUUUGUUAGCCAUUUAGAAAUAAGUGUCCCAAGGAUCAUAAAUCACGUAGUAUACGGAUCCUAACAAUGAAAUCCAGAGACCCUGGUACUCUGGGCAGAAUGCUAACAUUGGCUUAGUAUUGACAUCAAAUGUGUUGUCAGAAUGCAUUUCCAGCAUGCAUUUCCAGCUGCAAGUUCAAAUGUAAAUGGCAGCACUCUAAAGGAGAGAAAACAUAGCAAUAUAUUGUGACACACACACCCACCCCAGCACUGACACAAUGCAAUCUCUGUAUGCUAGGCAACUGACACCUGCAAGUCAGCCGUGUUGUUUCCAUGCCCUCACCCACCUUGACGACACAUAGAAGACAGAAGCUUGCAGGCACACACACACAGCCCAAUAGACAUAGCUUUCUAGCGACAACACAAUUGGCAGGAAAACUCACAGGAAUCAGUUGCUUGAUAGCCAACGCCUUGCUUUUUAUAUUCUCAGAAGACACUGAACUUCAUUUCUCCACCCCUACCCCACCCCACCCCCCAUGCCGACCAACUGCAUGGUUUGUAGACAGGGGAAUUAUUGGGCUGUCUUUGUUUUUAUUUUUAUUAUGUAAUCUGUGUUUUUAAAUUGAAAUUUAUUGUUGUGAAAGACUCUCCUCCUGCAAGAGAGGGGAGUGGUUGUGGUCGGGAGCCGGACUCUGCCUCAAGCAGGGGGCAUUAGCCCCCUGCCUCCCACUCACCUGGCUGGCCUACGCCCACGGGCAGGCACCCAACCCCAAAUUGCUGCGGCACCAGCCUUCCGGCCUCACUUUUCGUCGUCCCGUCGCGAGUCACCCACCCUCCACUCCCUUAGAGCUCAGGGUCUCAGUUUUCUUUUGGCCUUGCUAUGGACCUUAGGUUGGUCGCCCUGGUUGUCCGGGGGGCCUGGUAGGAAUUUUUCCAUUUGGCAUUAGGCUUUUUGGUUUUUUCGCCUACCUCGUAGCAAUCGUCACAACUUUCGUGGUAUUGGUGGGUAGGUUAGGCAUUGGAAUAAUGUGUUGUGGUGUGUCGAAGGGCUAGGUGUGGCCAUCGCCUAUGCCUUCAAUUUUUGGGUAUUCCGUUAAAGGAAUCUGGCGGUCGUGUAUUCUGUCCGAUGCCUGCUUGGCGGGAGGCCAUGGCACGACCCUCGGUGACAUCAGGGGAGAGCUUAUAGUUGGAUUAGCAUCAACAGGCUCCAGCUACUGGUGAAUAAACCCCCCUGUUUUAGACUCACCCCUCUCUGAGGGGGUGGAGUCAGCUGACGUAAUCCAAUGCCUAAGCCAAUACCUUUUCACUUGCUGUAAUCAAUAAAGUUGUGGUCUUUUCUUGCCCAUUAACCUUAUAUCACGUGUCCUCGUGUUUUCAUUCCACUACGCGGGGAUUGGGUCCUCGAACCACAACUGCCCUGAGAUCUGCAGUUAUAGGGCGGUAUAUUAGUAGUAGUAGUAGUAGUAGUACUGGUUUAUCACAGUCGCUGUUCACAGAGGAAUUGCUGUGCUGAGGGAUGUGUGUAGAUGAACUCCUUUUACUCUUGCCCCAGUCACAGACUCAUCCUGGAGAUUGCUGGAGUAACAAGCUGAAUGAGGGUUGGGGGAACGGAUCCCUCUUGGCCCAUUCCCAUUAAUACAGAGAAUAGAGCUAUAACUCACAAAAACGUUUGUAAAUUGCUUAGAGGCUAUUGCAAUUAAGCAGUAUAUAAAUUACUGUGAUAAAACAGUGAGUUUUGAAAGCAAGACACAGGAUACUGCAUUGUAUAGUUCCAGUUGCUAGUUUCCACUUGUGUGCUAUAAUUUCAGAGGAUAAGAGUAAUUGGGUCCCAUUGAGGCCAUAUAGCUAUCCUUUGAUCUGUGAAUUCCCUGACAAGGUUAUAUAAACAGCUGUCAGUGUGUUAAAUCAGAAUUCUGUGCUGCAUGAGAAGAACAGAAAGAGGCAGUGGGGUAGUUUUCUUUUCUCCUGACUAUCAUUGGGAGCUGGAAUGAGAUCUUGGGGAAGUUGGUAUCUCAACUACAUCUUGCUCUGCUUCUGACAUCUCUGUAAUUCUGUCUACUUUUGGCCAUCAAUUCUCUUGAGUUCUUCCACCACCAGCACCACUACUAAUAUCACUGGCAUUGCCACUAGAAACUAGAAAGCUAGUCCUGUUUUCUGACAUUUGGCAGUAUUGUCCACUGUCUUCCUUGGCUCCACAGAGGUUUUUAGGCAAUGUGUGAUAGUUAGAAAGGACGACUUGUGCCUCAGCAGACCCUUUCAGAAUCUUAACAGCUAUACUAUGCAAAUGCACUUGGCAUGCUAAGUAUUUCCUUGUCUUUUUCCGCCCACAGGAUGAUUAUCUUAAAGCUGAAAUAUGGUACAGCCGCCAGUGUCUAGCUAAUAAAGAAUUAUAUGAAAGUAAGGAAACCAGGGACUCAGCCAGAUUGGUAAAGAAAAAGUGAUUUAUAUGUGUUGAAUGUGUAACUUGAAUCCAUGGGUUCUCCAACGUUAUGGAGAAAUAUAGCUGUGUCAUCUAAUGUCCUAAUGUCUGCUUCCAAUGUCUUCAUGUAGCUGUUGAAUAGCAUGGGGGACAAAAAAGCACACUGCAAAACUCCAUAGUGUAAGUGGAGGCAAAGAACGCUCCUGCAAUGCUUGCCUGCAAUAAACCAGCUCAAGCCAGAGAGCAUGCCUCUCCGCUCAUACACACUUAUAUAUUUUAAGGCAUGUAACAAAAAUAAUUUCAAAAUUUCACCCUGAGUUCUUUUUAACUGUUCACAUGAAACUGGGUUGAUGCCUUUUGUAAACUAUAUUUUAGAAGUGCAAGCACUGAGUUGUAGCUAAUAUAUUUCUGCUUUUCUUGCAGCGGACUAUGUUGGGCUGUCAUUCAACAAAGAUAAGUCACUGAGCCAGGUAAGGCAAAUGAUGAUAAAACCUUAUGAAAAUAUAGUUGAGGUUUGGUGCAUUCUGUUCAGUACAUAAUUUGACUUCCUGGCCACCUUGGCAAAUUAAUGUUCAGAAAUCAAAAGGACAGUUGAGCAAAUUUAUUACUGGAAGCUUUUGUGGUCGCUAUCAGAGCUUUUAGGGAACUGGCUGCCAUAUGCUACUAGGAUAAGUUCAAAGUUCUUAUAUUUAUUUACAAAGCCCUAACUUGUAGCAUAAGGAGCUUAUGAUAGCAUAAGGAGCAUCUCAUCCUUUAGAUCACUACCUGAUCACUGAGGUCUUUGGAGGAUUCACUGUUUGGGGUCCCCGCACGUCCUUGUAUUCACCAAGGGCCAUUGGUUCAGUACUGUGGGUCCAAAAAAGCAGGUUCAGAGCUCCAAUCCAAAACAGGCUUCUGAUCUAGGCUUCUGAGUCCCACAACAGUUUCUGGCAGAAAAUUCUAUCAGUUUAAACAUAUACACAGGCCCUGCUUUCUGCCUUCUAGCCAUGCAAAAAUUCACAAAAUGUCCAAAUUAAAGAAUUAUUCUAUGCUUCACUAUACACUCCACAGAUUCAGAUAUCUGAACAUCCAGAGUUUACCCACUUUCUUAAUUCCUUGCAUCUUUGUGCUUUGCUAGUCGGUGGCAGCUAUUUGGGGGAAGAAACCAUGCAGGGAGGGAGGGAGCAAGAGAGAUCGGAGAAAUCAGAGCAGGAGAGAUUGGACAUUUCAUUUCCCCCCUUUGUCUUUCUUUUGCUGUUAAGCUGCAGCCAUCUCAGGAAGAAACCAUGGAGAGACAGGAUUGGGGUGGGGGUGGGGGGGAGAUCAUACAAAGACCACGGUUAGAAACGUUCACACAGGAAUUGAUGGAAAUGAUGUGAAUGCUUGCCCAUCGAAUGAUUUCCAGGGAAUGCAUAGUGUUUGGUUAGUAGGACCUGUGUGUACUUUUUAAAAAGCAUCAAUAAUGCACAGUUUGGCCCUUGCUCUUGUAAAAUCUUCUUGCUUUGCUUCUUGCUUGCUUUAUACAGGAGAGGCCUGCUGAGUGGAGCACUGACACGGCGAGUUGCUGCCACUUACCAGGAAGGAGGACAGGAGGGGCAAGGUAAUGGGGAAACCACUGCUGCAUGGGUGCAUCAUCAUCAACAUCAUCAUGUUGGUGCACCGUACAGCUCUGACCUUUCUGUUGCCUUGGUCCUCCACUUCUCCCUCCUGGUCAGUGGCAGUGGCUGUCCUGCUAGGAGGCCAGCUACACACCAUUGCCCCUUCCCACUAGCCACUCCUGUAUAUUCAGAGCUCAGUGGAUUCUCUAGCAAAGCUUUUAAAUUCGAACAAUGAUAGAUUUCUAAAUCGAUUACUUUGCAUCCUUUUCUUCUUCUUGUUUUUUUAAUUAAAAAAACAGGAAUCAACUUGUUUCUAUAGCAAUGAUACAUUUCAAAAAUGGCACAGCUGCUUGCCUCACAAAAUGAAAGGUGAAAGGCACUUAUCCACACGCGUGGUUUCUUUUCUUGUUGAUUAUGAACAGAACACUGGCAUCGCUUUGUUAUCUCAACAGGUACAGUGCACCAAAGGACUCUGAUUUAAUUAUUAUUUAAUUGAUACCUCUGGACAGAUGGCAAUUUGCUGCUCUUGUUUAGAAUGGAUUCUCAUUUUUUGUGAUGUGAUUUAUGGUUUGGUGAAAGCAUUUUAAUUGAAUUAGAAAGGGGGCAAUUCGCAAUGGAUGGGACAACUGAUUGAAAGCCCCCUCCCCAUUUUCUCUGGCUGACCCACCAAUAUCAAAACUGUGUCCUGCAAUAGCCUCAACUCCCUCCCCACCCCACUGCCAAGCUGAGUUCCUUCAGGAGGAGUGGUGGGAUAUUAAUUAACUAAUUAACACAUAAACUUCCACAGUUCACCUAAGUUCACAGGUAGUCUAUGAAUGCCUUUCUGAAGAAUAUAGAUCCUUCUGUUCCCUUUCAGUUCCAUGAUUCCAAUAUAUAUGUUGGAUAUUUUCUUCAAAACAAUGGCCACGGUGAUGUUUUAAAAAGGAAACAUUUUAAAAUGAGGCAUUGUAUCUUCUGGUGCUCUGAUCCCUGCAAUUGUUGUCUUUUCUAAAACAUCUCUUCUUCUUUGUCAGUUACAAAUGCCACAGGUGCCUUCUCCCUCCCUUAGAACAAUAAUUAGGCAAUAUAUUUUUUAUUGCCCCUUAGAAGGCAGAGGAAGUGCCCAGAUAGAUUGCAUCUGGGCACCUCUUCUACUGCAUUCUUAAGGUCAGUAAAAGUGUGUUGUUGUUGUCUAAUUGCUCUUGGCCAGUCUUUCUUUCCCUCUUAGGCAGGAGGGCAUUCAGCUAACUAAAGGUCCUGAUUCUGGGACUCAUAGGUGCCAAUUCCCUGGGGCCCUGGGUGCCCAAACCCCCACAAAAUUCCCCAUGAAGGGGCCAGGCACCCACAAAUUUUGGUGUCAGGGCCAAGCAUGCGGCAUGGCACCCACGACCCUGGGCACCCACGACCGCGGGGCUAAGCUUUCACUCCUGCUGGGACUUUGAGGCCUGUCUAACAAGCACUUCCUGAAGAGGCAGAAGCAGCAGUGUGGCAGAGAAGAAAAUGAAAUCCGUACCUGGAUUACUUGAUCUUCUUGCAGCAGAAGGGCAUUCUGCCCAUCUGAGUGCAGUUCUGGCUCCAUAUGGCAGCUGUUUGAGCCAGCACUUCAUGUAUGUUCCCUUUUCUCAGCUUCUUUUCUGAACUUAGAGGUCCCAGCAUCUCAGAAAGUGCUUAUUAGCUAUGCCUAAGGGAUGAACCAGGGCCUUCCCUUCAAUGAACGCCUUCCUGGCAAUGAGAAGGUCUUAACCAAGUAUAAAUUGGCUCUUGUUAGGGCAACUCUACCUGCCCAGUUCUAACACUCUGCUUGGACACUGUGUUUCUGCUGUGGCACCCACAAAUUUUGGUGUCAGGACCAAGCAUGCUGCAUGUCACCCACGACCCUGGGCACCCAUGGUCGUGGGGCCAAGCUGACACUCCUGCUGGGACUUCGAAAGCACGUCAAAGUGCAAGUAGAUAAAUAGUUACCGCUCCGAUGGGAAGGUAACCAGCGUUUCCAUGCGCUGCUCUGGUUCAGCAGAAGUGGCUUAGUCAUGCUGGCCACAUGACCCGGAAGCUGUACACCAACUCCCUUGGCCAAUAAAGUGAGAUGAGCGCCGCAACCCCAGAGUCGGUCAUGACUGGACCUAAUGGUCAGGGGUCCCUUUACCUUUACCUUUAAGUGAUGAACCAGGGCCUUCCCUUCAAUGAACACAUAGCUGUCAACUUUUCCCUAUUCGAAAUAAGGGAAUUUCCCUUAAAAAAAGGGAAACGUUGACAGCUAUGAAUGAACGCCUUCCUGGCAAUGAGAAGGUCUUAACCAGGUAUGAAUUGGCUCUUGUUAGGGCAACUAUACCUGCCCAGUUCUAACAAUCUGCUUGGACACUGUUUUUCUGCUGUAUCAUUUCUUUCUUUGAUAAUGCAUAUGUUUAACUGUGUUUCCUUCUUUUUCUUCCUAGAAUCGGGCCUUGAUAUCAGUGCAUAAGUUAACAGACGGCAGCAUGAAUAAAAAAAGAAAAUUCCCAGCCUUCUGGUUUCCAGAUCCGCGAUUUAUACCAAAAGGAUUGUAUUUUCACACAAACAGCCAUUUUCUGUAUGCAUAUGGCAGUCAGGUGUGUAAGAAGGAAGGUGUAUUAACAACUGGCACAUAGUGUUGCAAAGGUGGCAUGCCAACCCCCAACCUCUGUCAAACGGUAGCAGGAUUCUGGGGGUUCCAGACCCUCACCCUGCGGCCGUGUUUCCCUUGAGAAGCAAGACACAGAAGUCACACAUCCUCCAACAUUUCUUCGAUGAAAAUAGGAACCCCUCAUUCCAUAACAAUAAUUCUACUAUUUAUACCACACACAUCUUACUGGGUUGCCCCAGCACUCUGGGCAGCUUCCAAUGUAUGUAAAAACAUAAUAGAACAUUAAAAAUUAAAAAAAACCAACUUCCCUAUGGAUUGCCUUCAUACAGCUCGGGGGUUGGAUAACUCCAUACCAUCCAACAUUUUUCCAAUGAAAAUAAGGAUAUCCUAAGGAAAAGUGGGAUAUUCCUGGAUCAAAUCAGAAACGGGGAUGGCUUCUCUAAAUCAGGACAUCCCUGGGAAAUGGAGACACUUAGAGGGUUUGAGCAGAGGCUGUCAUAGCUUUAAGAGUUAGGAUUUAUUCACAUAGUUACACCUGAAUUUAGAUGGAGGGGGUCCAGAUCUUAACAGCACAGUUAUCUCAAGAGAGGCUUCCCCCCCCCCCCAGCACUGCAGUCCAAGGCAUCUCUCCCAGCUUCCCUGCGGCCUGCCUGCCAAGAUCGUGCUCCUUUCCUUUUUCUGUUCCAAGCCUCCUGCCCAAAGCCCCAAACUCUUCUUGUGACAUCACACCCAGUUACCCUGGCAACCUUCCAAAUUUCCUGUCUCUGUUUAUAUUGGGGGGGCGGCGGGAGGGGAGGACAGUUCUCUUGGAUUGCCAGUGGCCCCAUCUUGUUUCUUAAUGGCUCUGUACUUAGCUUGUGGCUAGGGUAAUCUUCCUUUGUCCUGCAUGAUGGUUCAGCCUGCAUUUUUACAUUGCUAAGCUGUCUCACACCUGGGUUAAGACAUCAAACCAUUAUUAAUUUCUUUUUUAAAAAAAAUAUGGGUGUCUUGACUCUGGUGGGCAGUGAGAGCACACCUUGCUCCAGGAAGAGAAAGUGGUUUGCAUUGAAACUGCUGCUACAGCGGAGAGGAAAAGGCUCUGAUUUGGCAGCAGUUUCAAUGCAAAUUUGGGCAGGUGCCUGGGACGGCUCACCUGACUGCCCCUGGCAUGGUCAUGAUGUUGGGUGAUUGAAAGGUGUGUUGUCCUGCACGCUGGUCAAAAGUUGGCUUGCUGGAUGUGCUUGAGUAAGAUGCAUGUAAUCUGAGUUCUGCAGGCACGCAACAGAGUUGCUAUCCUGUGGGAUAUAUUGUCCAGUGACUUGUUUCUGAAUAUUCAUUCAUUUGAGCAUAACUCCCAGAUCACCCUUAUCUUCAGAGUGGUUAAUAGUCAGGAGCUAACAGAGAGACAGCCGAACCACUGUUCCUCACCCCUGGAAGUCUGCAUCUAUGUGACUUUUUGUAAAUAUUCGUCAGCAUCUUCAAGACAAUGUGGUGGGUGCUUCUAGGUAUCUCAAAUGAUGGGGUGUUAGAGGAGGAGGAGUACCUUUAUUGGGGGACCUUCUGGGGUAGUCUGUCCACCUUUACUUCCUACCUUGUGCUCAACUCUCACUUGUGGCUCCUAUUAGCUGUGAGUAUGUGACAGCGGCCACACCCCAGGAAAUGGCUUUGAGUGACCUGCUAAACCAGGUGAGGGUUGCUGAUGGGUUUCAAACCUUUGAUGAGUUAGGGACUUACCCUGCUUGUGAAGACAGGCAGUGGUGGAUUGAGCAAAUAAAACCCAUUAUGAGUCCAGCGGUCAAGUAGAUGGUUUCUGCACAUUCUGUAGAAGGACAUGAGGGGCAGGUGAGGCUCGUCAGCCUGGUAAGAUAGCCCAUCUAAGAGAAGGAAAACUCUGGUCCUAAACCUCUGCUGCGUUGUGGGCUAUAUUAGGGAGAAGAAAAUGCUAAUGAGCAAACCCUACACAAAUCUGGUCUGGAAUCCCUAAGAUGCUUGGAUAACUCCUUGUACACCUCCUUCCUGCAACUCCUGCAAUCAAGUUAUAUGGUCUCAGCGGCUGCCCCCAGUCAUCUGUUUAGCUGCCGCAUGUAUUGCCCUGCUUUCCUUUGGACCACAUCAGCAAGACCAAGAGGGGGGCCUUGUUUUUCUGGGCAGCCCACGACCUCCACACUCACUGCCCAGGCUUGUACCCCUUUUAACAUUUACAUGAAAGCACUGGGAUAGAUCAUCAGGGGGUUUAGGCUGGGUGUCCAUCAAUAUGUGGAUGAUACCCAGCUCUACCUCUCUUUUAAAUUGGAACUUAGUGAAGGCAGUGAAGUUUCUGUGUGAGUGUCUGGAGGCGGUUGGAGGAUGCAUGGUGGCUAAUGGAUUGAGGUUGAAUCCUGACAAGACAGAAGUACUGUUCUUGGAGGAUGGGGCGGGCUGGUGUGGAGGACUCCCUGGUCCUGAAUGGGGUUACUGUGCCCCUGAAGGACCAGGUGCGCAGCCUGGGAGUAAUUUUGGACUCACAGCUGUCCAUGGGGGCGCAGGUCAAUUCUGUAUCCAGGGCAGCUGUCUACCAGUUCCAUCUGGUACGCAGGCUGAGACCCUACCUGCCCACGGACUGUCUCGCCAGAGUGGUGCAUGCUCUAUUUAUCUCCCGCUUGGACUACUGCAAUGUGCUCUACGUGGGGCUACCUUUGAAGGUGACCCGGAAACAACAUGCGGCAGCUAGACGGAUGACUGGGGGCAGCCGCUGAGACCAUAUAACACCUCUCCUGAAAGACCUACAUUGGCUCAUAGUACAUUUCCGAGCACAAUUCAAAGUGUUGGUAUUGACCUUUAAAGCCCUAAACAGCCUCAGCCCAGUAUACCUGAAAGAGCAUCUCCAUCCCCAUCAUUCUGCCCGGACGCUGAGGUCCAGCACCGAGGGCCUUCUGGCAGUUCCCUCACUGUGAGAAGCAAAGCUACAGGGAACCAGGCAGAGGGCCUUCUCGGUAGUGGCGCCGCCUGUGGACGCCCUCCCAUCAGAUGUCAAAGAGAUAAACAACUACCUGACAUUUAGAAAACAUCUGCAGGCAGCCCUGUUCAGGGAAGUUUUUAAUGUGUGACAUUUUAAUGUAUUUUUAAUCUUUGUUGGAAGCUGCCCAGAGUGCCUGUGGAAACCCAGCCAGAUGGGUGGGGUACAAAUAAUAAAUUAUUAUUACUAUUAUUAGGUCACUUCAGUACUGCUAACACAGUGGUUUGACUUCACCCCUGUCUCUCAAGACAGAUGGAUGCCAACAAAGAUCUCUUAUACAAUAUUCUUUAUUGUCUCUCCCCCUCCCUUUUAGGUGUGGAUUUCUUAUGAUGGAGGCACCAAUUUUGCACCAUUAUUUGCUUUAAAUGCUGAGAUGAUUAUAGAUGUAGAUUCAUGUGUUUACACCCAAGCGAUUAUAUUUGUGACUGACGCGGCAAACCUUUUGUACAGUAAGGCAGGUAGGAAAACAUUAAAAAGUGGAGUCUUCUGCAGUCUUUGAAGACUCAAAUAUGAGAUUAGGCUAAGAAACCAGGUCCCCCAACCUAUGUGUUCUCAUAGCUAGGUAGGGAGAAACAAAUGGAAGCACCUGAUGCACCUAAGGAAUUCACUCUCUCCUGGGCAGAACCAGGGAGCCCUAAGGGUGCCCAAACCAAGAACCAUGUAGACUAGAGACAUAGAUUCACUGCAUCUUCUAUGACUUCUACCUUAAGUGAGAUUGCAGGAACUUGGGUGACCAACAGCAAAGGCUAUUAUCUUGUCUCCUGAUGUCCCUAUUUUCACAUUAUUCUCCAGGGAAUAAAUGCCCUAUGCAUUCUGCUUGCUGAUAUCUCAUAGUGUAGUAUGGUUGGCUGGGAUCCAAAGAGCCGUUGCAAUCUUCUAGUGGGUCUUAGAAGCUUUUAAUCCACUCAUUUGUUGCUGCAGCACCCUGCAUCUACCCCCGCCUUCCAAAACCCUCAAUUGCCGACCAAUCCAUUCAGACCAUGAGGCACAAGGAGCUUCUUCCUAAAAGGAACAACACCUCCUUGCAUGCUUCAAAGUAUUUGACCACAUAUGACCUUGUUAGAUCCUGGCCCUUAGGAACUAUUGUCUGAAGUUGCAUAAUUUAGAUAUACUUUAUCCUCAUCAAAACGAUUUAUUUCCUCAUUGCAUUGAUUAAAUAUGGGUUGGAAGAGCUGUUGAUCUCUCCAAAUAUUCACAGAAACCUAUUGUUCUAGAAUAAACUCAUGCUUCCUAUAAUAAUAAGAUUUGAUGCAUGCCCAUUAUUUAUAUUUCCCCUUUUCUGUAGGUUUACUGAGAUAUGCCAAGGUUUUCCCCCCAGCAAAGGGUAUCUUCAACAUGUACUUUGACCACCUGGGAAUAUUAAAUCAUAUUUCUCUGAAUGAUACAAUUGACUCAUUUGUAAAAGAGACGAGUGUGGAUGUGGACACUUUUUUGAAGGUUAAGGAUUCUUUUGAUGCAUGAAUGAAAAAUGUCUAUGAGAUUGUAAUAAUUGUUGUUCUUGCUAAGGACAAACCUUCACUCUUCCAACAUGUCAAAGUAGGAAGCUAGUUCUAGAAUGGACACUGGAGUCCUUAAUCCAGCAUUUUUUCACCACUAUCCAGAUAUCCUUAUAAUAGAUUUAAUUCUUUUUUUUUUAAAAAAAAAAGUUGAUUUCAGCAAAGCCACCAUUAUAAUGGGUUACAGCAAGAAAGACAAUUCUGUGGUUCCUGAAAAAAAUAGCUGCUCACUGCUUUCUGGGGGAGUGGGGCGAUGUUUGCGGUCCCUCAAGCUCUGGCCUCACGUGCUCCAGUCAUUGCAGGAAAUCUCUCCCCAGUCCCAGGAACCCUGGUCGAUUCCCUGCCAAGAAGGACCAUUAAAGCUGGCAGUCUGGGCAUUGGCUGUUGCUCCUGCCUGGCCUGGCAGCAACACCUUGAAAGGCGGUGGGCCUCAGCGGCGCAGUCGGGUCCCAAUAGCUCAAUCCGAACCAUAUUUCCUGUAUAUGUGCCCUAUAUGCCGAGGGAGUGCAUUAAUGAAACUUUCAGAAAACCAUUGAGUUUGCCCCACCCCUUAGCACAGGCAAAGUCACAUAAUGCUUCAACUAAGUUGCCACCUUCAACUCCUUCACUUCUUUCAAGUGGGACUUGAAAGUGCUUAGCUUUAACUGACUCCUACCAUUAUCUUCAGUACCCUGAGCAAAUACUGAUUUUUAAAAACGUAGUCUUGUACUCAUUAGAAAUUUAAGAGAAACGAGGGAGAAAUUUUGUAAUAUCAGUGUUAUGUACUGAGUUGAAUAGGAUCCAAACUGCAGCAGUCUGAUUGGUCCUAGAACAAUAGGAUCCAAAAUGCAGCAGUCUGAUUGGUCCUAGAACAAUAGGAUUCAGAAUGCAGCAGUCUGAUUGGUCCUAGAACAAUGCAGCAGUAUGAUUGGUUGGCAGGAACCACCCAAUCCUGCUCCAGAUAGAAGUGAAUCCACAACCUGAUUGGCUUACAGUAGAAUUCCGGAAUUAGCCAAUCAUGUGCAGCCCAUUGUGUAAAUAAUGUAUAUAAAGCAGAUACUGUGAGGGGACUUCCAUUCAUUCCUCCUCACCACUAUGAGCUGAAUAAAGAGCAUGAAAUCACUUUGUGACUGAGUAUAUUUCAAUCAGUAUUAUUUUUGGAUUACUGCAGCUAUGUCUGUGCUGCUUAAUUACCAGUUUCAUCAUCAUCAAACCUUUUAUUGGCAUCACAUACCAACAUCCAUAGCAAUCAAUACCGAAUUCCCGCCUUCCCAGUGACACAAAACAUUUGUCAAAUGAAAGAGACAAAGCAAUCUAACAUUACAUCUCUAGGUCUCCAGGGAGCUCAGACGUCUGCAGUGUGUUUCGACGACAAAAAAACAGAUAAAGAUAUUUAGCCACUAACUUGGUGAGCGCCUGAUUGUUCCCCAAUAAUAGAAAAUGUAUGACCUCUAACUCUGGUUUCCAUUUGGGGAUGCAGAGUUGAUCUAGGAACUGCAGGCGGAGAUCAACAUAUAGUUUACAUUUAAGAACAAGUUGCUGUCCCUUUAUGUUAAACCGUUGUAGCCCUGGGGAAAGAAAGGGAUCUAGCAAAACUUCACUAAGGAGAGGAUCUUUAUCUGUUGUGAGGCAGAUGUUUAACCAGCAUGUAAGAAAUCUCGCCCAGGCUGCAGUCUCUACCUUGUGUUGACCUUCUCUAGACACAAGCUGCCUGCACUCAUUCUACCGGCUGGGUAAACCCUGGCAGCCAGACUGGAAUUCCGUAGAGCAAUUGAGCUAUAACUUUGACGUUGAAGACCUUGAGGGCAGAGGGGAUAUGUGAAGACCUUGAGGGCAGAGGGGAUAUAACCUCUUGUUAUAAAGAAACACAGUUUCUAAGCAAUUUCUCUUCUGAUUGCUAUUAUAAAUUAAAUUAUCUUUUUUUAAAUUCCUAUUUAUUCCUAAAAUUGUUUAGCAAGUUUUGUAUCUAUAAACGCAUGAAAAUAUAUAUAUAUAAUUAAUUUUCUCACUUUGUUCCAGGAUAUUGACUUAGGUUUUGAAUUUCCUUUGGCUCUACAGUAUAUCACUGAAGAGCAGAUGUUACUUUUAAACCACGAGCCACUGAUAGCAACAAAACGUGAGAGAUUCAGUAAUCUGCAAAGAGGCAAAAGAUUAGAUUAUGAGUAAAUAUCAAUAACAGCAUAUGUUUUGUUAACAAGCAAUGUCUUGUUCUGUUGGGUUUUUCUUUUUAAUGUACCCUGCUAUUUUACAUAAUAUAGCAAAAUAGCAUCUCUCUAAUUUGGUUAAAUUGUUCAGAGGGUUGCCACUUUCUUGUUCUGCCUGCUCUUAGAACCACUUUGUACUAACAUUUGCAACGUGAACCGUGUAAUACAAGUUUCAAACAAAACUUGAAGGCUUCAAAAAUAUAUCAGUAGGUGAUGUGUGUGUUGUAGGAAAUUGGAAACGGUUUCUGCAGUGUGUAAUCUGUGGGGGAUGGGGACCCACCACCACAUUUGGGAGCAAAGACUGCUGGAAUCUGCUGUCUUCCAGCGAUGUGAAAUUGCUAGAGCCAGAAGGAACAGGUUCAGAUAAUAUGGCCCAUGAAAUAUUGUACCUACUGGGUGUACCUAACUUGGAGAUUAAGGGGUAUUUUCGUGUGAUUUGAUUUAAUAUUUGUAUUCUGCUUUCCCCACAACAACUGUUGAGCUCAAAGUGGCUCACAGUAACAAUAAUACCAUUACAAGUUAACAGACAUUGUGAUCAUGGUAGUAAAUUCAAAGCACAGGAGAAUAUAAAGCUAAAGACAAAUUCAUCAAAAAUUACUACAAUUCAAUACAAAAUCAAAGUGAUUCAAAAGAUCAGAAAUAGCUGCUGAACAGCAGCCCUGUGCCAGCUGACAUGCUUGAAACCACAAUUUUCUCUUAGUACUAUUUUCCAGCAAGGGAAUCUUAGGAACUAGUCAAAAUUCGUUAAAAUUCAUUAGAUGUGUGAUCUGACAUCAUCAAGGUGGUAUUAAAUCUAUGCUUCUUUUUAAUUUAGGCCAGGAGGAUCGUGUAUAAUCAGAGAGGUUUUUAGGACGCCAGCUCCUCCGGGCUUUAUAUCAUCUGUACUGGUAGAUGUUCUAGAUCGGUUUCCUGUUGAAUCUAAAACUGCUAGCCCUUGUACAGCAAAUACUUUAAGAGUUUUGCCCCCUACAGGGAGCAGUAUAUCAUACAGGCUUCAGCUGACUUCUCCAGGUUUGUGCAUCACCUGAUAAUGAAAAGUUUUUGGAAGGAGGGUCUUUGGCUUAUGCUAAUCACACUUCAGGGGGGAAAUAUAUGGGAAAAGAAUUGUAGGGAAUACUAUUUGUCUAAGAUUGGUUGCAUGGUGGUGGCCCCUGCCCAGCAUUUCCUAAUUUCCUAUGUAGCCUCUUUUAUAUGUUCCUCGCCAUCCAGUCAUUUUUAUUUCUACUAGAUCCCCUUCCUAAAUCAACAGCCAGCCAAUCAGUCUCCCACUAUGUGUAAAUUCAUACUUUUCUUAUGGAGACAAAAUGGCAAAAUGAAGGAAGGGUAUGGAAGGUGUAUCCCAGAAAAGUAAGGUAAAGAGGUAAUCUGGUAGCCCCAUAAAAAGAAGAGAAAGAGCCCCCAAUUUCCAGCCUGUGAAUGAAGCAUGGGAUUUCAGCCUUCACUUGACACUGCCUUCAUUUCUGAGGUUUCUGGCAAAAUAGAAAGUUUUAUGAGCUGUGGGAGUUACAGGGCUGCUGUUGACUAGGAGAGCCACACAGGUAGUGGCAGUCUGUCAAAAAUUAGGAAUCUAAACUUUAUAUCAAAGAAGCCAUAGCUUCAGCUCAGUUUAUCUUUUGUGUAAAUUAAGCAUAUUCCUAGCAGCAGCAGCAGCAACAACAACAACAACAAAGGGAAAUGCAGCUUCUGCACAUUGAAUGAUGUUUUCAUUAUUUUCUUGUUUUCCAGGUGUGAAUAUAUUUAAACCAACCGAUCUUGAGAAAACAGUGGUGAUUCCAGGCAGUAGCAGUUUCUUCAUUGUUCAAGUUGUGGAUGACCAAAAUGCUUUAGGAGAUGCUACCAUGCCUAAUAGGGUGCUUUUAAAUACAGACAUUCCACCUGGGAGGUGGUUCUUGUAUGACUUUGGCACUGCAAAUAAAAGAAAAUGGAAAAUUGUUGUUGACAUAUGUAGAUAUACAAUACAACAGUUUGAUGACCUACCACGCCAUGCCAUUAAAUACUUGGAUAUUGGGUCAAAGCUGGAAUUGAAAUUCAGAGUGACUCCAAUUAAUGUAGGUAAGACUGCACAUACCGUAUUUUUUGCUCUAUAAGACGCACCAGACCACAAGAUGCACCUAGUUUUUGGAGGAGGAAAACAAGAAAAAAAAAAUUCUGAAUCUCAGAAGCCAGAACAGCAAGAGGGAUCGCUGCGCAGUGAAAGCAGCAAUCCCUCUUGCUGUUCUGGCUUCUGUGAUAGAUGCGCAGCCUGCAUUCGCUCCAUGAGACGCACACAAAUUUCCCCUUACUUUUUAGGAGGGGAAAAGUGAGUCUUAUAGAGCAAAAAAUACAGUAUUUCUUGUCUCUCUACUCUAUGUAUUCUCUAUAAAAUGUCUGAAAGUGUUUGAAAUCAUAUGAAAGCAAACUCUUUAUAAGUUAUGAUCCUCACUCUAAUAAUUUAACUGAAAUUCAACAAAAUGUAUUUUACAUAUAUAUUUAUCCUAUUGACUCCCAUCCUGCCUACAGAUCUUUCAUAUGGAUUUCUCAUUUUGAUGUGCAUUUGUACACAGAUGUAUAUGAAAUAAGGGUACACUGGAAUCAGCCAAAAUCCUCAAGUAUUUUUCAACCCAACUGCAGUCUCAGAGUGGAGCUAAGUUUUGCCUUUUGUGUGAGGUUGUUCUACAGGAAAGAAAUAUUGGAAAUAAACAUUAUUCUCAUUGUUGUUUCCUUCCACAGCGUAUAAUGUGUUCCAUAAUAGGCUAAUGCACAUUGUAAUUGGAAGGCCUUCUCUACUGGAUGUGAGAACAAAAAUUUAUUUUGACGACAACAAUAGCAAUUUAAUCGAUAUCACUGUUCACAGUAGAUUUUUUGAAAAGGUAACAUGCUGCCAGCUCUUUUCAGAGUACCUUGAUAAAGUACACACAGCUUUAAUGUGCAUUCAGACUCCAAAAAUCUUCUCCCCGUGUUUUUGUACAAAACAAACUUAUGUUGGUUUUAGACCAGUUUACGCUAUGGCUUUCCUCACAGAACCCUAGAAAUUGUAGAGUAAUGAGACUUGGUUGCUAGAUGUGUUGGGCAUUCAUUGCAGAUGUUAGUAGGUGUGGCGGUGAGCUGGCAGGGAGGGGCCAGCAUGUGUGCUGGGGAAAGGCAUUGGGUUGGAUACUUAGUGUAACCUGGGGCUGAGAGGGAGCCUCUCCUGUUGGACAUGUAAAAAUCUCAGGGUACCCUGGUAAAGGCUUCUGGGCUGCAAUCCGAAGGUCCAGAUGACGUGAGGUGGGGGUGAUGGGCCAAGGGCUUCCGUUCAGUGGCCCAGGAGCUGUCAGCUUAGUUUACCAGCAUCUUGAGGGGACCCUUAACCCAGGACUGACAUUGUGAAUAAUCAUCCAGCAGUCAGGUAGGAUGAUUUGGGAUACACACCCAAUGCCUAUGUCCAAUUUAUUUCCAAGUUCUUCUCAUGUCGUUUUUGAUGCUUACUUCCCGGUUCCCAAGGCACACUGCGCACGGGCCUGCAAUCCCCCUCCCACAAGCACAAGCACAUUUUAAAAGCUAUAAAAUGUUAAUCAGCCAAACGCCUGAGAAACAUUUUCACCUGGCAACUAAAGAUAUGCAAUGAAGGCGCCAGGGAAGCCUCCCUAGGGGGAGCGUUCCACAAAUGGGGAGCUACCACAGAAAAGGCCCGCUUUUGUGAUGGCACCCUCCAGACGUCUUGUAGUGAAGGCACAUGCAGAAGGGCCUCAGGUAAUGAUUGCAGGGUCCUGGUUGGUUUAUAUAGGGUGAGGUGGUCCUUAAGGUAUUAUACUCCUGAGCCGUUUAAGGCUUCAUAGGUCAAAGCAGCACUAAUUGGCAGCCUUUGGGGGGAACACAACACUGAUACAAAAACCAGCCACUCAUAGUCUUACACUCCUUUUAAUAGCCCUCACCCUACCCCUAAUCACCUUCAGGCACCAGUUUAGCACAGACACAGCUAUAUGGUAUAAGACUACACUACAAGGUUUACUGAAAGCAAUGGGAUGCAAGUUAUUAAUGACUACAGUGCAAUUGUAUCUUACACAGGCAUUCCGUUCAAAGCAGUCUGCAUAUCUGCAAAAAUGUGUAUACUCAAAUCAUUGGAACUGGACCCCUUCAUGAGCAUCCUGGGACUCCAGAAGCCCUGAAGUGCUCUUGCGAGAUCUCACAGGUCCCUCCAAGUUCUCUUAAAAUCUCCCAGGAGCACCCCAGACCCGUCAUGCAGAUAGGCAAAGCAUGGCAGAGAUAGCUUAAAAGUUCUUUUUUGCAUCAGAUUUUCCUGGUGCAAAAAAUAGCUUUUAAGCUCUCUGCCUUGCUUCUCAAGCAAGGUGCUCGCCUCCUGCCAGCUCCUUAUUCAACUUGCAAGAUUUCAACCAGCCAGACUUCAACUGCGUAUGGUUGAAAUCAGGCAAGUUAAAUGCAUGUAUGACAUGGUCGUACUGUAGGUCUAUUGUUGUGAAUGGGGCCCAGUCCCAGCUAUCUUUACCUGAUGUGUGACCCUUGUCUUUAUAUGGAUAUAUUGUUGUCAUACGUUUGUUUUGGAGUAUUAGAUUAAUAAUUUUUAUUAUUCCUGUUUGAGUAACAUUUGUCAUAUGAUAAUUCUUAAAACUAUUCCAAUGGAAGACAGAAUUUGGAUUUCUUCUAGUACGCACAAUGCACACAUGCUGUGCUGGCGAAAUGAAUGCAAAUGCCUUACGUCAACAGCCAUGCUUGCAUGGAUAAGGCUCUAUGGCAGGGGUCAGGAAACUUUUCUACCAGCGGGCCGGCUCACUGUCCCUUAAAUCUUCUGGCAGGCUGGACCACACACACACACACACCAGCAGAGGGGGCUUCUCUCUCUCCCCAGCCCCUCCCUCCCCGAUUUCCUACCUCCUCUGGCGGUGGUUGGGAGCCGGCAGCUGUGGCGGCAGCUCUCGCUUCUGGAAGAGCUUUCCCGGGUGCCAGGCACAGGGCCAGCAGGCAUGCCAAGCUCCGGCCGAAGCCCUGCGAUGCGCCCAUGGGCCUCUCUGUCCAUGGCUGCCUCGCUGGCCAAUCCGAAGCCUCACCGCCCACGAGCUGAGGAAACCUGGCACGGCUUUGAAGUGGCCAGCGUUGCUGCCUGCCCAGAGGCGUCUGCGGCUUAGAAUUGGCUGCGGGAGCUUCCUGAAGCCGAUCCACAGCCACCCACACGCCCAUCAUGGAAGUCAGUCCCCGCGUGGUGAGAUAUCAGUUUAGCACGGGGACUGACUGAGUGGGCAGCAGAGUCCUUGGGCUGGAUUAAAGAGCCCCUUGGGCCUUAUCCGACCCACAGGCCUUAGUUUGCCAACCCCUGCUCUUUGAGUGCGUUCUAAACAUGCAACACCAGAUGGUGCUGGAGAAAAAACAAACAAAAUUCUUUGCGAUUUUCCAUAGUGUUUGUUUUCUUUUGUUAUAACGAUUUAAUUUCUGACUUAUUUAUAGUGGGUUUCCCCUGUGUGUAGAUCCAUCGUAUGAUGGGAAGCUAAUUAUAUUCAUCUAUGUUGGAGACCAAUUAAUGUUAUGCUUUCUCAUAAACAUCCCUAGGGUAAAACCACCAUAGCUGUUAUCGGAUUGGGAUCUCUCCGAUGUGAAGUGACAACUCUUGUCUUAACGCUGAAGAAUUCCUGCUCCUAUCUUAAAUCAAUGCACUAUGUUCUAUCUGCUAAAACCUCUCCUUCAGACUGGCUAGUUGAGGAUGUCAGCGCUGAGCCAAAUGGCUCAGCGAUUGCCAGACUUUUAAAGCAGCUACCGGUAAGGAUCCUAAAUCCUACAUUUUAGUUUAGAAUUCUUUCGUACCCUUUCUUAAAUGUUCUGAACAGGGGAAGGGCACAGAUGUACCCAUUGUUCUAUGAAGCCCCGGGAUACAUUUUUCCAAAGCCAUACCUAGGCACAAGACUCCUGAGUUGGAUGGAUUUAAGUGUGGCCCAUGAAACAGAGAGCAAUGCUGAGGACGUCACUACACUCUCUGGCAUCUGUGUCAGUGAAGCAGACAAGUAAAAGCUAACUUUUCUUCUGAUAGAAGGCAGGGUCAACAUUUCCAACUGUCUUUUUUUAAAAAAAUCAAUUUUUUAAAUGUUUCAUUAAUAACAAUCCUAUGGAGGCCACAUUAAUUCGAUGCCAAAUCAUGCCAAAUCACAAUACAAUCAAAAGAGCCAACUAAACAGUUCUGAAUUAAACAUUUUUGGAUGACUUCCCGUGUUCUGGAUAUCAGGAGUUGAUGUUAUUCCUUGAUCCUGCACCAAUUCCGAUCUUAAUCAUCUCCAGAUUAAAACCUUGGCACUCAGUGGCUGAUUCAUUUCGCAGGUUACCAUUCUCUUUCUUCCAAAACACGUAUGUUUCUUAAGUCCGAAAUUCAGAUACAUCUUAAAAGAAACAGAGAUACCUCAGCUCAUGGCGACUGCAUCGGGGAGUUUCCAAUACGUGCAGUGCUAUGCCCUUUGCGUCCCUUCAUUACGUCUGGGCUUCAGAGCUCUUCUCAGGAUAUUUGAAUCAGAAGCCCUUUUAUUUCCUUUCCCCCCCUUUCUUUUCUUUUCCCACUCUUUUAUUAUUUUCAUCUUCAUGUUUUUUUCCUGCCUUCCUUUGGUCCUGCUUUUGGUGGCGUUGUUUUUAUGUCCUCUGCUCUGGCUCAAUGAGGGGGUGUAUGCACAUGAAGGUGAGGGCUGGCUGGUGAAGGACCCUGUGUGAGAGGCAGGGAAGGGAAGGUCUCCCAGGGUGGGAGGCUGGAAGAAGGGAAGCUCCCAGGUGAGAUCUGGGAAGAACCACCCCCUUAUGUGUGAGACACGGCUUGAGAUCUACCUUUGAGAGAAGAUUGCAUUUCUCUCUCUUUCUCUUUCUGUUUUCAUUUAGAUUAGUUUGCUUUUUAAAUUUGUUCUUUUAUCUGUAUUAAUAAAGCCUUAAUAAUUAUUAUUUUUUUUAAAAAAGAAAGAAAUCUGUGCUGCUGGUAAUAAUUGUAUGAAUACAGGGUUGGGGAGAUGACACAAAGGGGAAACCAGUCUUAUUUUUCAUCAUAUAAUUUCCCUCUUUUUUCAUUUACAAAGAUUAUCACACAAAUAAAUUUAUACAACCAAUUAGAAAACAUAAAAUCAUUGACCCUUUCUGUGCUUGCUUAUGUUUUAUCUUUUAUCACUGCAUAGCCAAUUCAUAUCUAUUUACUAUUUAUCCUUUGUAUUUUAUUUAAAUGAUUUUCACUGCACGUUUUUAUGUCAGUCCCGCUUACGAUUUAAGUUGUUUGCAAAAAUUCUUCAAAUAAUAAAUUUUCCCCAUUAAAAUGUGUUGUUUUUCGUACAGGUGAACUACAGGCCACCAUCUGUUUUGGGAAUUGCUGUUCCACUCACAGAAAACUUCUAUAAUGCUGACCCCAGCAAACCUAAACUGAGGGAUUAUUUUACAAAUUCAAAAGUAAGUCUUCAUAGCUACUCCUGUAAGAGCUUUGAGAAUGCACAUUUUAAAAAAUUGCUAUCCAUUUUGCACUCCGUGCUGUUGCAUGUUCUUUACAUACAUAUACACGCAUUAAGAAAAGAGAUUUCUAAUUAAGAGGAGAAUAUUGAAAUUCAACUUCCAGAUGAGCAUUUCUAUAGAGUUUGCCCCAGAACUUAGGCAUCCUGCUUGCACAUCUGUCAACAUCUGUCUUCUUCCCACUAUAAAUAGCUGGUUUUUGCAUAUUAUUCUAAGAAAAAUAACCUGAAAACUUGGGCUCGAAUCCUUAUGUUUUAACUUUAUGGCCACCUCAUGGCCACCUCAUAUCACUUGCCAAACCUUUGCAGUGAUAGGAUAGAUAGGAUCAGAACAUAUGUUGACACAAUUGCCCAACUACUUUCCACACACUCAAGGUAAAUAUACUUUAGGAGCAAUGGGAACAAUUUGAAGCACCCAGAGCAGCCAAUAUGAGCAUUUUCUUUUUUUGCCCUAGGUGAACUCUACUGUCUCACCCCGUUUUACAAUCCUCCAUGUUUUCCUGUUCUAUCAACAAGAGGCAGUAGAGGAUUGCAUGCAUAGCUCAUUUUGCACUAUUCCAUAUAUUCAAGAUAUUGAUGUUUUACAUCUCAUUAAAGACUCUCAAAGUCAACAGUAUCAAGGCUGCUUAAGAAUACGGAGAGUGUAGAGAAGAAAAAGGGAAAGGCUGAAAAACAGGCAGAGGACUUCAUCUGCAAAAUCAUUUGCUGUCACCCAAGAGCCCCAAUGUCCAUUCAGCUCAUUUGUCUCUUGCUCAAGAGAAUGCUUCUCUUCAACCCAACUGCAUAUCAUGCUUCCUGUUCACUAAGGAACAAGAGUUAUUGCAUAGUUCUCUUUGCCCUGACUCUCCCUUUCUUUCUGACAACCCUUUUCCACCAAAUUUGAACACGCAGGGCUCUCCAGUCCACUGAUAGUUGAAAAACUAUAGACUGAUUCAGAGGUCAAAUGAUUUCCAUUGCAUAUGUUGGUCUACUUUGUAAGCACAGUCGAGAAUUGCCUUGAUUAUACCUUCUUUGGGACACGGGUGGCACUGUGGUCUAAACCACAGAGCCCAGGGCUUGCCGGUCAGAAGGUCGGCGGUUCAAAUCCCCACAACAGGGUGAGCUCCCAUUGUUCGGUCCCAGCUCCUGCUCACCUAGCAGUUCGAAAGCACAUCAAGUGCAAGCAGCGGGAAGGUAAACAGCGUUUCUGUGUGCUGCUCUGGUUCGCCAGAAGUGGCUUUGUCAUUCUGGCCUCAUGACCCGGAAGCUGUCUGCAGACAAACCCUGGCUCACUCGGCCAGUAAAGCGAGAUGAGCGCCACAACCCCAGAGUCGUCCGUGACUGGACCUAACAGUCAGGGGUUCCUUUACUUUUCCAACAGAAUUCUGGACGGUACAAGCAAUGUGCUGGCAAGUCAAAGCGCUCUGAAUGUGGAUGUACAGAAAAUAUGAAGCUGUCCUUUUCUGUUGCCUUUUCUGAUUGCAAGGAGAAGGUAAGGGCUAUGCCUACAUGUGCAGCUUUUUGUUUGUUAUUCGGAAGAGAUAUGUAGUACAGUCAUACCUCGGGUUGAAUGUGCUUCAGGUUGAGCGCUUUCGGGUUGCGCUCCGCUGCAACCCGGAAGUGACGGAGUGUGUUACUUCCGGGUUUCGCCGCUCGCACACCACAGACGCUCAUAAUGACGUCACACGCAUGCGCGGAAGUGGCAAAACGCGACCCAGGCACGCGCAGACGCGCCGUCGUAUCUUACGUUCUAUUCAGGAUGCGAACGGAGCUCCAGAACGGAUGCCGUUCGCAUCUGGAGGUACCACUGUAUCCUGGAACCAUUACAUCCAGUAUGUAAAGUACCGGGUAUAUCAACAUAACAGUACGUUAAGAAACCUAAGAAGGCAAAAAUACCCUUAGCUACUGCUGAGAAGAUGACAAUGUUGUGACAGGCAAAUAUCUUUGGGGAGGGAAUUCCGCAAAUGGGGCAUCAUAACCAAUAAAUCUUUUCUCUGGCUGCCUUCUGCCACACCUCAGAUGGUGGGGACACCUGAAAGAGAAUUUCUAAAGACUCCCAUGGUUCUUCAAGGUGCUUGGGUCCCAAGCUGUAUAGGGCUUUAAAGGCGAACUUAGAAAUGGACUGGUAGCUAGUGAAGCCUUUUGAGCCACUCACAGUUACUAACUUAGCAGCUGUAUUCUGCAGUAACUGCAAUUUCUGAGCAGUCUCCAAAGGUAGCCCCAGAUGCAAUAGCCCCCAGUAGUCAAUCCUUGUUUCCAGAUAACUGUGGCCAGGCUAUCGCUUUCCAGAAGAAGCUGCAGCUGGCACACCAGCCUAAAUUAAUGUGAAAGACAUUCCUUCCCACAAAGGCUUAUCUGGUUCUCCAUUGACAAAGCUAUAUUUAGGAGUGUGCUCAAUCUAAGAAUUUGAUCCUUUAGAGCAGUGUUUCCCAACCUUUUCCCAACCAUGGCCCUCUUCUGACCUUGUGUUCUUCCUGUGGCCCACCCCACAUGGACGUAGCCAAGAGGGGGGCAAGGGGGCAGCUGUCUUCCCAUAAGUAAAAAUCAAUUAAAAUCCAUGCAGAGCCGGUACAACGCUGCCGACGGGCCCUACGCUCAUUGGUAACACCUGAUGGCCCUGAUCCACUAAGCGCUGAGGUGGAUUGCACCCUGCACCUUGCAGAGUCAGGCCAGGCUGCCACCGAACCCAGCACUGGCAGCAACAACAAGCAACUCUGGCUCGCCCAGCCCUACCCAUUGCCACCCCACCACCGCACUUAGCUGACCUGGGAGUUCUGGACUGCGGGCUCUACUGGUCAAAAUGGGAGCCUCAGCGAUUGCCCUCUCUUUCUGUUUGUUUUUUUUUUAAAUGAUAUUUAUUAAGAUUUCAAAAAGAAGAAUUACAUAAGUGAAGAAAAGGAGAAAAAACAAAAAAAAACAAAAAAAGACAAAAGUAAAAAUACAAGAAAAAUACAAAAUACAGAAAAAAAAGAAUAAGAAACACUUAAAAAAUACAUCAAUCUUUCCAUGCCUUACAUUCAUUUCCUUGCUUCCCUGACCUCCUCAUACCUCCCUUUUUUGUAUUCCAAUUCAGUUAGUUAAUUCAGCAAUUUCUUUCCCUCUUUAUUUUCUCUUAAUCCUUUAACUUAAUAUACUAUGACUUUGGAUUUUCACCUGUUAACAGUCCAUUUUUUCAUACACCUUUAUAGCAUUGCUGCUUAAACCACUUAACUUCAUUCUAACAUCAUUCUAACAUUCAUUGAUUUUACAAUAUUUCUGUAGAUAGUCUUUAAAUUUCUUCCAGUCUUCUUCCACCGACUCUUCUCCCUGGUCUCGGAUUCUGCCAGUCAUUUCUGCCAAUUCCAUGUAGUCCAUCACCUUCAUCUGCCAUUCUUCCAGAGUGGGUAGGUCUUGUGUCUUCCAAUACUUUGCAAUAAGUAUUCUUGCUGCUGUUGUGGCAUACAUAAAGAAAGUUCUGUCCUUCUUUGGCACCACUUGGCCGACCAUGCCCAGGAGAAAGGCCUCUGGUUUCUUCAGAAAGGUAUAUUUAAAUACCCUUUUCAUUUCAUUAUAAAUCAUCUCCCAGAAAGCCUUAAUCCUUGGGCACGUCCACCAAAGGUGAAAGAAUGUACCUUCAGUUUCUUUACAUUUCCAACAUUUAUUAUCGGGCAAAUGAUAGAUUUUUGCAAGCUUGACUGGUGUCAUGUACCACCUGUAUAUCAUUUUCAUAAUAUUCUCUCUUAAGGCAUUACAUGACGUAAACUUCAUACCAGUGGUCCAUAACUGUUCCCAGUCAGCCAUCAUUAUGUUAUGUCCAACAUCUUGUGCCCAUUUAAUCAUAGCUGAUUUCACCGUUUCAUCCUGUGUAUUCCAUUUCAGCAGCAAGUUAUACAUCUUUGACACAAUCUUAGUUUUGGGUUCUAGCAGUUCUGUUUCUAAUUUUGAUUUUUCCACCUGGAAGCCAAUUUUCUUGUCCAAAUUAUAUGCCUCCAUUAUCUGAUAAUAAUGAAGCCAGUCUCGCACUUUGUUUUUUAAUUUCUCAAAACUCUGCAGUUUCAGUCUAUCUCCAUCUUGUUCUAAAAUUUCCCAAUAUUUCGGCCAUUUGACCUCCAUAUUGAGCUUUUUCUGAGCUUUCGCUUCCAUCGGUGACAGCCACCUUGGGGUUUUGUUUUCCAAUAGAUCCUUAUAUCUUAUCCAAACAUUGAACAAUGCUUUCCUGACAAUAUGGUUUUUAAAUGCUUUAUGUGCUUUGACCUUAUCAUACCACAAAUAUGCAUGCCAUCCAAAUACAUUGUUAAAACCUUCUAAAUCCAAAAUGUCUGUGUUUUCAAGAAGCAGCCAUUCUUUCAACCAGCAAAAAGCUGCUGAUUCAUAAUAAAGUUUAAGGUCUGGCAGGGCAAAUGCACCUCUUUCCUUUGCAUCUGUUAGUAUUUUAAAUUUUAUUCUAGGCUUCUUGCCCUCUCUUUCUGGAAACAAACCAGGACUGCUCCAAGAAAACACACGUGGCAAAAAGGAACGUUAGGCCCUGCUGGGCUGCUUCCUUACCAGCUUGUGAAACGCUACUUUAGAAGGAGUGCAACCUUAUGCAUAACAGAUUUAACAGAUGUGCCACCUACCCACAGAAUCUCAGACCUUCUGGGACUGAUUUUCAGUCCAUUGGCUUUCAUUCAGCUCAUUACCAAUUUGUAAGUCAGACUUCCUAUUUAGCAGAACUAAACCUGCUUAUGUAAAUACUUACAUUUGUGUCAUUCCAUGUCUUUCCAUGCAGGCAUCAUUUUAGUGUCAGUGAUUUCUAUAUAUGUUUCAUUGCCAGGCCCUGCGAAUGAAAUUCCCAGUAUCAAGGCUUCCUCUCUAUUUCACCAUUGAGGAUGAGGGUCGCUCUGUAAAUCUGACAUCUCCUUAUUUUAUCACAAUCAUAGAAGUCAACAACAGAACCAACUGGAAAGUUUCAGGUAGGGAGCGGAAGAAUCUUGGGAUUCAUCAUUAUCUUUCGUAUCGGAGAGGUUCUGUUGGAAAUACUUGUUGUCAAUAUAUUUUCAGGCUCUCUUUCUUGCCCUAUAGUAGGUGUGAGGAACCUUUGGUCCCCUGUAUGUUGCUGAAUUCCCAUCAUCCCUAUCCAUUGGCCAUGCCUGCUGGGGCUGUUGCAAGUUCUAGUUCAGGGAAGACUUGAUGUGGAAAGAUUUGAAUCUAGUCCAAUUCUUUCUGCAUGCAAAACCUAUUACACCCACAGACCCUUAAGGCCUGAAACAAGCAUAACACAACCCAUUGGUUUACCAUGGGUACACCCCUCCCCCUAGCUGUUCUUCCUCCUCUAGUUCUCCUGCUAGCUUUUUCCAUGACUAAUAGUUAUGGUGGCACUUCGGCUAUAACAAAGAGGAGUUCAGGUUAACCAACAUUUCAUAUUAAUGUUUGCCCACACCCCUCCUUUUUCACCCACUCGUGAUAAUUACCAGUAAUCACUGUUAGUGCUUUUUUCUGGGGGGAUGCAGGGGUACGCAUAACCCUAAACAUUUUGUGAAUCUAAGUUUGGCCUCAUUGAGGGGCAGUAUUUCAAUAUGAGUAGAAAAAUGAGAGUACCCCUAAACGUUUUUUAGAAAAAAAGCACUGCUAUUUGUUAACCUCUGGAAAACUGCUGUAGAAGACCCUGUGCAGCUCUAAUACAUCAUGCUGUGCCUCUGAUACCUUUCUUACUUUUACAUUUCAUGAGAAAUAGAUCUGUCUAUUCAUCUGUAUUCAGGCCCUACUGAAAUGUAAAAAAGAAGGAAGAAACUCAAACCUACCACUCUGCGACUGUUUUAACUGUUUUUUCAGGUACCAAUCAAACAUCAAGUAUGUUAAAAAUGAAAAAAUAUUUGGAGCACAGACUCAAAACUGAACUAUAUAAUCCAGAUGGCCUAUCUAUAACGAUAACUGUAAGUGCCAGAGAAAAUACAUACAGUGCUACCUCAGGUUACAAACACCUUGGGUUACAAACACUUCGGGUUACAGACUCCACUAACCUGGAAGUAGUACCUUGGGUUAAGAAUUUUACCUGAGGAUGAGAACAGAAAUUGCACGCUGGCGGCGCAGCGACAGUGGGAGGCCCCAUUAGCUAAAGUGGUACCUCAGGUUGAGAACGGUUUCAGGUUAAGAACAGACCUCCAGAAUGAAUUAAGUUCAUAACCAGAGGUACCACUGUACUUUGAACGAAAAGACCAAACCUUAAACCCAAACUCUUCUUACCUUAAAAUCUUUGUACCAGGGUGGUCUAACUUUUCAAACAAAGUGGGUCACAAGAGUACUCAAAACCUUUCAAGGUGCCCCAACAUUCCUGCAUUAUCCCAGAAUUUGAACAAGCCAUCCCAGCUUCUGAUUUGGUCCUAGAAUGUCCCAUUUACCCCCUCCAGUGCCACUGCUGACCCUGGGGAGGAGGAUGCUGCACUUUCGCACAAGUCAGCAUGGCACCAAAAGACAUACGUCCUGAUUUUCAUCAGAGGAAUGUUGGUGCCAUGCUGACUUGUCGGUGUACUUUGACACGGAACCUGCGGGUCACACAAAGCCUUGUCAUGUGGGCAGGUGGUGUGGUGUGGUGGAAAAAGGCCUAAAAUUGAUGCACGCCCCACCCCCCUGUGCUGCCUUCCCAAAGCUGGGUAAUAAAGGCAUCAGGCCUUGGGAAGGAGACAGGAGGGCUCUAGGAUCCUGUCAGCCCUCACAGCUCCUUCCCAGCACCUACCCAACUUAGAGAAGGCAGCACAAGGGUUGGGGAGGGGGCAUCAGAUGUUACUGAGGUGUGGGGAAAAAAAGCCUUGAGGUCCACAUGCAGCCCUUGGACCACAUGUUGGGCCACCGUACAAUAUACAUUUGACAUUGUGGUGCUGUGGUCUAGUUAUCUCCCGCUUGGACUACUGCAAUGCGCUCUACGUGGGGCUACCUUUGAAGGUGACCUGGAAACUACAACUAAUCCAGAAUGCGGCAGCUAGAUUGGUGACUGGGGCAGCCGCCGAGACCACAUAACACCAGUCUUGAAAGACCUACAUUAGCUCCCAGUACGUUUCCGAGCACAAUUCAAAGCGAUGGUGUUGACCUUUAAAGCCCUAAACAGCCUCAGCCCAGUAUACCUGAAGGAGCGUCUCCACUCCCAUCGUUCUGCCCGGACACUGAGAUCCAGCGCCGAGGGCCUUCUGGCGGUUCCCUCAUUGCGAGAAGCAAAGCUACAGGGAACCAGGCAACGGGCCUUCUUGGUAGUGGCGCCCGCCCUGUGGAAAUCCCUCCCAUUAGAUGUCAAAGCGAUAAACAACUACCUGACAUUCAGAAGACAUCUUAAGGCAGCCCUGUUCAGGGAAGUUUUUAAUGUGUGAUUUUACGGUAUUUUUGGUUUCUGUGGAAGCCGCCCAGAAUGGCUGUGGUCUAAACCACUGAGACUAAGGUCAGCGGUUUGAAUCCCCGCAACGGGGUGAGCUCCCGUUGUUCGGUACCUGCUCCUGCCAACCUAGCAGUUCGAAAGCACAUCAAAGUGCAAGUAGAUAAAUAGGUACCACUCUGGCAGGAAGGUAAACGGCAUUUCCGUGCACUGCUCUGGUUUGCCAGAAGUGGCUUAGUCAUGCUGGCCAUAUGACCCGGAAGCUGUCUGUGGACAAACGCCGGCUCCCUCAGCCUAUAGAGCGAGAUGAACGCCGCAACCCCAGAGUCGUCUGCGACUGGACCUAAUGGUCAGGGGUACCUUUACCUUUUUAAUUUGCAUAUUAAUUCAAAAUAUCAGAAAUUUUCUGUUCCAAGGAUAUAACACAGUUGCUAGCAACACUGAUUUUUAGGCUGUAGUUAUACAAACAAUUGAAUGCAUGUAAGAUGCUUUUCUCAAUAAGCAGCUCCUGUCUGUUCUACGUGGUACUGCACAUUAUUUCUGUGAAACAUUUCAAGUGAACAUGAACACUUUAUAUUUCGGUUAUAGUUUAUGACAUUUAAGAGAAUCGAAUUUUUUAAAAAUGGAGCAGCAAUAUUGAGGCAAUAUUGCACCAUGUGCCACAUUGCAGUUCAGCCAGCCAUAUCUAUAUUUCUGUUCAGGUCAUACAAAACACUUAUUUUCUUUCAGCAACCAGAUCACAUUAAUAGCCAAGGAUUACAGUUUUAAUUUAAAAAAUGAAAACAAAUGUUACUGCAUAUUAGUAACAACUCUCCCCCCCCCUUUCCAACAGGGAUCUGAGCUUUUCCAUUUCAGGGUAUCAACUAUUCCUGGAGUCUCCUUUUGUAACUUAUUUGACGAAUUUCAGGUAUUGUCAUUAGCUCUUUUUUAAAAACAACACACAAAUUACACCAUACUAUAGAAUGAAUUAACAAACAUAAAAUAGGAUACAAGAUUAUACAAAAUGUUUCCACAUAUUUAGCCCUUACUUCAGCACAUUCCCAGAGAACAGCAGGAAUUAGCGGGUGCAAUGGGACUGGACUGGAGAAGGACACUUUAGGGAAACACACAGAAGUGGAAGCUAAAGCAGACUGGAGCUCUCAUAUAUAUAUAUACAGGGUGUGUUUUUUAAAAGAGGCCCUGUGGAACAUGUGUACUCUGUAUCCACAGGACCUCUUUUAAAGGACUCACCCUGUAUAUAUGAAUGACUUUCUGGAUGCCAAGGCCCAGAACUGAGGCAAGUACUCUUUAGUGACAGAAGCCCAGCAGAUAUUUAAAUAGCACAACUGUGACUUCAGUCAUUGACUAAGAACACUGCAAGGCAGGAGUAGCCUCUUAGCUCACAAAGGCUUUGAAUGGUGCCUGAAGAUUUUGCUUUGUCACUUCUGUUGUACAAGCGCUAGAAACUUAAUUGUGUGUGGGGUUUUUUUAAUUAAAGUUCAGAGUUUGGGCCAUGUGCUGGCUCUGGCACAGCAAUAUGCCCCCUGCCCUCUUGGCAGGCCUGCCAGUGCCAAACAUAUGACCAUGGAAAGGCUGCCAUCUCAAACAAGAGCUGAUAGAGUCACUUGGAUAAUUUGGGCCAGGUUAACUUUCUGCUCCAGCCUUUCCAAUUUAAUGCCUUCCAGGUGAUUUUGGACUGCAAAGGGCUAAUGGGGAUGGGAGUCCCAAAUGUCUGGGAAGACUAGUCUGCUCUGGCUGGCAGCACCUCUCCAAUAUUUCAGGGAGAGUUCCUUCCUAGCCAUGCUACCCCAAACCUUUCUGAAGUAGAAAUAGUAGUAGGAACUGAACCUUUGGCCUUUUGUAAGCAAAACGUGCUUUACCACUGAACUGUGAGCCUUCCCUCAUAGAACUGAUUGUCUGAGAAUACAAGGAAAAACCUAUGCUUAACAUAGAGAGCCAUACUUUCUUAGCCCAUACUUUUCUGGGUAUUUUAUUUUACGAGGUACAAUAAUAAUACAGUAUCUUGCAACAAACCGCAUGCAAUGCUUACCAAAUUGAUUUCCCUAUAAACUCAGAUGACUGCUUCUCUUCCCCCACCACUUAGAUUUGCAUAUGCCAGCUUUCGCUAUCACUUAGACCAGUUUCACUUUCUUGUUGUCAACAGGGUGAGCAAUAGUCAAUUUAAAGGGAAGUGACUGUUGGAAUUACAAUAUUUUCUGUUGCAGAUUUAUGUUGACGAUUCUCCACUGGCAUUCCCAGGAAACUCUCUUAUCACUUCAAUGACGACUAUUUUAAUGGGAGGCAUUAUUUUUGUGGCAUUUAUUCUGUAUGUAUUUGAAAUUGAGAUAUGGAACUUCUUAAAAAGGAAACUAAGAAGAAAUAAAGUGGCAUCAAAACCCCCACCCAAGAGAGCUUCAGUAAAUUCUGGUGAUUCUGCAGAAAGUUGA